CAACUCUCAGUACCCUUAACAAACUACAAUUCCCACGAUUCUUUAAGCCAUGGCUGCUUAAAGUAGUAUGAUACUGCUUUAAAUGUAGAAUGCGGAUGUGGCCAUAGAAAGCAGAAUGAUCCAGGAUAAAUCCAUCACCAAUGUGCUAUUAUUACAUAAUGUGGCAGAAUGCAGCCUACAGAAAAUAACACUAGUCCGAAGGGGCCCUGGGACAAAUUGAACUGGUAAGAUUUGUCAAUCCUUAUAGAGAAAAAGUGAAAGAAAAAUGAGAGGCAGAUUCUAUUUGCCUCCUAAUUAAAAUUGGUAACUUUUGUUUAUGAAACUGUGUUACUUUUCUCUUCCUUCAGUAUCUCAGAAGGGCUCCUUUACAAUCAAUAAUAUUUUCAAAGGCACCAAUGCAGGUACCGUAAGUGUCUAGCAAUAUAUUGAUUAAACGUAAACACGAUGGAUUAAACAGCAGAUGAUUCAGUGGAAAAAGGAGACAAUCAAUUCAUUAAAUUAAAUAUUGUUUAAUUGGCAGACAAGUACAGUACUGGAAGUCAUGGGAAGAAUCCCCUCUUUACUAUGAACAGUUUUGCGAAUAUGAAGGCUAAUUUUUUGAUCACAAUAGCAAUUAUGGGUUGUAUCCAAUAUUACUCCCACUUAAAGUAGAAGGUUUGAAAUUAGCAAACAUCACUAGCUAAGGAGUAAAGCUUAAAAGUUUAUUUAUUCAUUGGAUUUGUUCAGAAAAAGAAGAGCCAUGCUGGAUGAGGCCAGUGACCCAUCUAGUACAGCAUCCUAUUCUCCCAGUGGCCAACCAGGUGCCCAUAAUGGGAAGCCCACAUCCAAGACCACAAGCAGACAACUCCUUUGCUAGAACAGCUUCACUGGCUACCCAUCUGCUUCUGGGCACAAUUCAAAGUGCUGGUAAUGACCUAUAAAGCCCUACAUGGCUUAGGUCCAGCCUAUCUGAAGGACCACAUUGCCUCAUAUGAACCUGCCUGACAUUGAGAUCUUUUGGGGAGGCACGUCUCUUGGUCCCACCACCCCCACAGGCAGGCUUAGUGGGGACCUGGAACAGGGCCUUCUCAGUGGCUACUCCCAGACUUUGGAACUCCCUCUCUGGAUAAGCUAGACUGGCUCCCUGUUUGCUAUCCUUCUGCUGGCAGAUAAAGACUUGUUUCUUUUUUUCCUUUUUUUCUUUUCAAUUUUUUUUUAUUGAUUUUCCCAUUGAUAACAAAAAUGACAUACAAAACACAUAACAAAGAAAAACACAUUACAAUACAAUAAAACUAAACACAGGAAAAAUUAUUUCUUCAGCUAUCUAAUUCUCAUAACAUUGAUAUCUGACUUCCUCGAAACCCCUCUAACUGAAUUUCAUUAUAUCACCUGUAUAUCAGUUCUCCAAAUUCAUAUUUCUAAUAAUAUUAACUCCUAUCAUUUACUAACCUCUUCUCCUUUAUUAAUAUUCUAAUCCUUGCUAUUUACUAACACAUGUUCUUAUUCUACCCCUAAGCCUAUUCGUUAUGUAGCCUUAUGAGGCUUUGCCCUCGGAUGGUAACGUCAUUUCUCUCACUCAGUCACAGACCACACGUUGCUUCCAACGUCUCACACACUCAAAACAUUCACUGGAGUGUCCCCACACGCACAUUCAGAAACCCAUGCACCUCCCUCAAUCCCCUUUUUUACCAACACCAAAACCACAACUGGCAGCGCUUCACGACUUCGACCGGGGCCCAAGAGCACCUUUACUGCUUUUUCUGGGCACAAAAUCAACAACCAACCGGCAGCGCUUAGACUUCGACCAGGGCCCAGCAGCACCCUUUUUGCUGCUUUUCUGGGCAAAACCAAAACCAGUGGCACCUUUUACUGCCCUACUGGUGGAGCUGAUCAAACUCUCUUUCCUCCCACCUAACCCUGUGGAGCCUUACCUUUUUCCUCGAGGUACCUUCUUUCUGCACGGCCGUUGCUUUUUCUCCGGUCCUUGCAGUGUGUCCACUCAGGAAUGGGAUGCAAUUCCUCCCACGAACUUGGCAGGAUGUGCACUGGAACAGCUGACACGAACCGAGCUGUUCACCGCAGGGACGCCUUGAACCCACAUCCCUUAUCCUCAGGGAAUCUGUUUUUCCCGGCCAAUCGCACCAAGAAAUGUAGCCUUAUGAGGCUUUGCCCUCGGGUGGGAAAAAUAUUGCGCCUGGGAAAGGGAAGUGGGAGUCAACAGACACUCAAGGAAUAGUUUCGGAGAAAAAGGUUUUAUUUCUACCAUCCAUGAACUGGUAGAAGGAGCAAGUGUGAUAAGUCACAAAAAGCAUGCACGAGUUCACAAUCAUGUGCACAAACAUAUAUACCCCUUCCAGAUCCCUCCUCCUUUCUCCUCCCUCAGGAGUCCUCUGAGCAUGAACAGAAAGCUGUCUUGGGACUAUUGUGGACUCUUGGGACCCUUCCCAGGAAAGGGGAAUGAGAACGGUUCAACAUGUCCAAAGGUGUUGCAGCUGAAUGAGAUAAGAUUCGUUUCUCAGGCCUGAGAAUUCUUGGCAAUGACAGAGUCUAUUCAUUAGCCUUUAAAAGUAACAUUUUGCCUUUUGCCACAGCAUCUUGUGAUAGAGCAGAGGAGAGCAGAGAAAAGCUGUUUUGGAUUUUUAGAAGACAAAAGGAGUUUUGGACAGUUUUGAGGCCUGGGGUGAUUUCACAGACAGGAUUUGGGUAUCCUGUCCCUUCAGUUACUUCCAAGAAUUUUCUAAUUAUCUUAUAUCACAAUACUUAGCCAAAUAAUCUUUAAAUUUCUUCUAAUCUUCUUGUAUCUCUUCUUUCUGGUCGCGGAUUCUUCCAGUCAGGUCAGCCAGCUCCAAAAAGUCCAACUUUUUCUUCGGCCAUUCUUCUAUUGUUGGUAUCUCUUGCAAUUUCCAGUUUUUGGCUAGUAGCAGUCUAGAUGAAGACUUGUUUUAACAGGGUUUUGGGAAACAACUGCUUUUAAUUAAAGGGCUGGUGCCGUGCUGUUUUUAUUGUAAUUAUCUGUAUGAUUCUAAUAGAGCUCAUAUAGAUAUAGAUAUAGCUAUGUUUUAAUUCUCUUAAUGCUUAAUGGUUUCUAAUGGGUCCCCCCCCCCCGUUUUAGCUUGUUCAUAUUUUAUCUGUAAGCCACCUUGUGUCCCUGUCAUGUGGAAAGGCAGGAUAUUAAUAAAUAUGUAAUCAUCAUCAUCACCAUCCCACUACCUGUCUGGCUAUCUGCCUAACAGUGCAAUCCUAUGCUUAUCUACUAAAUACUGCUGAGUUCAAUGUCUCUGAGGUUGAUGGAUAUAAACAGGAUCGCAUUGCAAUCUUUUGGGAAGAGGGGAGUGGGGUUGGGAAAAAAUAUUAUACUAGCUGCAGUUGGCUAAUGACCCUCUGAUGGCAAAUGUCUGAGAGGCAGGAUUGCAGAAGGAGGGGAACCGAGGCAGGUGAUGAUCUCACCGAAGAAUGAGGAGUGGAAUGUCAAAGAUGACAGAAUUAAGCAGGUCUUGUUUCCAGGGAAACGGCUCCCAAAAAGCAUGGGAGGGAGGCAGGAGGAUGUCGGGGGAAGAGGGAGAUGGUGAGAAAGAGAAAUUCAAUUAGGCAAAAGCACAGAGUGCAGAAUAAGAUGGUAAAAUGGAGGCAUGGUCAGAGUGUGCUCUGGCUACUUUAUGUCAGUAAGAACCAGAAUCCAAGACCCACACCCUGCCCCAAGUAAAAUAACCACUGGAGCCCCCCACCAUGUGUUAUCAAUGCUCGGCUGGGUGACUGGGCCCGGCCACCAUUUAUCUUUCCCAGAAUGCCUGGAUUACAGGCAUUGUGGGAAAGUUUUAUUUAUUUUACUUUUUAAAAAAGGAAUUUAUCCCCCGGUGUGUGUGGUUUUUUUAAAAAAAAAUCUCUAUGAAAAAACCCCCACUGAAAAUACAAAAUGCAAAAUGUAUGAUCAAAACGUUGGAAACAUUGGAACAUUCGCAAAGUGCAAAGCCUUCCUGAAAGAAAACCAUUUUAACCAAGCGCCUGAAAGCCAGUACGGCAUAGCGAUUAGAAUGUCGUACUAGGACCCGAGGAAGACUAUGGUUCAGAUUCCCCCACUUGGCCAUGAAGCUUUAACUGGGUGCAACUUUGCGGGCCCAUCACUGCCUCAGCCUAACCUACCCCACAAGGUUAUUCUGAUUAAUUGAAGAGGGAGAAAUAUAUAUGGCCUAUAUUUUAUUUAUUUUUUGCAGCCAGCACCUCUUUUUCUAGAAAAAUAGCAUUGAGUAAAACAAUAUUUGGAAUGCAUAUAUAUAUAUAUAUAUAUAUAUAUAUAUAUAUAUAUAUAUCUAUAUAAUGUAUUUGGAUAAUAAUACCAUAUAUAUACAUAUAUACUUGGCGUGUGUGUGUAUGCAAUUAAUGAAUAGAUACAUACAUACAUAAAUACAUAUAGUCAGAGCCUUCCCCACUGGUGAAAUUAGGCUUGAACAAUAAACUAACAGAGUGGCUCAGUCCAGCUGCCUGGUGCCUGUUCAGAGGGCUGUGUUGGAUGCAGGGGGAGGCAUAGGAAGGCCCUGCUAGGCCGAGGCCCUCGCAACUGUGUGAGGAUGCCAGGUGACAGCUUCAAAUGGAACCAUGAUCCCAGUAAGCCACAACUCAGUACUGUGAGCAUGAGCAUAGCCAAGGGAGAGCCGGGGGGACGGGACAGGGAGGGGCACCUGCCCCCCCCCAAUCAAUAAAAAUACAUAAACGUACAUAAAUAAAAAUACAUAAACGUACAUAGCCAACUGAGGUUCUGCCCCCCCUCCACAAAAGGCCUGCCCCAUGCAAAAAAAAAAUACUGGCUAUGCCCAUAACCGUCAGGUUUGUGAGCCAGUGUGGUGUAGUGGUUGGAGGAGUGUUUGACUAGGACUUCGGAGAGCAGGGUUCAAAUCCCACCUCAGCCAUGUGGGUCACUGGGUGACUUUGGACCCAGCGCUGCCUGUUCUGGGGAUUAAAUGAGGGGGAGAACUAUGUGCACCUCCUUCAGCUCUUUGAAGAAAAAAAACUUGGGAUAUAAAUGCAAUCAAUAAAAGCAAAAUAAAGAGUAUUGACGCUCACAGAAAUCACUACCCUUAAGCCCAAAAAUGUCGUGUGAGGCUGUGACCAAUAUGUUAGGACUUUGGCUGGGGCAAGAUCUGAGUUCAAAUUCCCUGCAUAUGCUGCCCUUGGGCUGAAAAUGAUUCCCAGUCACAGGGCAGGAGUGCCAGCUUGGCCCCGUGACCAUGGGUGCCCGGGGCUGUGGGUGCCAUGCAGCGUGCAUGGUCCUGGCACUGAAAUUUGUGGGUGCCCGGCCCCUUCAUGGGGAAUUUUGUGGGUGCUUGGACACCAAGGGCCCCAGGGAGUUGGUACCUAUGUCACAGGAUUAAAAUAUUGAACCCUGCAGUGUAGAUUGCGAAACAAAAGAGACAGGAAUAGCCUUGCAGCAUCUUUGCCAGCAGAUGGCGGACUAUCCCUUGCAGAAGUCCAUUGAUGUUUGAGUUGCUUCUUUGCUGGCAGACCAGUUAAUGUAUGCUACCACAAGCUCAUCGACGCUAAAGAGCAACAACACUGCAUGCACUUACGGACCCAGAAUCGCUUGUCUACUUGCAAGUAGUAUAUGAGGGUUCAUAGGAGCCAACCCCUAGGACCAGAGGAGUCUUCAACACCCCCCAAAAUAUUUGAGUGACCCAGGUCCCUCAAAGUUAUUGGAAAUUUCCAUUCAAAUUGUGUGUGUGUGUGUUUGUGUGUCAGGGUUUACCUGGGCCCCUCCAAUAUUUUAUUCAAAUUGGCACCCCUGUUAAGGAUUCAAAUGCCCACUGAGUGACCUUGGCCCAGCCUCUCAGUGUAACCUACCUCACAGGGUUGGCGUGAGGUUGGCAUGAACCAUGUACACCACCUUGGGUUGGCGUGAACCACAGGGUUGGCGUGAACCAUGUACACCACCUUGCAGAAAAAGAUGGGAUAUACAUGCAAUAGAAUAAAUAAGGUGGGUGGGAAUAGAUACUGACACCCACAUCAAUGAAAGAAUGAUAAGAAGGUGGUGUGGUGGGGAUUUGAGCUGCAGCCCACCCAUACACUGGCCUAGUCUCGUGUGGUGGUCUAAACCCCACCACCACCACCACCACGAUAGCUGGCACCGGCUGAAUCACGCUUGUCGCCAUCCUCCCCGACUCUUGAAACCCCGAAUGCUCUUUUAUGAAAAAAUAAUAAUAUAGGCAGGCUUCGCGUUACCAGAGCAACCCUCUCCACCAUCGCCACCACCGCUGCUCUGCCCUCUUCACUGCUGGCAUGAAAUUGAUCAGGCAAGGCUGGUUCCAGGAGCUUCUGUUCACCUCCGCAGCAUCCCCGGGGCGCCUGAAAAUGUUCAGGGUUCUGUGUGAAUGGAGAUCAAGCGGUUGGGGGCGGGCAUUGCUUUAUAUGCCGUAGCCUUGCAGGGCGCUGGGGGGCCGUUAAUUGGAAGGGCCCUGCUGGGUCUUCUGUUCCUGUUAAGAGCACAUGUUGCAGGCCCGAGGACUGAGCCUACAGUGUAAAUAUCCCAUGCAGAGGACCUGGACAAAAAAACGUGUUCCACCUGUGGUGUAGUUGUUAAGGUAAUGGUUCCUAAACCUUUUCGUUCUACCACUUUCUUGGUUCCAUAAACUCGUCCCCAGUGCCCCUUACCCUACCCCAUAAAAAGUAUUAAUCAGAAUACUGGUUUGCAUGAACAUAGGAAGCUGCCUUAUACUGAGUCAGACUUUGGUCCAUCUUGUUCAAUGUUGUCUACACUGACUGGCAGCAGCUCUCUAGGCAUUCUCCCAGCUCUAUACAAAUUUAAUAAAGAACAAUAAUAAUAACAGACAGGAGUGCCUGGCGUGCUCUGGUCCAUGGGGUCACGAAGAGUCGGACACGACUAAACGACUAAACAAUAACAAUAAUAAUACCUGGAGACACCACUAGGGAUUGAACCUGAGACCUUCUGUAUGCAAAGCAGAUGCUGUACCACUGAGCUACACCCCUUCCUCUAAAGAUAAAGUAAGAUUCUUGUGAGUCCUUACAGUUCUGCAUUAAAGGCCGAAUUAAAUAAGAAGCUGACAUCUACUGAGUCUUUGGUAUUGUUUACACUGACUGGAAGCAGGUUCUCUGGGUUUGGGGCAGGGAACCUCUCCCAGACCUAUAUGGCGAUGCUUCUGCAUGCAAGACAGAUGCUCUGUCACUGAUCUAUGGCCCUUCUAAGGAAGAUAAUGACAAAAUAAAAUUUGAAACAGUAACAAUUAAUUUAUUCACAACCCGAUUACAAUUAUUUAGUUUAAUUACAAAACUGAUGAACUUGAUUCUUUUCCUUUAGACUGUUAAAACAUUAUAUAUAUAUAUGCCUUGUGCCCAUCUAUAUUUUGAAAAACAACAAAAACAAAAGAAAAUUUCUGUAUUUGCCUACAUUGGUGCAUCUUUAAAAAAAAUCCAGUCAGGCACUCUGCACAUGUUGAGAAUAAAUUUAGCCCUCAGAUUAUUAAAAAAAAACACCCUCCUUUGUUCCAUUGUUGUUUGGCUGUUCUGUCCAUGCUCAGAAUCCUUUAGAUCCCUACAAAACAACCCCUUUAAUUUUCUCCCUGUAGACCUGUCUGCAGCCAGUCUGGGUGCAGCCAACCACCAAGUCAACAGGAGAUGCCUCCUUAUUAGGCAACCUUUAUCUAGGUUAUAUAGAUUCGCCUUCGAGGAGGGGAAAGCACUCUGCACGCGCUCAGGGGCCUCCCACCCAACGAUGCCUUGCGGUUUACUGUGUUUUGGAAACGCGAGGUGGCGUUUGCUAGCUUGGAAAAAAUAUGUGGGAGACGGGGAGCAGAGUAAAAGCGAAGAGGCGAUCUUUUAAAAGCCUGCUGGCGGCUGUUUGAGUCAUUUCAGUCCCCCCCCUCCCCUUCGCACGCUCACUACCCCCGCCCUUUGCAAAUUGUUGCAAGCUGGGCGCAACGUUCAGAGCGCUGUCUCUCUCUGUCUCUAUCUCCAGACUCCCCAAAAGCAGAUCCAUUUUUUCCCUUCCUCUUCCUGCUUUCUCUUCACCCAUGGACCUCUUUUUUGCAGGAGAGCGACCAGGAGGGAAGCAGCGAGGCGCUCCUCUCCCCAAGCAGCGCGGGGAGACAACAAUAGGAAAUUGAAGAGGCCGGGGGAGGCGGAGGGAAGCGAAAUUGACUAGCAACGAGACUGUGCUGGUGGCGAAGAGAAAAAUAAUAAUUCCUCCUUUGCUGGACGCAAAAAGCGGCUGCUGUGUAUAGGAGAGUUUUAUGGAGCCGCCGGCUGGGAAUCGCCCUAGUUCCGCCCGGAGAAGGAGAUCAGGAAGACGGGAUUAUUAUGGGCUUGCCAAGAAGACGCUGAGCUACUCCCGGGUGGUGUUGGCAGGGGUUGGAGCAUCGCCAGGCUCGCUGGAGACCUGCUGCCGCGGCCGCCUUUCUUAACUGGGCAAAGCCAGGCAGCAAGGACUCUUGACAAGGCGUAAAAGAGGGAGAGACCUUUCCUGAGCUGGAUUUAUAACCGCAUGGCAAGCGACCAGUGAGUGACCCAGCGAUCAGGGCAAGCGACCCUGAGUGGAUUCCUCUCCUGCGCCUUUUCUCCUCAAACAGCCUUUGGGAACGAUGAGCGGGAGAUGAUGAUGUUGGAUAGCCAGGUAAAGGACGCGCGCUUUUGCAAAGGCUAGAAAAUAAUAAUCGUGAUGGUAGAGGUGGAAGGGGCCCCAAAGGGGGCAUCUAGUCCAACCCCCUGGUAAUGCUUUGCAGCGCAAGCGAAAGAGCAGCCACCCCCCACAAAUGGGGGGAAUAAUAGGCAGGUCUUCGCCCCCGAGAGUUUGCGAUCUGGGGUUUGCCAGCAGGUGGAAAACGGACAGGUGGCUUAUUUAGUCAGAACUGCUUCUUGUUGUUGUUGAAAGGAAACUGCCUUAUAUAGCUUAGUACUGUCUACACUGACUGGCAGCAGAUCUCCAGGGGGUCUGUACCUGGAGGGGCUGGGGAUUGAGCUCUACCUCUCUGCUAUGACUUUCCCCCCUAAAAAUGAAUUAAGAAACUAUUAAGAAUGGCUCAGAAUUAAAGGCUGAGUUAAAUAGGGAUAUAUCGAGGUGUCUUAUACUAAAUCAGCACAAUCUAUGCUGCCUGACACUAGCUCUGAUUUCAGGCAGCAGUUAUUGCCCAGCCUUACCUAGAGACAACAGGGAUUGAACCCAGAGCCUUCUGCAUGCAGACCAAGUGCUCUACCACUAAGCUUUGGCAUUCCCCUCUAAAAAAGGAAGUAAGAUUCCAGUCCUCAUGAUUCUGAAUUUAAAGAAGGGCUGGGGAGCUGACUUCUGCUGAAGUCAGUCCAUUGGCCCCUCUUGCUAAGUACUGCGUACACUGACUGGCAGCUGCUCUCCAGGGUUUCAGACAGGGACUCUCCCCCAGCCCUACCUGUAGAUGCCACUGGGGAUUGAACCUGGGGCCCUCUGCCACUGAACUACAGCCCUUCCACAGCUUAUGCUGUGUGUGGCAUCUAACAACAUAACAUAAAUGAAAAUGCUUUGGUCUCUGCCCCACAGUGCUUCAGUCUACAGUCGGCCAGGAUAUACAGAAGCCGAUUGAAUCCUUUUAUGAGGAAGACCUUAUCAGUCACCUCCCUGCCUUAUGUUUGAGCUUCUUGGAAAGGGAGGAGCUAAGGUGGACCUUUGGCCUGAUCCAGCACAAAAGCCCUUGUAUUCUUACAGUAUGAUUGGAGAGGAGAAAGACAGGCUGACUGGUGGCUAUAUGAGCUAUGACAACAAAAUAGAACGUCCAUAUUCAGGAGCAGUUUGCCUUUCAGUACAAACCAAGGGUUAGGUGAUCAUGAAAGGCUAUUCCUCCAAGUCCUUGGUCUUGAGCUCUGUGAUGCUUCUGACUGGCUGGUCUCAGAGGGUUCCUGCCCCCCCCCCCCGCUCUAAUCCAGGAAGGCAAUUCUCGAGUUGACUGUGGGUUGGGGGGGGGGAGUGGAGACCAGAUGAAACUAAAAAAAGAUGUACAUGAGCAAAUGCAAUUUCAGGACAUUCUGGAAAUGAAUAUAUAUACACAAGGGCUUCCACUCUGGAAGUGGUGAAGAUCACAUGAAUUAGAAGGGGAGGCUAUCUCUGAGCAUGUGUCGAGUGCUUCCCACUAACACAGCCUUUGCCAACCCUCCAGAAGUUUAGAACUGGAAUUCUAAGCAGCCCUAGCCAGCAUGCUGGUAGUUGUAGUGCAAAACUUCUAGAGGGUGCCUGGUUGGCAAAGAAGGUGGCAUCCCUUCCCCCAAGUGUUCUUAGGAUUUAAAGCACAUUACUUCCCCUCAAUAAUCCUGGGAACUGUAGUUCUUUAAGGCUGCUGGGAAUUGUACCACUGUGAGGGGGUAAAAGCUACAGUUCCCAGGAUUCUUGGUGUGUGUGUGUGUGUGUGUGUGUGUGUGUGUCAUGUGUUUUUAAACAUAUUAUGUUUGUUGCAACCUGCUUUUCAACAGGCCACACCAGUGGUUGAGUAGCUUCCUUGCAUGUAGAUUAAAUCCUUGGCAUCUCCAGGUAAGGCUGUGAGAGAUCCCUACCUGAAUCCCUGAGUCAGUGUAGAUAGUACUGAGCUAGAUGGACCUGUGGUCUGUCUCAGUAGAAGGCAUAUUCUUCUGUUCCUAGGCACCAGCUCCAGGACUUGUGGAUUAAUAAUGCUGAUGAUAUAAUUAUAGAAUGCCUCUGAGCAUGUGCCGUAGGCCUUCCCACACCAGAUGUACUCAUCUAAAUUUGGGACUGGGCUUCCAGCCAGCUCUGAAGCCCUGGCACUUCUAGCUCUCCCCCACCCCUUCCAGUUAGCCCACAAAAAACAUUUUGCGUAAUGGGGUUGUUGAUGCUUUUGUGGGUUUGCCAAAUUAUCACCUUCACCUCUGCCGAGAGGACGUGCUCAUAGCUGUAUUACGCCAUCCCUGCUUUGCUAGGGGGUGAGGGAAUUCAGCCUCAAGAAUUUCAUUUAAUUCCCACCAUGAGAGGGAACCAGGAGUUGCCUAGAAAGAAGAAGGUUACUUUCAGGAAACCUGUCUAACAUGGUUUGAGAUCCCUGUCAUCCCUUCUCAUGAAUCCUUGCAGUGUUUGGAGGAUGCUGGGGAAGUCACUUUUGUGGAGUGGGAAAUUUGUGUCCCACCAUGAUCCUCAGCGACAUAGAAAAAGAAUAUUCAAUAAUUUGGCCAGUUCAGGAAUAUCCCAGAGCCUGAGAUUUGAAACCUGAGAUCUGGGGCGGCCCUGAUGAUGUCAUGGGGGGAGGCCUCCUAGUGAUGUCACAGGGGUGGGCUUUGGAGAUGGAGGUUAAUUGGGAGAGGAGAGCAGAGGAGAGGCACCCCAGUGUGUCCCUUCUAUAAUUUGCAGUCAGCUCCUGCUGGGCUGAAGCUUGCAAGUUGUAUGCACUGUCGUCAUCAUUUUUAUUGUCAUUAUUACUAUUGUUAAAGGCCACCUCGCAUACCUGGAGAUUCCUGCCAAUCAGUUGCUGCCUGGAGACGGCCAGGCAAACCGGGAGACUUUGCAUCAGACCUGGAGGUCUGACAACCCUAGUAUGAAAGGAUAUUAACUUGUCUCUUACAGUUGGUCUGAGCAACCAGUGUUUCAGGAGCAGUAAUGGUUUGUGCCUGUUUGGCCUGGUGGGGCAGAAGGCAGCGAGCCCAAGAAGUAGAUGGGGCCAGUAAUGAGUGGAGACAGGGCCAAUGGCAAGUGGAGGCAGAGCCAACUAAUUAUGGUUUUGUUCCUAUCCUCCUCACUAAUGAGUUCUGCAAGAGCAACUAAGGAGGAGGAGGAGGAGGAGGAGGAGGAAGCUGGCAGUCUGUGCCACUUGCUGGACUGGUUGUAAGAAAGCAAGCCCAUGCCAGGAGGGCGGUCAGUCGGGUACACUUGCUCUGGACCGCGGAGGACUAAGCUGGCUGGGGCCCCCACCAGGGACCGGCCAAUUUUUUGCUUGAGUUUAUAACUUUAUUCUAACAAGACUCCCACCUUGGGCCUCAGACAAGCUCUGCACAAGACUGAGAGAGGAUGUUUGGCUGAGGGCAGACUGAAGUUCAUAGGGCAGUGCCCAUUUCCAAACAGACUCCACUGUUUGGCACAGCACCGGUACUGGAAAUUCUCUCCCUCUUGCAUAUGUGUGUUACUCAAUGCUCGCUCUGCACAAGCUCAGGUGCCCCCUCUGUUCCCUAAUACCAUUAAGUCCAGAACCGAAGACAAGAAGAAGACGGCCACCAACUUGGAUAGCUUUAAAAUAGGAUUAGACAAAUUUGCAGAGGAUAAGGCUAGCAAUACUUUGAAUUGCCAGUUUCUGGAAACGGCAGAAGGGGAAGAGUUGCUGUUGCAUCCCAGUUCUGCUUGUGGCCUUCCUUUUGGGGCGUCUGGUUGGCCACUGUGAGAACGUGAUGCUGGACUAGAUGGGCCACUGGCCUGAUCCUUCUUAUGUCCAAACUAUCCCACAGGUGCCCAGUAUUUGGUAUGUUAGAGAGAGACUGCAGCUGUACCUGGAGGUUCCAUUUAGCUAUCGAUUCUGUUUCAGGAGAAAGGGGGUGCCAUACUUGCUUUGAUUUAAAGCCAUACUGUGGAAAUGAAUUGGAAAUGUUAUAUAUUUUCCCCCUUCCUUUUACCUUCCUUUAUGGGUAUCUCCUCUGUCUAAGAAGAGUGUAUUUAAAAUAACCUUGGCAGGCUUAUCAAGAAAUAUCUCUCUUUCACAUCCUGCCUCUUAUGAAAACAUCUGGUAGUGGGCAUGAGAGUCUUCUUUCCUUUGCUCUGGUGGAUGGUCUAAGGAAGUGUUUGUUACAAAACCUUCACUUUAUAGAAGUACCAGAGUCUAGCCACAAGUUAUCAACAGCCCUUAUUCUGAAGGAAAGCGCCUGUCCUACUUGCCUUCGAUGCAGAUAUAGUUGCCACAGGUGGGUCCAGACAUUUAACUGUUGAACUGCUGCUAUGCUGCAAAAGCAGAUGGUGUUCUGAUUUAUAUGAGCUGCUGUUGUACAGUAAUGCGGUUGUGUAGGUGGUUGUAUGUGUGAAGAAUCAGUUUCAUUCUUUGUGUUUAAGUCUUGUGGUUUGACUACAAGUCAUGAGAUCUAAAUGCACUUGAUUUUGUGGAAGUGUGGAGUGUUCAAGAAGGCUGGGGUUAUGUCAGGUUUAAGGGACUGUGUGUAAUGCAGAAGUGGAAGAAAGUCCUGAUAGCCAACACAGAGACACAAGUCUCAGAAUGUGGUACAGUAUUGGCAUUCAGAGAACCUCAGCUUUCAUUUGCAGGGAAUCAAGUUUCUAGUUCUCAUUUUAUUUAGGAUGCUGCCUUCUUCUGAGUCAGACCACUGGUGCACGUAGCUCAGUAUUUUCUACAAUGACUCCAUGUUUUUCGUACCUGGAGAUGCCCUUGGGGGUUUAACCUCGGACCCUCUGCAUGCACAGCACUUCCCCAAAUUAAUUUAUCUGUCAAUUAUAGUUCCCAAACCCCCUCCCUUUCUCAGCUUUCUCUUUUAGGUCUGUAAAAUGGUCCUAGAAUAUUUUAAAGUAAUCAGAUAUUCAUUUAUGUCCAUGUUUUUUGAAAAAUAGCUUUAAUAUCUGUUAAAAGCAGCCAUAUUCUACCUUUCCUCCAAGGAGUUCAUGGCAUACAGGCUUCUCCCUUUAUCCCUGCACAACAACCCUGUAAGGUACCGUAGGUUAGGCCUGGAGAGUGUGACUGGCUUAAGGCCACCCAGUGAGCUUCGUGGAUGAGAAGGGAUUUGAACCCCACUCUUCCAGGUUCUUCACCUCUGCUAAGAAAUGCUUGUGCUAAUAAUAAUAAUAAUAAUAAUAAUUUAUUAUUUAUACCCCACCCAUCCGUCUGGGUUUCCUCAGCCACUCUGGCUUAACUUAACCUGAAGCACCACUUUAGCUAAUGGGGCCUCCUGCUGUUGCCGCGCCGCUGGAGCACGAUUUCUGUUCUCAUCCUGAAGCAAAGUUCUUAACCUGAGGUAAUAUUUCUGGGUUAGCGGAGUCUGUAACCUGAAGCGUGUGUAACCUGAAGCGUGUGUAACCCAAGGUACCACUGUAGUUUCCGGGUCACCUUCAAAGGUAGCUAGGGCUAUGUCUGCUUAAUUUUUUAUUACGCAUACAAGCCUUAAAUAAAGAAAAUCAUCCACUUUAACCUUUUGCCAGCUCUGAUCAGCACCACCCUCCCUGAUCAAGGAUUACGUCCCAAUCAGCAAUGAAAUAUGAGUUUCAUUAAAUGAUUUUUUCUCCUUGGGGCAGGCUGCACCUGCCAAAAUCCAGUCAUGCAACAAGUGUGCAAAAGAGACCUUCCUCUCUGGCCGUGCACAGUAUGUAUGUGUGCACUUUGUGUUGAAUGCUUCGGACAAUCCGUUCCCUUUGAGAGAAAGAGCUGGAGAUUCUCUUGGAACAACUCCCAGGAAUUAUUCUGAGCCAGGAGUGGAUAACUUUUGUAGGUUUACGGAUGUUGCUGUACUCCAGCUCCCAUCAGCCCCAGCCAGCAUGGUCAACAGCCAGGGAUGAUGGGAGUUGGAGUCUAAAGAUCACUAGAAGAACACAAGUUCCCCAGCCCUGAUCUGCGAAACAGCCUACAAGAGAUGGAGGAAUGCCUCUUAUUUAAAAGAGGCGUUCCCUCAUAGGAGAGAGAGGGGACAAUGCCUCUCCUUAGAUUAGAGCUGGGGAAUCUGUGCCCCUCUAUAUAGUGUGGGACUCCAACUCCCAUCAGUCCCCAUCAGCAUGGCCAACAGUCAGGGGACGAUAUGGGUUGCAGUCCAGCAACUUCUGGAGGCCUCCUCUAAGUCAGUGGUCUUCCACUAUAGAUCUCCAGCUGUUGUUGAACUGAAACCCACAUCACCCCUGGCUGUUGGCUAAGCUGGGUCUGGAGGAUGAGAUUUGUAAUUCAACAACAGAGGGGGAAGAACACUGCUCCAAGCAGAGGUCUUUGCUGCAUUUCUGCCAGCCAGAAGGGGGAGCCUUCUGCUUUGUUUAUAUUAGGUUGUCCCUCCCUUCUCUUCUCACCAGGUUAAAGCAGUGAAGAGUCUUACGCCACUUCAGUAACUAACACAUUGACUGUGUGGUGUAAGCUGUUUUGUGUUACAAUGAUUUUGUAUUCUUGUGUUCCCUCUCAAAACACUUCAGAAUUCCAGGCAAGACUAGGCCUCUCACAGCUUACAGCUGAAGCCAAAGCAGAAUUUCCCACCUAGACAUUUUCAAUUUGGCAAAAUGUCACUGUUCUGAUUUUGACAUGGGCUGGCCUUGGUUGCUUUAUGUUGCCUAAUUCUCCUCUCAAGCAAGGCUUCACACCCUGUGUUUCCACAAGAGUGGGGACGAGUUAUUAAGGGAGGGGGGAGAAAUCGAAUUCAGUCCUCAUUUAAAGGCAGUGCAACCUGAUUUGUGCUUUCUGAAUUGACACGAGAACCAAAACUCAGCCAUCUUUCGAAAUUCACACAUAUAUGAAUUUUACAAUGCCAGUCUCCAACCAAAGAGUGUUUACAAAAAUGCAUAUAUUGAGGAGAAGUGACCAUAAAAACGAAUCUUUUAAUGAAAAUUGCAUACGAAUGUGCAUUCUGUAUGGGGAAAUGGCUGCAAAAAAGUGUUAUUGAGUCAAAGCUACAUCCAAACAUAGGUCUCUCUCUCUCUCUCUCUCUCUCUCUCUCUCUCUCUCUCUCUCUGUGUGUGUGUGUGUGUGUGUGUGUGUUAGGAGAAAUUUGCACUAAAAUGCUAAUAAAUUUCAUGAGGAUAUGGCCCUUUAAGCACCACGUCUACCUCUAGUUGAGUGUUAUAACUUCUGCUUGGUGUGCAGAACAUUCCCUGUUCAACUUCCAGCAUCUCCAGAUCAGGUGGGCUUCUGCCUGAAUGCCUGUCUGCUGGCAGUCUGUGUAGAUGACACUGAGCUAGAUGGACCAAUACGCUGACUCAGCAGAAGACAAGUUUCAGUGGGACUGUUUAAAUCAGCCUUCACUGUAUAGUUGUUGUAAACUGCUCUGGGUGUUUUUUUUUAAAUGAAUAGUGGAAUAUAAAUAUUUCAGAAUCAUGAGGACUGGAAUCUUGGAUUUUAGCUGUUUUACCUUUGGAUCAGAGGUUCAGUGCCCAGGGAGGAGAGACUCCUUCCUGAAACCCUGGGGAGCUGCUGCCAGUCAGUGUAGACAAUACUGAGCUAGGUGGACCAAUGUUCUGAUAAAGCGGAUUCCUGUGUAGUCAUGACUUUAGUCCUGUUGAUUUAAAUAAGAACUCAGUGCAACUGAUUUUGCCUGCAAUAAUAAAGCAGGGAUAGGCAACGUGGUGCUCUCUAGAUGUUGUUGGGACUACAACUGCCAUCAGCCUCAGCAAGCACGAUCAGUUGUUAGUGAUGAUAGAAGUAGUAGCCAAACAACUUUUGGAGGGCACCACGUUGGCCAUCCCUGCACUAAAGCAACUCCACACGUGACAUCAUGUGCAAUCAAACGUCUUCACUGAGCUUUUGUUUUCUCUAUUGAAUCUUCUCCACAUCAAUUUUCUUUUGUCCUUCCUGCCUCGUGCACUGUUUGGCCAGCGGUCAAAGAAAAUGUUUGUGCAUGUGGGCUUGACGUCAAGGGUGACGGGCUGCAUCCAGGACAAAUUUCUUUUUCCCCAAAGGUUGCUGGGGGUGGGGUAAAAACAGUUAACUGCAAAAUAAUACCAGCACCCUCUCUGCUGGAUAAUUUGAUAAAUGGGUUGACCUUCUAGACAGGACUGAGCUCACAAAAAUGGACAAUACUUUUUUCUUUUUAAGUUUUUUGUGAUUUGUGCCUAGGAGGAGCUGGUUAUCUUUCUGCCUGCAUCUCAAGUCCCUCUUGGAACUGGGCCUCACCUGUUCCGCAGGAUGUCUGGGGCUUAUUUUCGUUCUCUCAGUGGGAAUGUCUGGACAUCUUCAUCUCAAUUCUGUCAGUGCUGGAGACAGGAAAUGGACAUGAUGAAGGUUGCCGUCUGACACCAAAGCAUCAAACUGUGCCGCCAGGCCUCAUGAAUUUGUUGAAGGAUUAAAUGGCAACGCUAAGCUGUGGUUUAUUAAACCCCAAAGCAAACUUAAUUCAUGUUCUGUUCAUGUGGCAGUUAUGGGAGCUACUCUCAGGCAUAGUUCAGAUAUUCUGGGGCCACAUUCGCCACAUGUUUAUGGUGCUACAACGGCACUUUAAAAAGUAAUGGCUUCCCCUAAAGAAUUCUGGGAACUUUAGUUUGUUUAGGGUGCUGAGCAUUGGUAGGAGACUCCCCUAUUCCCCCUCCUAUUGCUAUAAUUCCCAGAGUUCCCAGGGAACAGGGAUUGACUGUUAAAUCACUCUGGAAAUUAUAGCAAUAGGAGGGGAAUAGCGGUCUUCUACCAACUCUCAGCACCCUUAACAAACUAUAGCUGCCAUAAUUAAUUUGGGGGAGCUGAGACUGCUUAAAGUGGUAUCAUAGCACUUUAGAUGUAUGGUGUGAAUGUGACCUGAGCUAGUUUAUUCCAAGUACUGCUACCAUCUAGCAUUAAUCCAUCUAACUUUCCAUUGAAAUUAGUGGGUUUAAGUUACCUAUGUUUGUUAAUUUCAAUGAGUCUACUAGCAUUGGAGGACUAGCAUUGGAUAUAGAUCAUAGUCUUCUCACUGACAUAUAAAUUGUGUUCACAUUCCCACUGACUCACCAUGUUUCCAGUCCUGGGUUAUUAAUCUGUGUUCCCAUGAUGUUAUCCAAACUGCAUAUGUAUCCUGUACUUUGUUAUAAAAUACAACUGUGUGUUGCAUUGUUUUCUCAAGCCAGCUUCACACUUACUGCAGUCUUCAAGCCGUUCCUAAUUCAUUUUCAGCCAAGAUAUGAACACCUUUGCAGACGGUCAAGAUACGCACACCCGUCAAAGACCCCUGGUGUGUAGACAAAUGGGGAAAAUCUGACUCUAAUGAAGACAUGCUGAUGUGAACAGCUUGGGGGGGGGAGAAAUUCGGGGAGACGGACGGACCUAACCCUGAAUCAAUUUCGCUAUGCUCUAAUGUCGCAAUGUGAACAUGCCCCUAGUUUUCUGAGGGCUGUUCGAUCACUGCAGUCAUCUCCAGUAGCCGAAAAUGGUUGAACAUGGGUUGUUGUACAGCUUUGUAGGCAUAUGGAACACUGUCUUAUACAGAGCCAGCCCAUUGGCUCAUCUAGUUCAAUACUGUCAACAUGGACUGGCAGUGGCUUUCAGGAUUUCAGGCAUGAUUCUCUCUUGGCCCUAUCUGAAGAUUGAACCUGUGACUAUCUGCAUAGCCCUUUGUCCCUCAUUUGCUCCUUGGGAGAAGCCCUUUACUCUCCCAGUGUCGUGAUGAGUGAUCCAGGCCUGAACUAUUUCCUUUGCAAAUAGCAAGUGGCAAUAACUUGAGAAUGGCUCUUGAGGGAUUGGGUUAGAAAACGCCUUUCCCACCAAGGAGGACAUUUCCCAAUAGCUGUGACGCAUUUGGCCCAUGGGCCAUCUCUGGAGACUUGACCCUGAAGUGCCACUGAGUUUUCAGGGAGUAGGAUCUUGGCUUUCUUCUCAAUCUUUCUCUUUCCCUUUGGAGGAAAAAGAGAGAGGCCAUUUUGCUGUCAACAGUGGAUGGGAAUCUUGAAGAUGAUUUAUUUAUGCAAACUCCUCAAUGUAUAGUAAUGUCCCUUGCAGAUGUUUUGGACUAUGAUUCCUUUAAUCCCUUACCAUUUGCCUUGAUGGCUGGGGCUGAUGGGAAUUGGAGUACAAAACAUCAGGAUAUUUGGGUGCUUGUAUAAGCAAAGAGAGAGAAGUCUCUGCUCAAAGGCGCUUGCAAUCUAAACUCUGAAUGUAACAACAAAGGAAGGGAGAGAUGCUGGAGUAGUCGAGAGACUUCAGCUUAUCGGCUGGUUAUCUUUUUGGCCCUGGGGGAACAUUUGGACUUUAAUUAUGCCUCUUGCUUGCCUGGGAGAAGGAUCAAGAGGGGUGUGUAAGUAUGUAUAGGAACUAGCCAAAUUAAAUUCAUGGCUCUGUCCCUUGUUUGCCUCUGGCUCUGCCCACCACUGGCAGGUAGCCCUCCAGAUGUUGCUGGACUACAACUCUCAUCAUCCCUGACCCGUGGCCAUGUUUGCUGGGGCUGGUGUGAGCUGUAGUUGAGCAAUCUCUGGAGGUCCAUAGGUUACUCAUAUCUGGUUUAGGCAUUGUUCUCACAAGCUCAUGUCCCGGUGGUGCGGGAAUAGCUGUUGCAUUCUGGGCCUCGCCUUCAUAUUUUUAAAAAAUAAUAAUUCAGAUUCCACCCUUUUCAUCUAUGUCCCGUGUACAUUAUCUGUAAAGAUAUGCCAUGGGGCCAUAUCCCACAUUGCCCUGGGGCUGUGGUAAUGGCAGGGUGUUCUGUCUGAAAAGGGGCUCUGGCAUCACCUCCAGGGACCUAUUUUUGCAGGGCAGAGGCUGGAAUUCCGAGCGGGCCUCAAAGCCUGUCCUAGUUGCCAUGGCAAUAUAGUGGGAUUUUUUUUUAAGUUCGGCAGAUGCAUUCCGCCUUCUUCACAGCACUGACAUGACAAACCUGGCAGAAGGACCUGGGGGCUUUGGGUAUUGCGAUCUGAGCUCCCAUUUGCCCCCUUGAAUGAGGCCUUAAUGUGCUCACAAAAGCUGCCUCGCCAUUGUAUGGUUGGUUGGCUGAGGAUUCAACAUGACAUUGCCCCUUUGACUCCAAAAUGGAAACACAGACACUUGAUUGGUGCUAAACCAUGAAGCAGUGUUGUGCACCCAUUGAAUGUGUGGAAUUCCUCCCAAUUAAUUAACUAAUAAUAGUUGCCCACACAAGACAGUUUCUUGGUUUCAAAGAAUUUAAUGUGGUAUACUCAGUGGUAAUAGCAUUUGCUUUGCACGCUGAAGGUCCCAGUGCCACAAUAACAGCCAUACUUCCAACAUCUACAGACCAGGUUAGGACUGUCCCCUGCCUGAAUGAGGUAGGCCCUCCUUUUUCUCACAAGUGAAUGAGGCAAUAACAAUGCUUUCAAGUUUAUGAGACACUAGCAUAGAGGAAUGUAGGAAGCUGCUAACAAACUGCAAUUCCCAAUAUUAUUUGGGCUAGGGGUGUGCUUUAAAUGUGCAAUGUGUGCACAACCUUGGAUUCGUCUUGAGGGGCUGUUGUCGAUCACUAUACCUCUGGGAUUUAGACCCUUUAAAAACUAGCCACCUUUUCUCCCCAGCGACAACCAGGCCUGGAAUAUCUCCUGCCCUUUUCCAUCUCUGAGCAGCUGAAUUUCCUCUCUCCAUAGUUCUGAGCCUCUAGCACCUUGAGUUUUACUCCAGGAAUCCGGGCAGAGCUCCAGAAAGGGGCCCAGUCUCAGGCAAAGCGUAGUUGAUGCCGACCCAUUAACAGGGAGGUCAGUCAAGGGCCUUUCCACCGCCUGGCAUGUGUCCAUCAAAGCAACAGAAAGCUCUCUAGGGAUCCUGACCCACUUUCAUCCUGAACACCCACCCCUCACUUUCCUUCCUUGUAAGUGAAAUGGUGUGUAGAAAUCCAGGCCAGCCUGGGGACAGGGAAAGGGAUGUAUAUACCCUUGAAAUGAACCUCCCUCUGCUUUCAUUUCCCUCCCUGUGGGACAGCCAACUUGAGUUGGGAUUGGAAGGAGGCCUUAUGGAAGCAGUGGGGAGAGAGGCUGCCUUCCUCAAAGUUGAGGAAAUGGAGGUUGAGUGGUUUCCUUAUAUAGCUAUUUGCAACAAUCCCCCUCCCCGCCAGGUAUCAGAUAAUACACCACAGAUACCACUUUAAACAGCCAUGGCUCCUAUUCCCCUCACAGAGCUGUGAUUCUCAAGAGUUCCCUUGGAAGAGGAAUUGAUUGUUAAACCGUUUUGGAAUUGUAGUUCUGGGAGGGGAAUAGGGGAAUCUCCCAACCACUCUCAGCACCCAUAGAUAUAUUAUGUACAGCUUACAGAAUUAUUUGGUGUUAUUGCAGUGGUUUAAUGCAUGGUUUGAAUGUGGCCAUUCUCCAGCCACACACACAUCCAUACGUUCACACACAUCUCUGUCCCUCUUUGAAUAUUAACAACAUAAGAAGAGCCUUGCUGGAUGAGGCCAGUGGCCCAUCUAGCCCAGCAUCCUGUUCUCAGUGGCGGCCCAGAUGCCCCAAUGGGAAGCUUACAAGCAGGACCUGAGCCUGACAGCAACUCUCUCCACUUGUGAUUCACAGCAGCUGGUAUUCAGAGGCAUGCUGUGGAGGUAGAUAAAACCAGCGGCGGAUCAUAUGCCUGCGCUACCCAGGGCGGGCGGACUCCUGAGGGGGGCAGGACAUGCUACCGAGAGGGGCAUGGCAUGCUCCCGAGGGUCACGGGGCGCAGAGGGUGCCCUCCCAGGCACGGGAUAGCUGGUCAGGUGCACGGAGUGGCACACGUGCCCUGCAGCUGGGGGGCGGAGCGAGCCACCCACGGGGGGCAGAGUAAGCCGCCGGUGGCGGACAUUCAGCGCGCUACCUGCCCGCGACACCCAAGCCUCUCCCAACUCCAGAGCUGUCAAAACGAUCUGUCGAGGGAAGAUGGGGAGCUGCGCCGCUUUCCCAGUGGCCUUCUCCCUUCAUUUUGACAUUUCAGGACUCAGGGAGGCUUGGGAGUCGCAAGCGGGCGGCAUGCCAAAUGUCACCCCCCUCAGGGAUGACACCUGGGUCGGCCUACCCCCACCGCACCCCCCUUCCUCCGCCACUGGAUAGAGCAGCCAUCAUGGCUAGCAGCCACUGACAGCCUUGUCCUCCUCUGUAAAUUUAUCAAAUCCUCCUUGGUGGUCAUCAUUGCCUCUCAUGGGAGCAAAUUCCAUAUCUAAACUAUGGGCUGUGUGAAGAAGUAAGGUUCCCCACCCCCUUCCCCCUGCACUUUUAAGCAUGUACCUCUUGCAUUUAACGCUUCUGGAGCUUUUAGCUGGAGGGUUAUGUUGUCGUGAUAAACAGCCAGGUUGCCUAGUUCCUUAGCUCCUCCCUUGCCUGACUCCACGUUCCAGGUCACGGGGAGGGACAUAUUAAGCAUGCUUCAUCCAGGUGAGGCCAUGUCCGUCAGGGAGUGUGAGUGCCGCGGUGGGGAGGUGGUGUUACUCAUUGUUUUGGAAGGAGCGAGGCAUGAAGAAUGUGAGCGAGCUUCCUCGAGGAUGGAAAAUAUCCAGGGCCAGGGCUACCCCACCGAAGAGGCAGGCAUGUUCAAGAAAAGGGUCUUUUUGGAGGCGUUUCGUGAAGGGAGAGGAGACUUCAGUUUCCGUGAUGUUCCUGAGGAGCUACCAAGGCAGAAAGAAGGUCAGAUGGGCAGCUGGGAGAUGGGUGUGAGUGUGUGUUUGGUUGCUCUAUGUCAUCAUUUCCCUGAAAUGCUGUCUUCAGGGUGUCUGGGGCUAUAAUCCCAUUAGCCCCAGUUAGCAUAACUUAUGGCAGCUGUGGUCUCCAUGUAUCUGGGGGCAGCAUUUUGGGGGAUGCUUUUCUACCUUGGAUUUGAGACUCUGUGUUUGAAUCCCCAUACUGCUUAAAUCCAGCUUGAUCCUUCUGUGGAUUGUCCCAAACAAAUAAAAUAAAAUAAAAAUGGGGAAAGUAAUUUCUGUUGGACCUUGGAAAGAGCUUCCAGCUCUGCUACUCAGAAAAACCCUUGAAUGCUUUUCUAUCAGCUGUUGGGGUAGGAACUUGGGGGAGGAGACCCCUGUCCUCAGCACAAUGGUGCACAGUCUCAUCAAGUGCCCAGCAAGGAUGGAGAGGAUUAUGGUGGGAAGCUUAGCACAGAGAGCAAUAAUGGCUGAUUGGCUAGGGCAGGAUUGGAUCCGUUCUUCUUCAAAACCUCUAUUCUGUUUUAGGAGUUGGCUGCUAGCACAGCUCCAGCUCUUAGCCCACCAAGAGUUUACAGUUCUCAGCGUUGACAGUGGGGAAGAGGAGGGAAGGGGAUGGCUAUUCAUCCUUCAGUUCUCCAUUUAUUUUACCCUAAGGCUGGUUAGGUUUUAUCGGCCUUUCCAGUGACUUCUGUUAUCCUCCCACAAGUCCUCUGGUGUUGAGUCUUGUUGUUCAAAAAAAGGGGUACGAUUGAGAGAUGUUCUUUUGUCUGAAACUCCCUCCUGAAUUAGCGUGAAUGAGCUGAGACCUGGACAUGGAUCUCCUCUGUGGGCAGAAAGCUGAUCAAGAUCUAGCAAUAAAUCUCUGAGUGAUUUGAAGUAGAUCAGCAAGUAUUCUGAGCAGUGCUAUUUUUCUAGGAAAAGAGGUGCCAGAACUCACCACAAACAUCUCCCUUGUUCUCUGAUUAUGGCAAUGGUGCCCACCUGAGAGGUGCCAGAACUGAGUUCCGAUGAGUUCCAGCUCAAAAAAAAAGCCCUGAUUCUGACUACUGUAAUUUGUUUUGGCCCCUCUAGACUGCUGUGGGGUUUUUUGUGUGGAUCUAUUCUUUUAUGAAAUGUUAUUGGCACAAUAAUAGUACAUUAGUGGUGGAUUUAUACUGGACCAUCAACACAUCACCAUCCACUGGUUGGCACCAUCCACUGGUUGGCAUCUCUAGGUGGGUGAGAGUGCCUUCUCGAACAAUAAAAACCAAUUAAGAAGACUGUGCAUGCAGCCCAGCAGAAGCUGGUUGCAAAUUAUAGCCCACCCACCACCACAUUAACCUUCAUCUCGAAAAGCCACCCCAUUACAUCACAAGGGGCUUCCAUCCAUGAUGUCACCAGAGCCCACCCUAGAUCUCAGGUUUGGGCCCUGAAAUCUCACUGUCUGGGAUGCUCCUGACCUGACAACCCUAUUCCUUACAUUGGUUGUGCUAUUUCUGUCCAAAGGGGUACUCUUGAGCUAUACAGCAUAAUGAAACCAAGACAGAAAGGAUAAACUGGAACAUCUGUGGGUUUAUUGAUUUAAUUUUUUUAAGUGAGAAAAUUAGGAGGAAGAAGAAAGCUUAUUUUUUUUUUAAAAAACCAAGUCCAUUGUGGCAAUAUAAAAAAACACCUUAGGAAAACUAUUAAGGAAAGGUUGCAGAGUAUUCUCAAAAGGUCGCAGAAUAAUGGCAGCGUCAAGCUUUUGUUCACACAAUAAGGUUAAGGCUGAGACUAUGAUGCAGUCACAACUCUCCCUUGAAGAUAAACGGAUCAUAUACGCAAGGCACAGCAUAAACUUCAUGACGCAACCUGUUAAGUUGCCAAGCAUUGUUUUGACUUUGUUUUAUAGGGCUCAGACUGCAAAGGGUUGGCCUGGGUCAUUUGAGUGCAAAGUAUACACCUUCAUCAUGGAUAUACUUGGGGCCCUAGUGGGAGUCUCUAGGAUAGGGGUGGGAAAUCUUAGGACUGGGGGCCCGAUGUGGCCCUCCAUGCCUCUCUAUUUGGUCCUUGGGACUCUCCCCAGGCCACACUCCUCAACAGUCCUGCUCUGUACCCUCCUUGAGUGCUUUUGGCAUGGGUGGAUUGUGUCCUUGAACCAUGACAAUACAGCUCAAUCUGCAUGGUUCAGCUGAGGAGGAGCAGUGUGGGGUAAUAAUAAUAAUAAUAAUAAUAACUUUUUUUAUUUAUACCCCGCUCUUCCCGGUUCAGGAAACUGGGCUCAGGGUGGCUAACAACAAAUUUAAAACACUCAAUUGAUGCUACAAAAAACAAAACAAACAAAAAAACCAGCAUAAAAUAUGAUUUAAAGCGUAAAUAACAAUAAAAUAAAAAAUCAGAAAUCAAUUUAGGGGGAAAAUCCAUCCAAUAAACAUUAGAUGAUCACCAGGGCUAGCUGGCUAAAUUAGUCCCACUUGGGCCAGCGAGGAGACCAGGGAAGAACCAGCUGUGGGAUCCCAGAGCAGGCAAUCUUCACAAAAAGGGGAGGGGGAGGGAAGGAAGAAGAACAAAAUAUCAGGCCAGGUUCAAAUUGAAAGCCAUUGAAAGUAAUUAUUCUGUCUUACAGGCCUUGCGGAAGGAAGUUAAAUCCUGCAGGGCCCUGGUCUCCAGGGACAGCAUUCCACCAGGUUGGAGCCAUCACUGAGAAGGCCCUGGCCCUGGUGGAGGAUAAUCUAACUUCCUUAGGGCCCGGGACCUCUAAACUAUGAUUAUUCAUGGACCUUAAGGUCCUUUGCGGGGCAUACUGGGAGAGGCGGUCUAGGCCGUGAAGGGCUUUAAAGGUCAAAAGCAGCACCUCAAAUCUGACCCUGUACUCCACCGGGAGCCAGUGCAGCUGGAAAAGCACUGGGUGAAUAUGCUCCCAUGGCAGGGACCCUGUGAGGAGCCUCACUGCAGCAUUCUGCACCUGCUGGAGUUUCUGGGACAGUUUCAAGGGCAGCCGUGCGUAGAGCGAAUUACAGUAGUCAAGCCUGGAGGUGACCGUCGCAUGGAUCACUGUGGCUAGGUCGGGGCAGGAAAGGUAAGGGACCAACUGCUUAAUGCGGCGAAGGUGGAAAAAUGUCGCCUUAGCUGUUGCUGUAACCUGUGCCUCCUGUGUAGUGGUUAGAAUGUCAGAUAAGGACUCGGGAGACAAGGAUUCAAAUCCCCACUCGGAUAUGAAGCUCUAACCUACAGCACAGGGUUUUGUGGGACUUAAAUGGGGGGGGGGGGCUAGGAAAAAGUGGCACAAAGUGACAUCUCUUGGGGUCAACCCCCAGUGGCUCUAAUAGCACACAGCACAGUUUUAUGUCUGUGUGUAUGUGCCUGCCUGCCUGCCUGCCUGCCUGCCUGCCUGCCACAGAUGACGUGAGAUUCCUCUCUCCACGCCUGGAGGCCAAAGACAUUCCUCAACAUCAGCUGUUCUGCUAGCAAAGGCUUUCUGGAUUUCCCAGCAAAAGGGGAGGGGAGUGGCUAUGAAAACUUAACACAUUCAGCAUUCAGGGACACCUCAGGUGAAAGUCUGCUGAGUCGAACUGGUGUUAUCAGGAAGGAUGCAAAGAGAUUGUGCUUUGGCUGCAUGCAGUUUCCCACAAAGUAUCCUGGGAACCGUAGUUUUCCCCCUCAUGAAGCUGCACUCCCCAGUAACUUCAGUUCCCAGGAUCCAUCAGAUUGAAAUAAGCAAGAGUGGGACCAGCCCUUGCCUUUUGAGAUAUGAUUGUGUUUAUUUAUUUAUGUGCCAUGCAAUUGCCAAGGUGACUUCUAAACUUUGCUCAGUUGUUCUAAGAAACCAAAACACCAGUGGUUAAAAUCAGCGCAGUUGAUUCAGAAUGCUAUCCGACUGUAUCCAAACAUCGAUGAAAAACUGUGGCUUGAUCUCAGGAACGAUCGCACAAAAGUUGGUUAAAAUCAGUGCAGUUCUGAAAGGUUCAGUCUCACAUCUCAAUUCAAAAUGGUGGCUAAUGGUUCUCUCCUCAUGUCAUCUUGACAACAACCACCCUGUGAGGUAGGUUAGGAUGAGAGAGGCAGUGACUGGCCUGAGGGCACCCACUGAGCUUCGUGGCCGAGGGAGGAAGAUUUGAACCCUGGUCUCUCCCAUGUCUUAGCCCAACUCUCCAACCACUACACUAUACUGGCAAUUUUUUCAGUUUGUUCCUAUCUCACUUCUGAUCCUAAACUGUAGUGCAUAUGGUGUGCAGGGCAGCUGUGGCAUGGCUUCUCUGAAGCUGCCUUGCGGACCAAAUGCAGAAGCCUGGCGGACUUCCGGGUUGGUGCGAACAGCUAAUGGCGGAUUCUCUCCGAGCUCCGGAGGGAAUCGGCUCCGCUGGGGACGGGUCUUGCCGCGACGGCGACGCGGAGACCCUUAAAAACCGCAGGCGCGGAUGCCUGCGGACCUGGUGACUCGGUGGGCACCUUAAGCGCCCCCGACUCCACGAAGAGCCUUUUUAAAGGCUACGGAGAGGGUACGGAAGGCGGCGUGGUGCUGGGAGUAGACCGCUACCCCAGCGGAGCGGAGCCGUGUGCCAUGGCUGAAGAGCACUGACUUUUUUCCUUAAAUUCGGAACUCGAAAAGAAGCAACCCGUGAGUAGAUUGGAAUUCGGACUUUAAAAUAUCUAUUUGUGAAUUUGAUACGACCGGGGAAUGUGUUAAAGGGAAGUCCGCACCCCCCCCUUCUGCAGACGAUUUAAAGCAAUAGCAGGAGAACUAAGUUGGAGAGUCUACCCCUUUGGGGUGAGUUAAAAAGACAUUAACUUUCACGAUUUGAUAAAAGAAGUUUUGAGCUGGAGUGUAAGAGUGGAAUUUUAGAAGUUUUUCUCUUGUGGUGUGUAACCCCCCCCUUCCGGGCCCGGGAGCGUCCUGCCUUUGAGCCUGUUGAAGAGGAAAGGAGUUUGACAGCUGUUAAAGCUGUCAAACGGGCAAUUUAAAGUAAAAAGCGUGUUAUUUAAGAUCUCCCUGGACUAAAUGUGAUACAAUUGAAUUAAAGUGGUUCGAAACAAAGAAACAAAGAACGAGGCAAAGGACUGUUGGGAAAAGAUUACUAAGUAACCAGAUUCCCUCUAGGGGGAAUUCUGAGACAUUACAAUGGCUGCGGAUGGAAAUUUACUAGCUGAAAUAGAAAGAAUGUGUUACUUUGUGGGAACUUUACAAGAGCAGAGUCUGGCUAUGAAUAAACAACUUACGACCUUGACUUCUGGAAUAAGCAGCUCUGCUGAAUGUAUUGAGGAUCUGAAUGAGAAAAAUCUGCAGCUGAACCGGAACAGAUAUCUCAAGAAUUGAAGGAGACUAAACAAGGAAAGGAGAAAGCACAGAUGGAAAGUACCAACCAGAAGCCUACACAUGUGGAUUAUAAACAAGAAGACCCUUGGAUUACAUGGAUUACAAAUCUGCAAAAGAUGCGAAAGAUGAAGGAGGAGGCCCCUGGAGUACUUGGAAUUCAAGAACUUAAAAGAAAGAAGAAAUAUGAUGGGGGCCUCCAUUCUGAAUAUGAAGGACUGGUGGAACUUUUGCAGCAGUUGUCUCUAAGUUUUCUUGUGGGAAGAAAAUCUGGCUUGACUGGGACAGAACUCCUUCGAGAUCCGAAGACCAACAUAAAGGACUACCAACAAAACCGGCGGAGAGGGACUGAAAGAGACUUGAAGGCCUCGGAUGUGAGAAAUCCAGGCUAAGAACUGUUAUUGUAGAAAUGUACUUGGGAAGGGACGAACCGGGGAUGGGAGGGGUAAAAUAGAAUUUUAAAAACACUUACGAUUUUUGGGUCUAGUCAAUAUGAUUGAUGCUUAAUAAAAAAUGGGAAAUCGAUGGAAGGGAAUCUGAGCCCAACUUAGGAUAGAAUUUAAUCUUCUACAAAAGAUGUAAUAUUAACAGGGUAAGGAGGUAAAAUAAUAACUUGCUGACAUAAUUAUGGGAAAUGGGAUGUAUGAAGGGGGGUGGGGGAAGUCAAGGACCAAAGUUAAGAAAGUAAGAUUUUUGAAAUUAUACAUGUUUUUUGUUUUUGUCUUUUACGUGUGUGUUAUGUCUUUAUAAAAUGUGAAAAACCAAUUAAAAAAUUAUAAAAAAAAAAAAGAAAAAAAAAUGCAGAAGCCUGGCAGGCCAGAGAUUCACCAUAGCUGAUCUACUGAUUAAAUCCAUUAAAGCCUGGAAGCCUAGUCAUUAGAGGUGUUAAACUAGGAAUUUAGCUGCUGGCUGUGCUCUCCAAAUCAGCAUCUUUACAGCCUCCUAGAGAUUCCCUACCACCACCUGCAAACCAACUGAUCUUAUUGUGCACAAGGGGGCCGUAUCCUGCAUUGUAGUGUGCUCCAUCAGCACAGCAACUUUGCAUGCAGCUGUCUCCAUGGAGACAGUACGUGGUACUCGCCUGGCGGAUGGAGGGGAACUGGGGAAACCCAAAGCCGUCUGCAUUUUUUUUCUUUCCUGGAGCUGAAGCAGCAGCAGCAGCAGCCAAUGUCUGUAAGAUAUUUUGGUGCUGGUUGGCUUUGGAUGGGGGUGGGUAAAAAGCCCCCCUCCUCCAGCAAGUGCUAAUCAUGCUUCUGAAUCCCUGAGAAAAACCUAAUGUGUUUCCCCCCUUCUUUAAUGCUCGUUAUCUGUUUGUUUUGCAUUGCUAAUUGAUGUCUGUACCUAUUAAGAGGCCAGCCAGCAUUGUGUAAGGUCUUGAUUGCAGAUUAAUUUUGCAUGCAUAUUCUGGACAGCAUGGCAGUAUUCCAUUGGGGAUUACGACUUGGAGUGGACUAGCAGAUCUAUUUGGUUUCCCACUCACCCUCCACCCCCUUCCUCUGCCCUUGAGAAAGGCCCAGUUCACACACAAAUGCACAUCACUCAGCAACCUACUGAUGGUUGAGCGUGUGAAUUGUCUCCCACUUUUGUGGGAGAUCCAAAACUUCACCCAUUGUCAUAUAAUCAUAGGAUUGUAGAAUUUGCAGGGACCCCAGGGACCAUCAAGACCACCCCUAUGCAAUUCUGGAAUCACAGCUGAAGACUCCCUGAAAGAUGAACACCUAACCUCUGUUUCAUAGCCUCCAAUGAAGAAGAGUCCACCACCUUCCGAGAAAGUCUGUUCCACUGUGGAAAGUUUCUUGCCACCAGGAAGCUCUUCCUAAUGUUUACUUAGAAUCUCUUGUCAUUUGAAUCUCUUGGUUCAGCUGGAACCUCUGGUAGCUGUGGAACCACCAUAGAGAAUGACCUCUCCCUUGUUGGCCACCCAACCACACCAACCUAGGGGAUGGAUACACUGGGAGACCCUCUGAAACAGAACUUAAGGUGCAAGCAGGAUGGUGUGGGAGCAGGUGCUCUCUGUGAUGGUUGGUACCCAUUGUGAGGGAGGUAGGGCAGAAGGCAGGGAGCCCAACAGUAGGCGACACCAGGACCAAUGGCAGGCAGAGCCAACUAAUUCUAGUUUUCUCCCCAUCCUCUUUCCUCCUGAGGGGUUCAAGGGGCAACACUUACACUAAGGAGGAGGAAGCUGACAGGCAGGGCCACCCCCUGGACUGGUUGUAAGAAAGAAAGCAGGCAGGUGGGGGCUGGCUGAGGGCAGAUUAAGGUUGGUGGGGCAGUUCCCUCAGUUGUCUAAUGGACCAGCCUCCACUCCAAUGAAUGGAUUGGGCCCAUUAAUAUAUACAAAAGGUUUGUUGCUAACCAAACUGUUUACCAUGCAGAACAGUGGUCAUAACAGAAUAGUGACUGAGUGGAUUCCGUGCCCAACUACAUCUUUUUAUAGCAUGUUCAGGUCAGACAACGAAAAACAAAUUUGCCAAUGGCACUGCUUGGCUCCUGGACAGGAUUAUGUUCUAUCCCCUUCCCACUGACCUACCUUGGAAGAAGGAUGCUUAGAGCCCCUAGACAAUUCAGAAGGGGUGGGGAUUUCCUCAAAACAAGUGCCCCUUGUUGCUUUUGGCCAAGUUUGUUUCCAUAGCCCCCUUGCUUAAAAACCUUUUGAUUCUGCCCUCUGACACGAGAGUAUGUAACAGGGAGAGGAAACAGCCUGUGGAUCAUAACAAUGCCUUUGAUGACGGAAAUCCGGCAACAUUCUCAUUAAAACUACAGUCCUAUAUAACCACUUUACCUGGGAGUUAGUCCCACUGAAACACAAUAGGAAUCACUUCUGAGCAAACAAAUUGCACUUUCAAGUUGUGGGGAGGCAUAAUCAGUAGUUGGGAUCAGAAUUCCCGUUCUGGAACAUGCACUAUGCAAGUCAUUCUCUCAGCCUCAGUUUCCCAGCUGGGAAAUGGGUAUGCCAGUUACCUAUUGUGGUCUAGUGGUUAGAAAGCCGAGUCUGUAGUGGAUAACAUCGAGUACGAAUCUUAAGAAUUGCGAGUGGGGAGAGUGCUGUUGCACUUGGCUCCUGCUGGUUGGUCAUUGUGAGGGCAGGAUGCUAUCCUCUAUGAGUUUCUGGCCCAAUCCAGCAGGGAAUUUCUUACGUUCUAUCUCCUCUGUAUACCAAAUGUAGAGAAUUGCAAAUAGGAAUAACACUGUUGCAGUCAGGUUCUGCUUGCAGUCUUCUCAUUGGGGGUACGUGGUUGGCUAGUGUAAGAACAGGAUGCUGGACUUGGUAGCCCAUUGGCCUGAUCCAGCAGCCAGGCCGGUCUUCUUAUGUUCAUGGUUAAUGGUCUGGGAUGAUGGGAGUUGUAGCUAAAGGUGGACAAAUAUGUCAAUUUCAGCUUCUCCUUUUGGCAAUCUUAAGGGGUGAUCGCCACGUUUUGGCAUCAGUUUGUGAAUUCAUUAUUUUCUAAAACUGCCAGCAUUUCAGUGGAAUUUCUCUUAAUAAACAUGUUGCAAGUGAUUUCUCCUAAUGCAGCUGGUGUGUAGGGACCUGUUAGUGAGUCAUAGCCUGAUCCAAGGUUGGGCACAGCAGGAGCAUUACCACCAUGCAAAUAUAUGGUGGAAGAUUAAUAAAUGGGUCUCCAAAUACAUGUUUGGGUUGGAAGUGGGUCCUAGGUCUGAAAAGGUUGAUGACUGCUGCCUUAAUAUACUGCAUUUUAUAUGUUAUUUUAACUAAUAUAGUCAAUUCUAUGUCACUUUCCCCUAAGAUGAGGCAUUUUUGUAAACAUUCUUUGGUUGGCAAACCACACUGCAAAAUUUGGAAGAGUGUGAAUUCUGAAGGGUUGCUGAGGUUUGGUUUGGUUUGCAUAUUAUUUGAGAAACUGUGAAUCCUUGUAGCUUCUCAUUAAAAUUCAAACUGAACUGAAUGUAUCCCUAGUCAUAAUCUGGCAACAUCUGGAGGGCGAUCGGUUCCUUCAUCAAUGCUUGAGACCGAACGAUGAAGGCAUCUGUGCCAUUUGCAAAUGCAGUGCGUGUUUACAAAACUGGGUGCAAAUAACACGUACCUUUUUUUUUGGUGGACAAUGUACCGUAUUCGGGAAUCUCCCUGGCCUUGAACAGGUAUGAAUUAUUCAAUCUUCUCCUCUCCCCACUCACCAUGGUGCCCUUGGGAUCUAAGGAUGUGAUCCUUUGGAAAACAAUAAAAGGAUGCACUGCGGAGAAUGGAGGGGGCCGCGGGUGAUGGUGGCUGCGUCGACCACCCCUCCCCUCGACCCCCUUUCCAGCUCUCCUGCUUUUGCCUGCAACGGAGGACUGCGGGGAAACCGCUGGGUCUGUUGCCGCAGACUUCCAACAGCCAACUGAAGGCGGGGGGGGGGGGACCCAAACCUGUUGUGCCUUUGGAGGCAGACAUUGCAACGUCUUGGUGCGAUGCAAGUGCCAGGCAUGUAGAUGAGUACAGGGAGCUGCAUGCAGUAGGCGCUUGAGCGGUAGCAGAGCGAAGGGACGGCAGGGCAGCUGGGAAGUGGGUGUGAGACGAAAGGGGAGCACCCUACACGCUUUGCCCAGAGAGGGGGCUCUCCCUCUCUCUCUGCGUGUGUGUGUGUGUGUGUGUUUGCGCCUGGACACGCACACGGAAACCUCUCCCUGCUGACUCCCCUUUGAUUUGCCAAGGAGAGGAAAUAAGAGGAAACCUUCGCUUGCAGCAGUUACAGACACAGCAUCUCGUUGAUGAAGAUGCUUCCACGGCAGUAAGGGUAUCAGCUGCAGGGACCCGGAGGACUUUGGCUGGAGAAAAGCCAGAACUCUGGGAGGUGGACAGGAGGAGGAGGAGGAGGAGAGUCUCUCACCCUGCUGGAAGAUGGAGGCCAAACCUUUGUUCAAUAUGCAGAAGGCGCUCGUGCAGCCCUUCCAGAUGUGCAUGCUGGAUAUUCCCCUGAGCGUGCAGGACGACGAUGUGAGUAUUGCCCACGUGCUAGGUGGGGGAGCUCUGGGGUGGUGGUGGCGGCGGCAGAGUUUGGGCUCCAGAGACUCUGGAUGCUUUGGGGUGGCAAAGGGCUCGUUUGACUGCCUGGUUUUCUUUCUGUCUCAGUGGGUUCCUGGGUUCUAAUAGUUGAAUGUUGAAGCUGAAUGUUGAAAGAUUCAAGACAGCUGUAGAACUCUUCAGACAGCUGUAGAACUCACUCCCACAGGAGGCAGUGAUGGCCAUAAACUUGGGUGGCUUUAAAAGAGGACUGGACAAAUUCAUGGUGGAGAGGGGCUAUCGAAGGCUGCUGUUCACAAUGGCUGUCCACCGUUAGAUGCAGCAAUGCUUCUGAAUGCCAGUUCCUGGAAACCACAGGAGGGGAGAGGGCUCUUGCGCUCAGAUCCUGCUUGCUGGUUUCCUAUGGGCAUCUGGCUGGCAGCUGUGAGAACAGGGUGCUGGACUGGAUGGGCCAUUGGCCAGAUGCACAUGGCUUAUGAAUUUUGGAUGGAGUGAUGGAAAAUCAAAAUUUCAUACACAUAUUGGUGGAUGUGCAUCAUGCUCUUGGGCAAAAGAAAUUCCCUCUCAGUUAGAUCCAUCCCUGUCCCAUUUGCCUUGCUCUGGUGCCCUAUGCAGCAUUUGCAAUCUGUUGCCCAAAGCACCUUGCCUCUUGGCCAACGUUAACUUAGAAAAUUACCAAGAAGCUCUGAGGGGUAGCGUGGACCUCUGUAACAACAGGUGUCGUUCUGCUUUGAAGUGCCGUCGUAUGAGAGAUACGGCUUUACUCUCUUAGAAAAGAAAGCCACUGGGAAGAUUUCUCCCAGAGUUUCCUACAUUUGUAGUCACUACCUGAAGUGUGCCGUAGAUUAUGGAAACCAGGAAUGUGCUUUGCACCAAGUCAGCCCCUCAUUGGUCUGUCUAGCUCAGUCUCUUGAUAGCUGUCACUGGUAGUGCCCGUCCAAGUUUCAGAUGGGGGGGGGGUCUUUCCCAGACCUAGAGAUGCCAUUGGAGAUUGAACCUGGGGGCUUCUGCAUGCAAAGCAGAUGCUCUAUCAUGGAAUACAGCCCCUUCCCAUAACAAUAGUGAGGUUCCAGUCCUCAUGUUUCUGAAAUUGAGAGCUGAUUUAAGUAGGAAGCUGCCUUAUACCAAGUCAGACAAUUGCUGCAUCCAACUCAGUACUGUCUACACUGACUGGCAGAGGUUCUCCAGGGUUUCAGGCAGUGGGUCCCUCCCAGCAUACCUGGAGAUGUCAUUGGGGUUUGAACCUAGGAUCUUUUGCAUGCAGAGUAAAUGCUCUCUACUACCUUGUUUUGCCUAUUUCCCCCUGAGCGUGGCAAGUGUCACUAUUUACUUCUGCAGCACUUGGGAGCAUUCCCGUUUGGGCUGCUUGGAGAUGGGCCAAGACAGGGUGGUUGAGGGAGUAGAAUUUCAGAAGUGGAAUUCUGUCCACAGAGCAGAAUUGUCCCUCCAGGCACAGCUAUAAAUUACUUUCUUUUUGCUGGAUCUUCUGCUGGACUCUUCUCCAAGCUUUGCUGCAUUCUGCUGGUUGCUGCUGUAUGACUUAAGGUGGGGAGUGGGGCAGGAAUCCAGUUACUUCCAGCCCCAGAUCUAUCAUGGUUAUUAACUUGCAAGAAUCCAUGUCAUUGUAAUGGUGGGGGACAGGUGUCAGGAGGUGGUGGUGGUGACAGAGGGAAACCAUGCAUUUCAGUAAACUUCGGGAAGGGGGGAGUGCAAUAUGACUCCAUGAGUGCUAUGCAUAAACACACAUAGUUUGCUUUUCAGGAAAGGCAUGGCCAGCAUCAGGGUAGGAGGAAGUGAAUGUGUCCGUUUCAGUUUCUCGUUUUUCCAAUCUGAAAUUCAGUUUUUGAUUUAAAAAAACAAGACAAAACCUAGGGGCUAUGAUUCUUUCUUAUUCCACUUGCCAACCCCAUCUCCCCUCCAGCCCCUUUGCCAACUGCCUGUCCCCCAAACCCCCUCCUCUUCCACCUCUUCCACCCCCAACCUAUCCCCUCACAGUUUCCCGCAACUGCAACCCCUUUUAAAGGAGGGGAAAGUACUUUACAGAGCAGUUUGCCAAACUGCUUUGUGGAGCACCUUCCCCAGCUGUUAAAAAGCUCACUUGGGCCACCUGUAGUGCAACUGUAGCAUGAUGACAGCCUUACAUUUCUAUGUAUACAGGAAGAAGAAGAAGAUACUUUAAUCAACAUUUUAGUGUGAAUUCUUCCUGGUAUACCCUUUUUUGUAUGGAAUUUUACUGAAUACAGGUAACUCGCAAUUCAGCUUUACACACUUGGCAAAAAAGGAGGUAGCAGAAAGGGGGUGGGUGUCCAGGAAAAAAGACUUUGGCAUUAGCAGUCCCACCCGCUAUUGAACCCAAUGUGUUUUGACUUUGUGUGAUUCUGUCUUUAUGUGCUAUCCUCAGAAUGUAACUCCCAUUCGCCUGUGUACACAUUUUUGCAUGGUAUUUCCCCAAAUAUGACAUUGCUACUUUCAAUAAUAUAUGCUUUUUUAAUGCACACUUUACUUUACCAUGUGCAUUUUUUAAAUGCAUGACAUGAUUGGACAACUGCAUUGCAAAAUUCAGAGAAGGAAUUUCAAAGGAUGACUGUGUGUUCUGAUUCAUGUAUUGUUUUGGCAGGUGAAAAUUAGAAUGGAAGCGAAUAUCUCCCCCCCAAUCAAGAGUGGAAGCACUAAGAUUUCCAUGCACCUAUUCAGAGGGAGGACUAUUAUUCUUGACCUCUCUCUGAAUUGGCUCUGUGAAAAUACCAUGUGAGAUCUGCCAAGCAGCCAAUGCAGGACAAGAUCAGUUUUGGCACAGGGCAUAUGAAAACCUUUGACUUUUGGUGUGGCUGUACAGAGUUCUCUGGGAAGAGGGGUUUAUUGUUAAACCACCCUGGGAAUUGUAGCUCUGUGUGAGGAGGGAAUAGCUGGUCUCCUAACAUUUCUCAGCACCCUGUACAAACUACAAGGGUCUUAGGGUUAUUUUGGGGUGGCGCGGGGGGGAGUAGGAAGCCAUGACUCUUUAAAGUGGUAUGAUACUGCUCUAAAUGUAUUGUGCAGGUGGGGCCUGUGUUUUGCUACGAGGGUCCUCCUUUAAUAAAUGAAACUAGAUGAGUGUGAAAAAUAUGCAGGCAGAAGGAGCUAGAUUCAAUGUCUGGCAUUUCCAGUUCACUGGAAAGAGCAGCAGGGACACCCCAUACACCCACUUCCAGUUAGAAUAGAUGACAGUGAGCCAGAUGACAAAAUAGUGUGACGUCAUAAAAGGAAGCAUCCUAUUCCUGCAGGAGCACUUCAUCAUGCAAGGGUGGGGAAAGCUGGCAGGACAAACAGAGGAGAAACAUCAGGUCUAGGGGCCAAUGUGGCCAUCAAGGCCUAUCUCUCUGGCUUUUUGGGACUGUCUAUAGGCCAUGCCCCCUCUAGAGCCACGCCCCUCACCUGCUUCAUAAAUUCACAUUACUUGCUCCACUCACUUUUGCCUCUGGCCCUGCCGACCACUAUUAUGUGGCCCCUGGAAGGAUGCAUGCCUGGAUGGAAGAUAGAGAGAAAGCUGUGUGUGCAGAAAUGUACAUAUUGUACAAGAGUUUAAAAAUCGCAUUAGCUGCUUGGCCCACAUGUGCCUUCUGUUCUGGCCUGCCACAGGUCAUGUGGCCCCUGGGUGGUUGUCCACAAAGGAAUGUGGCCCUUAGGCAUGCAAAAUGUCCCAGGUUCAAUCCCCAACAGCAUCUCCAGGCCCAGGGGUGGGAGAGACUCCUGCCCCAAAUCCUGCAGAGCUGCUGCCAGACAGUGUUGACAGUACUGAGCUAGAUGAGCUGAUUAGUUUAACUCAAUACAAGGCUGGUUCCUAUUUAUAUUAGCCCUUUGUUUAGAACCAUGAGGCCUGGAACCUUAUGUUAUUUUUGGAGGAGGUCUGUGGCAGAGCAGAAGGUUUGAUCCCCAGUGGCAUUUGCAGGUAGGGCUGGGAAAGAGACGCCCUGUCUGGAAAUCCUAAGGAGCUGCUGCCAGUAAGUGUACAGAAUACUGAGCUAGAUAGAUGAAUGGUCUUACUCCAUCUAUAAAGAAGCUUCCUAUGUCCUUCUGCAAUUCGUGUUUUUGCCUCCCCUGCCUGCCCUGCUCUGUAAGACAAAAACAUAAUGCAUAACAGCAUGACAUCACUAAAAGCCCAACAAAGAGUUAAUCAUCCCAUAACUCCCUGUUUUGGAGACAGGGUGGUUCAAGCCCUAAGCCACCCAAAGGGUUAUCAAACACCACACAAUGAAACUGUUACUAUAAAUAAAAGCAACUUUUACAAAAGCUAUCAUUAGCAAUACCUCUUGGGCUCUGGCUGGCUGAGAUCAUGGCAGCUGGGAGGAUACCUGGCAAGUUGCUGAUGACAGCACACCUGUCUGGCUUCAGUGUGGCUUGGCUAUGCCUUUCUUACCACAACAUUGGAUGGUCUUGCUGCCAUAACAAAGUGCUGUGGCUUUCUACACAGAUAGGUAGCUAGAGCCAGAGACCAUCCUUUUGGUUUGGGAUCAGAAUGUGCUGGGUGGUAUAUUUACAGCAUGUGAAUUCACAGUCAAGUAGAGCAAGAUCAUCAUUAGUUUGUGGGAUGUUAAUUUUCACCAAGCAAAGCUCUGGAGCCAGUUAAGCCUGGUUCAGUGCCGGAGCCCACAAAUUAAUGCUUAGGUUUUCCAGGUAAACCAUGCAGGCUUUAAGAGUCAUUUGCCUAGGGCGAGCAGAAAUUACCUCCAAGUGAUCAGACAUGGGGAUAUUAUGGUUCUAUGAGAAUAGCUGCUGCCAACCACUCACAAAUUAUUCCAGAUUUCCAUGUUGAAUAUACAUGGACCAGUUCCACCUAAAGAUGGUUGAGGAAUCCAGCCUUCUGUAUUCUGAUGCUAACUGAUCUGAUCUGUGCCUGCUGAGCAGAUCAAAACCUAAUUACUUCACAUAUAGUUCACAUUCCUCAAAUGUUCCAAUGCUCAGAGUAUCUCAAAAUAAAUAUUAAAAAUGCAUAUCUUGAAAAAGAAUGUACAGAUAACUUACAUGCAUGAGUCCACACAUAAACACAAAAUCACAUAAAGCCAGGAACACCCGGAAACACACAGCCCUACCACCAAGAAGGAGGGCUCUGGAAAUCUUGUGGGAGGUAAGUGAGAAGCCUCACUUACUGGGCUUUGAGAAGGAGGUGCAAAGGCUCUAGGACAGGGGUCGGCAAAGUUUACCUCACCUGGGCUGGUUCACUCCUGCGGAGAUUGCUCCAUGGGCCGGAUCGCAUCUGUGCAGAUGCGGUUUUCGGUUUCUGCGCAGAUGCGGUUUUCGGUUUCUGCGCAGAUGCGGUUUUCGGCGUCUGCAUAGAUGUGAUUUUCGGCACCAUGGAAGCAAGUCCCCGCUCUGUGCUGGCUCGGUUCAGGGGUGGCUCGUGGGCCAUUUAAACGACCCCCAUGGGCCACUUGUGGCCCAUGGGCCACAGGUUGCUGACCCCUGCUCUAGGACCCUCCCAGACCCUCAUGUCACCUUCCCAAAACCAGGUUCACAAAGCGCUGCCUAAAGGAGCAUGAGAUUCACAUUACCUGUAUUUACACACACAUUUUUCUAAGGAUUAUUUUUAAAAUGCAGAUUAAUGUGGAAUGUGGAAUGAGACCAACUUUUGGUUGAACUAAUGCCAAAAGCUGAAAUGAGGCUCUUUGCUUCAUCCAUAGUCCCAUUCUUCCACAUGAUGAGGCUGGUAGAAUGCCCCAGAAAGAGAAAACGGUAACAGCUACACCCUGAAUCAUAAGGACAUCAAAAAAGCCUGGCUGCUGGAUCAGGCCAAACACCCAUCUGGUCCAGCAUCCUGUUCUCACGGUAGCCAACCAGAUGCCCCAAAGGGAAACCUGCAAGCAGCAGCACUCUCCCCACUUGUGAUUCCCAGCAACUGGAAUUCAGUGACUGGCUGCCUCUGAUAGUGCAGGCAGAAGACAGCCAUCCUGGCUGUUCAGGAUAGGAAGGAUAAGGGAAGAAAGAAAGAGAGAAAGAGAGAGAGAGAGAGAGAGAGAGAGAGAGAGAGAGAGAGAGAGCGCACACACACACACACACACACAUGCAUUCUUUGGGAAUCAACCCUGACAAAGUUGGUGUUGCAGAGACAGGAUUUGACAUGAAUCCUUCCAUCCUGAGCUGGUGGAAGUUGUAACUUGCUUCGCUGCCCUCCCAAUAAUAGGUGAUUAUACAACUGUUGUAUAAAGAUGUGAGAGGACAAGAUAGCAGGAAGGGGGACGGGGAGGAAGAAGAAAUGAGUGGUGAAGCCGGGAAGAGAUAAUCUUUUCUCGGCAAAGCCAGCACCACUGGAGUGCUGUCUCAGCAAGGAGCUCUCUGCCAGCUGCUGAUUCACCCUGCCAUGUCAUGCUCCUUAGUUCCUGGAACCUUUUGGGAACAUUGUUAUGAAUCUCUCUUUCUCUCUCUCUCUCUCUCUCCCUCUCUCUCGUAAUGAGAUGUUAACUUUUUGAGAUUGUAUUAAUUAUUUGUAGGAUUUAUUUACUUUUCGUUUAAGGCCAUGUUCACACCCUGCGCUUAAAACAUGGGGGGCGGGAGGUGCCAGUACUGUUAUCCUUUAGUACCCCCGAAAAAAGCUCUGGCCCUAUUGAUAGAAAAGCAGAACACAGAUAUUAAACAAAAGCAAACUUCUACACACACACACACACACACACACACACACACACACACACACACUCCUUUCUCUCUUCCAUCCAAGGAAGCAGGAAUCCUUAUCAAAGUUUAAGAACGCAUUCCAGCCAGGCAAAAACACUCAAGGAAGAUAUGGCUUGGGGAAGUUUCAUGGGCUAGACAGAGAAACUUGGAGAGCCAGAUUUGGCCCCCUGGGUCGGCAGUUCUUCACUCCUGCAUUAUUUCAUUCAGGUAGGUACAUAAUGGAUUGUGGGCAGUACAAAGCAAAAGGCCCAUGGAGCCACAUCCAAGGCCACAUCAGAUCCAGAAGCAACUCAUGUGACAUUUGUUAUUAGUGGAGCUAUCCAAUGUGGGCAGGGUUGAUAUUUUGUGGGCAGAAUUAUAUAUGGACAGGGAUCCAGCCAAUUUCUGGCAGAAGCGCUUCCCAUGCCUAUUUGGAGAUGCUGGGAAUUGAACCUGGGACCUUCUGCAUGCAAAGCAGAUGCUCUGCCACUGAGCUACGGCCCUUCCUUCAGCAAAGCAUGAGUUAUUUUAGGUUUUCGUGCUACAGUACUUUCCUCCUCGUGCAGGCAAGAGGGAGUGGUGAAAUAAUUGGGGUGGCCUGGAAUCUUGUGGAUUUGCUCUCUGGCUGUACUUCAAAGGGCAAUUUUUAUCAAAAACUCAUUCAUCCUACAUGUCUCUCUCCCCCUCCCCUGCUUGAAACAGUGGCCAAGCUUGGGAGAGAGUAGUUAGGAGAGUUCCCUGAUCCAAUAACUUGUUAAGGCAAUGGAUCUGGGUUUAAUCUUGUUGAAGUCAGUGGACUAAGCUGCUUUAAAUCCUAAAACUGGGGCUUAUCUCCUUUGUGGAAUCACCUAGAGGAGAGCACCCAACUUUGGCCUGAUUUUAGUCACUGUUUAAGGCUGCAUACACACCAAAUAUUUAAAGAUUUCCCUCUCUCUCAGAAUCCUGGGAACUGUAGUAUAUUAAGAGUGCUGGAGAUUGUAGUUCUGCAAGGGGUGAACUGUACUUCCCAGGAUUCUUGAGGUGUGUGUGCUUUAAAUGUGUAUGUGGCCUAAGACAAUUCCGAUCAGUGUAUACAGUAUAAAAAUUCAGAAUGUCAACUUUCUUGAGAUAACAGAAAAGAAAUGGUAAAAUUUGAAAGAGGGAAAGGCGCCUACGAUAACACAUAAUUCCUACGUAAUUAUACGUAGGAGUCAUAUGUAUGUCUCUAAACAGGCAUUCUUCCAUCUCAUUUAUGUGUUUAUUUAUAGCUCACCUUUUUCUCUAAGGAGCCCAAGGCAGCAUGCAAAGUCCUCCCUCUCAAUCCCCACAACCACCCUGUGAGGUAGGUUAGGCCGAGAGAGGUAGUGACUUGCCCAAGGUCACCCAGUGAGCUUCAUAACGGAGUGGAAAUUUGAACCCUGAUAUCCCAGGUCCUAGUCUGACACUAACCGCCACACCCCACUGCUAGGGAAUGCUACUGUCUAAGGCAGGGGUAGGCAAACUAAGGCCCGGGGGCCAGAUGCAGCCCAAUCGCCUUCUCAAUCCGGACCGCGUCCGGUCCGGGAAUCAGUGCGUUUUUACAUGAGUAGAAUGUGUCCUUUUAUUUAAAAUGCAUCUCUGGGUUAUUUGUGGGGCAUAGGAAUUUGUUCACUCCCCCCCCCCAAAUAGUUGACCCCACAAGGUCUGAGGGACAGUGGACUGGCCCCCAGCUUAAAAAAUUUGUUGACCCCUGCUCAAGACCAGGGGUCGGCAACCUAAGGCCCAUGGGCCACAAGUGGCCUACGGGGGUCGUUUAACUGUCCCACGAGCCUGUCAGCAUCGCCCUUGAGCCAGUGCCACUAACUGGACUCAUACACUUCAGCCCCGACUGGGCUAGGCGAGCUGGGUAGCACUUCCAGAGACCACCUUCUGCACAGGAACAGGUCAAAGUGCCUUGGACUCACAGCUUAGAGUUGUGAGCACCGGAUUCACUCCAACAAGAAGACAGUCGUCGUACAGCAGAGUAUAGCAGAGCAUAAACGACUCGGAGAGCAGCUCUGUAGAAUAUCUUCUUUUAUUCUAUCUACAACUAUAAUACACAACUAUGUACAGAGCUAAAUGAGGUCUAAGCGAAAAUGCUGAACUGCACUGAGUGUCUGCAGCUGCUCUUAGCAGCAACCUUAUCUAUACACACGAUCUCGCUCUAACACUCAGUCUCUCUCUCUGAUGUGAGGCUGGAGUGGAAUAAGUAGUGAGCAGAAACCGCCCCCCUCCUCUCUGGAGAAUCAGCAGAGAACAUCAGCAGAUUCUUGGAAUGGGAGGGGUGAAAUCUCCUCAGAGCCGCCCCUGAAUCAAGCCGGCCGCUCGGUGAGUUCCCGCACGCUGCGCUAAACCGGCACAGUGCGGAGUGGGGACUUGCUUUUGUGGCGCUGAAAAUCACGCCUGCGCAUGCGCAGAUGCCGAAAAUCACAUCUGCGCGGGCUCAGGAAAUUGUGGGUGCACACGCAAUCUGGCCCACGUAGGAAUCUCUGCUGGAGUGAACUGGCCCAGGCAAGGUAAACCUUGCUGACCCCUGGUCUAAGGUUAGGAAUGGGGGGCUAGUGACCAUCCUCCAACCCCAUCCUCUCUAACCAUUGCAGGCGCAGAUGGGAGUUGGAAUCCAUUAUUCAACCUUGCUUUUGCCCACAGACACCUAUGCCACAACAAACCCAAUCAGUCUCUAAGGUGAGCACCUUGUUAGAGACCCCAGCAAGAAGCAGACUAGGGGAGAGGGUCUCUAGAUCCUUCAGUAGCUGCAGGGAUUAUCUGCUGGCAGAUCGCCUUGCUGAGGGCCCCUUCCCAUUGUCCUCUUGGAAUCUGCAAACACAGGGAAAAACAAUGGAGAGAUUUCCUGCCUUCAUCUCAGCAGGCUGCUAAGUUUCAAGAUCAAUCAUCGUUACUCAAGCGGCAGCUUGGUUAACUCUUUGCCUUCCCAACUCCUGCUUAACUCUGGUGACUCUGUACCUCACUAAGAACAUAAGAACAGCCUUGCAGAUAGAUCAGGUCCAUGGCCCAUCUAGCCCAGACUCUUGUUCUUGUAAUGAGCAUCCAGUUCCCUGUGGGAAACCAGUGGUUUGGCCUUUCCAUACAUUCAUUUGGCAUUUAUCAACAUACAAACAGUAAACAUAGAUAAGCAGACAGUGGAAACACGAGAGGGAAAUAAUAGUACAAAGGCUCGGCGGGAAAUCCCGAGGUCUGCAGAAGAAGAAAAUAUGUAGAGGGGGAGAAACAGAAGGGGUCUCUCUCUCACACACAGCCAUAAGACGCGUGCUCUGCAACCACAGAAUGCUGGAGGGGCGAGGGGAACUAGGAAAUACGGGAGUGGAAUACAAUGGAAUGGAGCAUCUUGGAAGAGGCACGACUGGUUGGCUGGCACCCUGAACGAAGGCAUCCCACGUUGCAACAUUUGCUUGAAGUUCCUAUUUGUUGUUAAUAAUUAGUAACAAUAAUAAUGCCAAGCAGUUAACAACACCACCACCACCACCACAUGCUUCCAGUAGGGUUGUCCUCAUAGCUGUCAACAUUUCCCUUUUUUUAAGGGAAAUUCCCUUAUUCCAAAUAGGAUUCCUUGCAAGAAAAGGGAAAGUUGACAGCUGUGGUUGUCCUAUUAGUCUGCUGUAGAUCAAGUAACAAACAGCCGUGUUGUACCUUUAACGACUUCCAGAUUUAUUGCUAGCAUCUCUUUCUGUGGCUUAAGAAUCCAGGCUUGCUCUGAGAUGUGAAAUCUUAUCCUUAGUCUCACGGUUAUAGUGGGGGGUGGGGGGGGGGAGAAAUUGCAAAUAGCAGGCCUGUUUUUUCUUUAUUUAAGAACUGUUUAUCUUGUAUACACUUGAGCUUUGCCUACACGUGUCACGGGUCUCCCCUCCGUUGCAUCUGAUGGCCUUUCGGCCCCUCUGUUUACCCUCCAUCCUACUUCCCAAUAAACCCGUGUCUAUUUGCCAAGCCACAGUGAUAACCCUUCAAUUCAUCUGCGCGCAGAGCAGCCGCCGCAAUAAAUCCUUGAGCCUUUUAAAGUGCCACAGCUUCUGUGAGUGAACGAGUGAGGUGGUUAAUACUAAUAUUAGGAUUAUAAACGUUUCUCUCUCUCUCUGCAAAAUAAUAAUAAUAAAGUUCCAGCGGCGCUCUCCUUCUCGGCCUGCAGAGGGCACGCCUCUGCUUUCUUUCCUAGCCUCUUCCAAGCGGGAGGGGGAUGAGAAGAGGAAAAGCCUCUAGGCUCUGGUUCCGCUUUCUCUUGCUUCCCUAGCAGCACCACACCGCCUUUUCAAUCUUGCUCUCUCACUCUAUCUCCACCCCUUUCCAAGCGGGUGACAUAAGGGCUUGUGAGUGGGCGGAUCAAAUUUCCCCAGUGUGGAGAAUGAUGACUGAGAAGGAGCCGCUUUGCUGCUGAGUUCCAGGCGCAAAGGCGCAAAGAACGCGCGCUCUCUCCCAAGCCCAAGGUGCGCGUAGUUUGGAGAGGGGACCCUCCGAGCCCGUGAACUGACGCCCCUCCUCCUUUAGCUCAGUAUAAUGGAAAGUUAGCAGGAGUUGGACCCUCUAUUCUCGCCGCUCCAUGGUGAACCUCAUGUGGUCAGAGCUCCUGCAGGAUGAACGCCCCAAAGCAGCCGCUGCCGCAGCCACCGCAGGAGGCGGCGGCGGCGGACGCGGCGGCAUCCUCAGCCCGGAGAAAAUGUUCGAAGGCUCCCGGCGGUUCCGAAGCUUGUGGGACGGCGUGAAGCUGGAAGUGGCGGCCGAGAGCACCAGCCCCGUCGUCUUGCACAGUUUCACGCAGCUGGAUCCGGACCUGCCCCCGCUGGAGGUAAAGCCCAAAGUGUUGGGGGUGUGGGGAGCCCCAUGCGCCGCGGGGAUGGAGGUGGCGGGUUGAUUAUACGGCGUGUCUCGCUCGCUUUGCAUGAAUUUCAGGCAAAAGAAAUUCCGCCCCAGCCGAAUCCUGUGCGUGCUUACUCGGGAGUAAGCCUCCGCUCAGUGGGGCGUGCGCCCCAAGCAAAAGCGUGCAGAGGCUUGUAGUAACGGGCUCCCAACCAGACGACUAGUUCUCUUCCCUCCGCGUCCGCCGUGUUUCCAAGACAUGUUUAAUUUAGGGGUGAAGCCUGACCGCAUCUCUCUUCGCUUUUUUAUACCGCGACCGCAAACUCCCAAGUUUUCUAGUUCUGGUGUUAUGCGUGGGCACGCGGAAGGGUGAAUGGAGCGCUGGGGGUCCCACCAACAAAGCUGUUUGAAAGUAGCUUCUCUAGGAGGCGCCUUACUUUUUGUCUUUCGACUGGUAAUUUAGGUCCGAUUCUGAAUCCACUCCACAUUUAAAACCUAUUUGAAGCAGCAGGCUCCUCACAAAGAAUCCUGAAGAUUGUAGUUUAAGGAUGCUGGGAAUUGUAGCUUGGCGAGGUUCUCGGGAUUCUUUGCAGGAAGUCCUACGUUUUAAAUGAGUGUUGGAUGGGCUUUAAAUUUAUGGCGUUAAUCUGUUUCAUUACUGGCGUGCAUGAGCAUGUAUAUGGGUCAUUCUCUGCCUCUUUCCCCAUUUCAUCCUAAAAACAACCCUGUGAGGCAGGUUAAGUGGACUGCAACUUAUUUUUACACUACUCGUCUUUUAACUCACACCACAAAACGAUGGUGCUUCUUAGAUUGCAUUAUUGAAAGAUUUGGCAGAUUUCAGAGGUAGCCACUUCACUUCAGUUUUCAGAGGUAGCCACUUCACUUACUGUGGAUAUUGCAAAUAGGCCACUAGCAACAGGAUUUUAUUUUCCUGUAUAGGAAUUCCCAGGAAAAAAGUAAAUCUAGAUUAAAGGUGGGGGGAGAUAUACAGGUUAGUAUUUUCAGGCCAACAGUGUUUUGAGGAUGCUGUGAAAAAUGUGCAUGCAUAAGGAGCACUGAUCCCAUAAUAUGUACAAUAAAAUGCAGCAUUCAUGGUAGUAAAAUCCUUGCAAUCCCUAGGAGAGAUUCCUGGUCUGAAAUCUCAGAGUUGCUGCCAGUCAGUGUAGACAAUACUGAACUAAAUUGUCCAGUGGUUGAACUCUGUAUAAGGUACCUUCUUAUGUUGUUCUCAAUGAGAGAGCAUCUGCUUUGCAUGCAGAAAAUCCCAGGAUCAAACCCUGGCAUCUGGUAUGGCUGGGAAUAACCCCCUACCUAAAGCCCUGGAGAGCUGCUGCCAGUCAGUGCAGACAAUACUGAGUUAGGUUUACCAGUGGUCUGACUCUGGAUAUUCAGAAUGAUGAGGACUAUAAUCUUACUCUGUUCUUAGGAGGAGAGGCUGUUGCCCAUUGGUAGAGCAGCUGAUUUGCAUGCAGAAGGUCCCAAGUUCAUUCCCUGACAUCUCCAAGUAAGGCUGGCAAAAUGUCCCCUGUCUGAAAUCCUGGACAGCUGCUGCCGGUCAGAGUAGAUAGUAUUGAACUAGAUAGACCAAUGAUGUGACUCGGUACAAGGGAAACAUUCCAUGUUCCUGUCCUGUACAGUGUCACCUGAAAUUGCGGCACAUCAUACAAAUGGGGUGGGGGCACUUUCCCUACAUUUGAGUUUUAAAAGAAUGAGGGAGGAUAUGAUGGAACUUCAUAACCUUAUAAAUGAAUCAAUGAUCGAAUGAUGUAGUACAGGCAACUCCCCAUUUACAUGGGGGUUAGCCACCGUGCAUUUAAUUGAAAUUGUGUAUAUUGGGAACACCAUUGAAAAAGCCUGCAAACACCCUGGAAGCCCUUGAAAAACCUUUAAAAAAUUUUUUUCACUCAUUAAAUCCACUACAGUCGCUCUUUCCAAACCUCCUUGCUCAAACUCCCAACUCUCCACAGGCCAAAGGUGGUGCAAAGGCUCCUGGGAUUGCUAGAUCCUAGCUUCUUUCCAUUUUCACACUCUUUAAGGGCAAUUUUUGCCCCUUUUGUGCUGUUUUCAAGAUUGCUGCAGUGCGCGCAUGCGCUGUUGCACUUGCCUUGAAUGCGUGUAAAUGGGGAGUUGCCUGUAUAGAAAAUGACUUAACAUUUGAACUUGCUGACAGUAGGGAGGCCUCUCAUGGAUGUUAUUUUAUUUUAUUUGUAAUAAGCUCAGUCAAUAUGAAAGUGAAGUCUUUCCUAUUAACUUGGGAAGCUGCCUUUUACCGACUAUAUCUAGUUCCUUGGUUAAUGUAGCUCAUUAUUGUCUGCACUGGCUGGCAGCAGCUCUCCAGGGUUUCAGGCAGGGAGUCCCUCCAGGCCCUACUUGGAGAUGCUGGGGAUUGAACUUUCUGCACGCAAAGCAGAUGCUCUACCACUGAGCUACAGAAAUUCCCCUUUACAAAAAGCACAAUUGGUUUAUCUCUGUCUCUCUCUAAUAAAAACAUAAGGCUGUCAUCAUGCAGCUCCCACUGGAGGAUUUGUAAUGCCAUAUCACAACCCUCAAUUUGCAUGAAUUUCAGGUAAAAGUGAAGACAGUGAAACUAUAAUUCCCAUGAUUUUAAAAAUAUAUAUAGAGGUGCUUAAAUGUGGUGUGUGUGCAGCAAAAGGGUCACUGGCCAGGCAGAUGAUCUUUGUUGUUCCCUUUCCAUCUUCCACAGAUAUCUGCAAUUCCCUCCUGCUCACAUGAUCGCUUUGGGCUCAACUGGUCAGGCAAUUAUCUGUGUGGCUGGCAAGCUGCCAGGUUUGAGCAUCUAUUAGGAGAGGCGCUCUCUGUGGCGAGAAGCGCAGAUCUGGCGCCUUUAAAGGAUUUAAUGAAUGACAGCGAGCUUCCUGUUGCGAACCAUUUUUGUGCCUUCUGUUCUCCUUGGAGCUGCUUGCCUAAAGCUCUCCGACCUGGCCAGGGAUUUGGAGAGAGCCUGUAGCAUCUUCUUCCAAUGCAGAGAAAAUCCUUUGCUGGGUGGGUCAUGACUUAUGUCCAAACAUCUGUAUCCAUCGACUGUGGGAGCACCAGAGUCUCUCUGACAUUCCAUUACAGGACAGUCGAGGCCCCUGUCAAUAGCUUGGUGUGCUUUGUGUAGUUCAGCUGUAGAGCAUCUGCUAUGCAUGCAGAAGGUCCCGGGUCAAUUUUUGGCAUCCCCAGGUAAAGCGGGGAAGGUCUCCUGCUUGAAGCACUUGAGAGCCACUGCCUGCCAAUGUAGACAGUACUGAGAUAGAUGGACCAAUGAUCAGAUUCUAUUUAAUUCAGCCUGUUUAAUUCUUCAAAACAGUAAGAAUUAGAAUCUUACUUUAUUUUUAGGGGAUAGGCCAUAGCUCAGUAGUAGGACACAUCCUUUGCAUGCGGAUGGUCUUGGGCUCAAUGCCUGGCAUCCCCGUGUUAGGCUGGGAUGGUUGCCUGCUUGCAACUGGAGAGCUGCUGCCAGCCAGUGUAAAACAGUGCUUACAGCAGGUCUCUUCCUAUGACACUGAUGCUAUAUUGAAUGAGCUGUUUUCAUUCUUGGGACACAGGGCUUUUAUCUUAAUUGCUUCCCUUCGCCAAACUUUUUGCAAAGAGUUAAUAAACCAGAUCCAGUUUCCUAUGCACACAAGGCUGCCACCCACCGCCCCUGAUUUCAUUCUCUUGGAGGUUGGAGCAAGAGAGAUUGUUGCUGAAAAUCCAUCAUCUGUUUCUCAUUUCGUGUCUGGCAAAAAAGUAUUUCAACCUCCCAGAUUUCCUUCACUAGGCUAGGAGGAGCCUUGAGAGGUGUGGUUUCAGAAGAGAGGCCAGGAAAGUUGGGUAGGGUAGGGGGAGAGCCUGAGCUUUUCAGCUCCCUCCAUUGCAAGGAAAUAAUGAUUGAAAGGGUGGUGCAAUCAUUCCAGACCACCAUACCUCCUCCUCCUUGCAGGCAGGAAAGAAACCGUGUUUCACUAACAUUGGGCAUGUCUAGAGCCACAUUCAUACCAUACAUUUAAGGCACUAUGAUACCAUCUUAAACAGUUAUGCCUUCCGCCAAAGAAUUCUGGGAGCUGUAGUUUGUGAAAGGUGCUGAGAGUUGUUAGCAGAUCCAUAUGCCUCUCACAGAGCUACAAUUAAUUCCCAGCGUUAAUUGUUAAGCCACUUUUGAGAAUUGAAGCUCUGUGAGGAGAACAACUCCUAACAACUCCUGGCACCUUCAAUAAGCUACAGCUCCCAUAAUUUUUUGGGGAAGCCAUGACUCUUCAAAAUGAUACUGCUUUAAAUGUAUGGUGCAAAUGUGGCCAUGGUAGAUGGUAGCUACUUACGGUUUUUAAGAAAAUAAUGUUUUGUCUUGGGCUGUGUACACACCGUAUAUUUAAAGCACAUUUCUCCCACACCCAAGAAUCUUGGGAACUCUAGCUCUUUAAGAGAUAAACUACAGUUCCUAGGAUUCCAUGGGAGACUGCUUUAAAUGCAGUCCUCCUGAACUCUUCCUGCCCCAGCUGUGCUUUGCACUUUUCAAUUGUGCUUUCAUGGAUUAAGAAAUGCCUUGCUGGAUCAGACUUAGGGUUCAUCAGCUGGCCAGAAGCUCCCAGAAAAGCUCACAAGCGGACAAAAGGCAGCAACUUAUUGUCUGCACCCUCCCCUCCACCAGUAUUUUGUAAUUGGAGAUAUACUGCCCCUAAAUGUGAAGGCUUGAUUUAGUUAUCAAAGCUGAGUGGGGGGUUUGAACCUGGGUCUCUCAGCUCCCAGGCUGGCGCUCUGACCUCUAGACUCUGCACUGCUGAUAAACUUUAAUUAGUUCUUUAACUCCCCUCCCUCCUAAAUUUUUUUGAAACUGAGAGUUUGCUGCCUAUCAGCACGUAGGUCUUAGUGGGCUAGGCAUGGAGGCAGACAUUCCCACGUGGCGGAGGCAACAGGUUAUUUUUAAAUAACAAAAAGCUCUGCAGGCCUCAGAUGGAAAUUAAGAAAAAAGGGGGGGGAAUAAAGCACAAGUAAUCUGUCCUGUUAAUUACCAGGGAUGCAGGCGGCAGAAAUUGCCCCAGGGGCCUGAUCUGCACAGGCUUGCAGCAGCUUUUUGUCAGGAGUGUUCGCAAAUAACCUCUUCUUCUUUUAAUAAAUAAAUGCAGAACCAACUCCGUUGAGUACAAGCUGGAACUGUGACGAGUGUUCAGGAGUUCCCCUCUGUGAUAGUCUCCUCUCCCCUUUGCCACCCUAUCCUGUCAUAUUUGAUGGAUGGUGUGUGCCGUGUAUCAGGGAGCUUUGUGAGGGAAUACCCAGUUCCAGGCUGCGGGGGGGGGGGAGCUUGGGCAAAAUGUGGCCCCUGCUUCCUCUGUAAGUUGCCCCUGGUCACCAAGAGUACAGCCACCUGGACAGCAGAGAGUAGCCAGGCUUUGCCACUCUUUAAAUUUCCCACAAUCCCCCAGAGCUGGAUGGGCAAGAGUACUUUGAAACAGAAUCCGUGGGCCACAUAGACCGUUGUCAAUUAAAGUGUUCCUCAUAUAGACAAUUAAUAUAUACAAUUGAAUGUGUAUAAUUAAUAAAUUGAGCCCUUUCAGGGACAUUGAGUCCAUGUCAGGAUAAAAAGAUGGGAUAUAAAUAAAUAUAAUAAUAAUAAUUUAGAAUAGUCAAGUGUCUCUCUGAAGGGCAGCCCACCUGAACUAGAGAGCCCCAGGCAGAGAGGCCUCGCCAAGUCAUGCCAGCCAGCCAGCCCACCAAUCAAAAGGUGGGGCCUCGAAAUUUGGCACCUGUCUCUCCCCACUGGUGGGUUUUCAAGUGCCCCAGCCCCCCUCACUCACGUACCCUCGCGUUGUGGGCAGCGUGUUAGACCACCCUGUCCCAGAGCAAUGCUAGGGCUGUGUGGGAUUGUCAUGGACAGAGGCAUGAAUUAUUUUUUUCGCAGAGUCGAGAAGUACUUAUCUAAGCUUGGCAAAGAUACAAUAUACGUAUAUACAAACAGACCCACACUCUUUCUUUGUCUCUCUCUCUCACACACAAGAAACAAUCUGUUUUGCAAAUUUGAAUUCAAAACCAAUCAGCCUUCCACUGUUUCUCAUAUGUAUACACAUUCUUACAAGAACACAUUUUAAAAAAUUAUUUAUUUCAUAAAAUUAAAACACUGAUUGAUUGUACAAAAAAACCCCUCAAAUGGGUUUACAGAGAAAAAGGGGGGAAAUGAAAUUGUAAAAACAGUUUAAAAACGACUUUUUUAAAAAUUCAGGAAAAAUUAAAACCAGCAAUGAACUAAGAUGAGAUUAAAACAUGCACAUCAACGUUCUACAUAUCCUUUGUCUAGGCUAGCGUAAAGAAAAAUGCUUUUAGCACUUCCUGACAUUGAUGGACACACAAAAUAUACAUUCAGACACACUGUGUAAGAGACAGGGGGGCGGGGAGAAUGAGAAAAUAUGACAUCAGAAUGCAAAUGUGAGUUUGAAAUAUCCUGUUCAAAGUUUGGCUAGCAAAACUGACAGACUGAGAGCAUCCCACAUAUUCACCUUGGCUUGAUAAUCUCAUAAGGGUUGAUAUUCUUUACUUGCACUGUUCUUUUAUUGCAUGUGCAACUGUACUCAUUUUAUAGUUUUCUUUUCAUCUUUUGAUCUUUUAAUAAUUGCUCUCUCUGUUCUUAUAUACUUUAUAAAGUGAAAUAUAAAAUAAACUCUCUCUCUCUCUCUCUCUCUCUCUCUCUUUCUCUUUCUCUUCAUUUACCUUGGGGACAUAUUCAUAGUUUUACCAACCCACAAGUUAUCUUCUCUCUCUGUCUUUCUCAGAUAUAAGAUUUCCUUUCAGGUGUUUUGACAUCUGUGCUUUUUUCUCUGCACUCUUGCAAAUGGAUGUGAGAGGUAAAAAUAGGUGUAUGAGCUUGAAGUGCAGAAUUGUAUUCCGAACAUGCAUAUCAAAUUUCAUUCCUGUAUCUCAGUCCUUGAGAGAUUGUUGUUGUUGUUGUUGUUGUUAAUAUUGGGUUCAUAUCGGGAGGUCCUUAAGGUAUUGUGGUUCUGAGCCAUUUAAGGCUUUAUAGGUGAAAACCAGCACUUUGAGUUGGGCCCAGAAGCUUAAUUGGCACCCAGUUGGGUCAGAAUCAGUGUAAUAUGCCCAAACCAUCUUCCUUCGGUGAGCAGCCUGUCCACCAAAUAUUGCGCCAGCUGAAGUUUCUGAACUGUCUUCAGAGGCAGUCCUAUGUAUAACACGCUGCAGUAGUCUAACCUAGAGGUUACCAGAGCAUAGACAGUUGUUAGUUUAUCUCUGUCCAGAUUACCUACCUACACACACAAACACUCUUUGUCACCCGAACAAGGUAACCUAAAGCCUUUGCUUUGCCAAAUAAGUCAUUCUGAUUUUCCUGCACACACAGUCUCCUCUGAAGGAUUAGGGGUAUGUAGAAGAUUAAGACUGCCUGUUUUGAAACAAGCUAAGAAGUUGAACUCUGAGGACUGAGGCAUUUUAAAUCUGGAUGGCAUGACUAUACAAAGGAGCGGCUCCUUAAUCUGUGUGAUCCUGCUUUUACUAAAUGGAUACCCUAGUUAAUACAGAUUAAGGCACUGUUUAUCUACAGAACCAUUUAUCUUCCCACAGCUGAGCCCAGGGUGCUGCGAGUGCCACAAUUUCAUGUUGGCGGGAAGACACAGAAAUGGAUUCUAAGAAUAAUGGCUUUCAUUUUAGUUUUUAAAAAACAAGUUUGAAAUGUAGUCCUUAAGCUGUGACUUUAAGAGCAGCCAAAAAAAAAGUGUUUAAAAUUUAAACUCUGUCCUACUGCUACUGUGUUCUACUUCACACCUCAAAUGUAUACUAAAUGGGUUUGGGGUGGGGGAUUGACUAGUUUUACAGUAGUUUUCUCACUUGUUGACUCAAAAAGAAUCUGCUUCUGCAACACAUCCCAAAGGAGAAUCACCCACUCUUGUGCAUUUCUGCAUGAUUUGCUCAGUUUGGGUUAGGUUUUGCUUUGGGUUUAGGAGGAAUUCUGUAUAGCAAUGACUCAUGAAGAGACUUUACAGAAAGUCACAUCUGAAGGCAGGUCAUUUUGUCAUGUCUCCUUGUUAGGAACGAUUGAACAAUCCCAUUGUGGAGAUUCAACAGGCUAACCCUCAUCUAGCAGAGGCUGAUUGGAAAGGAACAUGCCUCAGGGCAAUACAUCAGACAGAGACACAGUGGGAAACCUCAUGGGUAGACUCCCAUCUGCCUUUGCUCGUUAAAUUAAUGCCCUUUUAUUUUUCAGACUUAUCUGCCCUUUCAUGGGUGGCUUAGUGCCAGGAAUGCUUCUCAGCUCCUAGACUCAUCCCCACCCAACUCCAGUUUGCAAUCCAGAGAGCAAAUGUCACCUUUUGACAUUUCCUAGAUGGGUAAUAGUGCCAUCUCAUUAGGGGCAGGACAGGGACUGCACUGAGCAAACUGAGCAGGAGGGUCCCCAAGUGCAGCAGGGUCCCGGUAGUCAUAUUUUUUAAAAAGAUGAAUUCUUGCAUAUAAACAAAGGGUGCCCACCCCAGUAAGAUCAUUUAAAUCCAGACUCUUAAAAUCCCCUUAGCGACAUCACAGCCCAGUGGAUGAGGAGCUGGCUCCUUCUUCCCAAGAAAGCUGUGCCAAGGGAGACCUGUCACUCACAGUGAGGAGUUCCCUGUCAAGUUGCUGGGCAGAGUUUGGAGGAUGGAGUUUGGAAGGAGCUUUUGCAUCAUCCUCCUGUUUCUCGACAGUUGUCCCCGCUAGGUGUCCAUAGAAGUGCACAAUACCUUUCUGGGUGUGCUAACUAGGUUUGAGGUUUUGUUUUUGUUUCCAAAUAGGAUUUAUGACUGGAUCGGCAUCCCUGGGAACCAAACCAUUUCCCCAAUCCCUUCCUUAGUACUUUUCCAAAUGCAAACAGGCUUUCGCCUAAUCUGGGACUAUCCAGAAGGGAUUUCAAGGGUCACCUAUUCCAACCUCCUGCAUUGCUGGAAUCUCAACUAAAGCAUCCCUGGUAGAUGACCAUAGUAAUAAUAAUAGUAAUAGUAAUAGUAAUAGUAAUAGUAAUAGUAAUAGUAAUUUAUUAUUUGUACCCCGCCCAUCUGGCUGGGUUUCCCCAGCCACUCUGGGUGGCUUCCAACAAAGAUUAAAAAUACAUUAAAAUGUCACACAUUAAAAACUUCCCUGAACAGGGCUGCCUUCAGAUGUCUUCUAAAUGUCAGGUAGUUGUUUAUCUCUUUGACAUCCGAUAGGAGGGCGUUCCACAGGGCGGGCGCCACUACCAAGAAGGCCCUCUGCCUGGUUCCCUGUAGCUUUGCUUUUUGCAGUGAGGGAACCACCAGAAGGCCCUCGGCGCUGGACCUCAGCGUCCGGGCAGAACGAUGGGGGUGGAGAUGCUCCUCUGCUUAAAAACCUCCGAGGAAGGAGAAUUCACCACCUUCCGAGGGGGUUAAUUGUUACAGUCUAACCCAUGGGUAGGCAAACUAAGUCCGGGGGGGGGGGCGAAUCAGGCCCAGUCGCCUUCUCAGUCCGGCCCACGGACAGUCCGGGAAUCAGCAAGUUUUUACGUGAGUAGAAUGUGUCCUUUUAUUUAAAAUGCAUCUAUGGGUUAUUUGUUGGGCCUGCCUGGUGUUUUUACAUGAGUGGAAUGUGUGCUUUUACAGUAUUUAAAAUGCAUCUAUGGGAUAUUUGUGGGGCAUAGGAAUUCAUUCAUUUCCCCCCCCUUCAAAAUAUAGUCUGCCCCCCCCCCACAAGGUCUGAGGGACAGUGGACCAGCCCCCUCCUGGGGGACCAACCCCCACUGGCUUUCAGUGCCAUCUUGCAGCAGGAACAGGUGCAGUUUUCAGAUUUUGCUGUAGGAAUGGGGGAGGGACAAACAGAAUUUAAGAUUGGGGGGAAAGUGUAAAAAAAAAAUCCACCAUCCCUCCCCUCCUCAGAGAUUACUCUUUUGGGUGUGUGGAUAAAGUCCUCCACCUUAGAAGAUCUCCUCUCUGCCUGUAUUUCUGUUUGCUUUGGAAUUCUUAUUUCUGUCCUGUGGGGGACUCCUGAGGCCAAACCUCAUCUCCUAAAGCUGGGAAGGGAGGAUGGAACGAGCUGUUUACUAGGCCGCAAGCAGCACAAGAUAUCCCUCAGUGGAGGAAACAAAAGGAGCAUUGUGUUGAUUUGCUGCAGUUGUGUGUCAGCUGUUGUGCGCUUCAGCUCAGGGUUAAGAGAGAAAAAGGGGGGGUUCUCGGGCAUGGAACAGGAAAAUCCUCAAGUAGCAUCCUCGGUCUGCUUGGAAAUAGUGUACAAAUCUUUAUCCUGUGUUAUUCAGUGGCUAGAGUGUCAGACCAUGACCAGGGAGACCAGGGUUCAAUCCCCACUCAGCCAUGAAGCUCACUGGGUGAUCUUGAGCCAGUCACUCGGUCUCAGCCUCACUUACCUCACAGGGUUGUUGCGAGGACAGAAUGGGACAGAAGAAAGCUAUGUGUGCCAGUUUGAGCUGCUUGGAGGGAAAUAAUUGGGAUAUAAAUGCAAGCAGAUAAAUAAAUUCUGUUUUAAAUGGUCUUGCUGGUCUUGUUUCUAUUCCCACCCCCACACCUCCAAGCAAGUUUAGCAUUUUGGAGAGGUUGCUGGUUUGCUAUUUCAACCAAUUAGUAUUUUGGAAGGGUUGCUGAUUUCCGAUUCCAUUGCAUGGCUGUAUUCUGCUGCCCCACCCCCAUCCUUUUGCAAGGCUGUUGCUCUUAAAAGCUUGUUGCAGCUCUCCGAGAUCCAGGAGAAAAGAGGGGAAGCGUGUUGCUAAGGAAUGGAUUUUGGAUGCAAUGCCGGCUGAGCUACAAGGGACAGGGUGUGCAAUUCCCCAGGAAGCGUUGCAUUCUGGGAAGUGGAAUUCCAGCCAGAGUCAUGUGUCAUUGAUGAUAUUGUUAUCAGGGGACAGGUUGUAGCUUAGUGCUUAGAGCAUCUUUGCCUGCAGAAGGCCUGAGGUUCAGUCCCCAGUUGCAUCUCCAGGUAAGGCUGGGAAAGACCUCUUCCCCAAACCCAAGAGAGCCACUGCCAGUCAGUGUGGACAAUACUAAGCUAGGUGGACCCAGUGGUCUGAACUCUUAUAAAGCCAGUGUCCAGUGUUUUCUGUCUCCUUUCACUUCCCCACUCUUAUUUAGGAACAUUGGAAACUGCCUCCUGCUGAUUCCAGAGACCAUUGGUCCAUUCAGCUCAGUACUGUCUGCACUGACUGGCAGUAGCUCUCAGGGGUUUCAGGCAGGGGGUCUUCCCAGUCUGACCUGGAGGUGCUGAGAAUUGAACCUGGGACCUUCUGCAUGCAAAGCUUAUGCUUUACCUCUGAGCUAUGGCCCUUCCAUUAAAAAUUAAUAUUCUAGUCACAAGGACUAGAAACAUACCAUAUUUUUCCGUCUAUAAGAUGCCCCCAUGUAUAAGACCCACUCCCCCCAUUUUUGGGGACUCAGUUUUAGGAAAAUGAGGGGAGAUAGCACAAAGUUGUUGAGCCCCUACGCAGCUGCGGGCAGGAAACACUCCCUAGAUCGUUUCCCGUGCGCAGAGGCAUGGGGCACGCACAGGGAGCACCCACCGUACAGCGGCAUUGGGGGAAGUGAACUGGCUGGCGGUGCGCAGCUUCUCCCCCCCCCCCCAUGCCACUAUCUGUGUAUUGGAUGACCCCAGUUUUUUGACAUGAUUUUUGAGUCAAAAAAACCUCGUCCAAUAUAUGGAAAAAUACAGUAGUUGUUGGGUUUGGUGGAGCCUUAAGACAUGCAGAGAGGAAAGGAGAAAAUCAAUGCAGAGCAGCAAAUAGAACUCUGUCUCCCCACCCCCGUAAUUUGUGUGUGUAUUGUAUAAGGAGAUUAUAUAUAUAUAUCAAUAUAUAUAUAUCAAUAUAUAUCUAUAUCUAUAUCUAUAUCUAUAUCUAUAUCUAUAUCUAUAUCUAUAUCUAUAUCUAUAUCUAUAUCUAUAUAAUAAGGCAAAUGCCAUGUCCCUGUGGGCUUUCUGAACCACUCCAGUGUCUUUGAAUUCACUGGCCAGGACAACCAGGAAGCAGAAGCGGCUUGACUCCUUACCAAGGUGGGAUACCAUACCAACUGCAUUCUCUCCCCCCCCCCGCCCCCCAAUCUCAAUCACCAUAUUUUUUGGUUUGGCUUAAAUGAAAGCUCAGCAUUCAGAGAAGGGGCCUUAAAUAUCCAAGCAUGCAGGUGUGUACUCCAAACAAACCAUCUAAUAUUGGGGAAUGUCCAGCACGGUACUGAAAAAUGUGUUGUGUGAAGUAGCUUGCAAGCCUUUCUUUUUAUCCCCUUUUGAGGGUGGGUCUUUUCGCCUCCUGGUGGGUCUGUAGUUAAUUUCCGGUGUGGAUGGGUCAUGCGUUCGCUCCUUAUGUUCUGGCAACAGCAGCAAGGCAGGCUUAUAGAGAACUGGUCUUCAUCACUAACAGCUGGGAAUGGAUUUCUGUUUCUCAAGGGGUGAGUGGAAAGAGGAGCAGAGGGGAGGGCCAUUCCCCUGAUUUCUGCUACAAGAUUUUGCUUAUGGUGGGAGUGCGAGGUGUGGUCUGCCGUUGCUAUGAUGCCUUGAUUUGUUGCCUCCCUUUCCUUCUUUAAAACUCACUGUUAAAACCCACCUUUUCAUGAUGCUUUUAGCCUGGAGUGCUGUCCCCCAAAUUUUGUUAGCUGGUAGGCACCUCUUGCCCCACCCUGGAUGAACUGAGGGACUGUUGUUAUUUAUUGAUCUAUUCUUAAUUUAGAUCAGUGGUCCCCAAAGUGGGUGGUGAUGCUAGGGGGAUGCUAAGAUAAAGGAGGUGCCAGAGGUGCAAAGGACCAUCAGGCUUUGAAAAGCUGGAUCAAGUCCAUCAGUUUUGGUGAAUGAAUUAAGCUAAAUUGUUUUAAUUGGAUUGUGAAUAAAUGUGCACUUAAUUGUUACUCUUUUGAAUUUUAUUGUGUUAAUAUCAUCUUCCCUAGUGGGUCAUGCAAACCUCUGUUCUUAAUCCUGCUUUUUAUAGGGUGGGAGGCACCAGGGAUGACUUGAAGGAACAAAGUGGGAGGCAUCCUGAAAAGGCUUGGGAACCACUGAUUUAGAUAUUGAUUAAUCAAAACAUAUCUGUUUGAAAGCAGCCCCUGGCAGACAUAAUAGAUUUUAUAGGGUGCCAGUACAUGAGCAUCUCAGAUCCUGGAAUUUAUCAUUCAGCUGCAGUCGUUGAGAGUAGGUCAUUCAACUAAAUAUUAAAAACCCAGAAAGUCUUAACAGAUGAGCAAAUAUGUCACUGUAUGGAAAGCAAGAUAGAAACUGUUAUUAAAUGAGACGUUCCCUUCUCGGCAACGCAAUGGGGAUAAUACCAGUCAACAUUGCAACACAAUUUUAUUUAUUGAAUUUAUAUCCCGCCCUUCCUCCCUUGGGAGCCCAGGGCAGCAAAAAGAUACUCAAUUUAAAAGCAAAAGCAUUUUGAAAGUGAUUAAAACAUUCCAAAAACAAUGGCAAUUAAAAACAUGAAAGCAAUUACAUUUUAAAACAUUCCAUCCAAAUAUCUCAGGGCUGCCAGGAAUAGUAUUCUCCAGCCACCAAAUGCCUAGGUAAAUGGGAAUAUUUAUGAAUCUCUUCUGAAAGUUAAUAAUGACAGUAGGAAGUAGGGUUGCCAGACCUCCAGAUCUGACCUGAAGUUUCCAUGUUUGCCUGCCUCUGACAGGUGGUCAGCUUGAAUGGGUGAGGAAAGGGCCUUAUGAAGACUGCACAUAGCUUACAAGCUUCAACCCAGCAUAGACAUUAGGGAGAGAGCACUAGGGAGGAGACUUCACUCCCCUCACCCAAUUAACCUCCGUCUCCAAGGCCUGUCCCUGUCAUAUAACCAGUGUCUGUUCUAUGACAUCACUUGGAGCUUCCCCUUGUGACAUCACCAGGGCAGCUCCUAAGUCCCAGGUUUGGGCCCUGAAAUCUCAGGGUCUGGAAGGUUCCUGACCCAUCAACCGUGGGUGUAAGGAUUGCUGAGAAAAGUUUAAAAUAUUAAAAUACAGAUGCCACUUUUUGUCUCUAAACUGCCAUCAAAUCGGCUGCCGAACAAAAAAUGUCGAAAGACCUAAAGUGAAGUUGCAAACAGUAUAUCAGAUAAAGAUUAGCAGCAUUUUAUAAUAAAAAAGCAGCAAAAGGCAUCCAGCCCAAUGUGUGCUUCCAGUUCUUCUUUACAAGUAUUGUUAUGUAAUCUCCAGGAGACUCAAACAGGUUGUAGUCUUGCAACCUGGUUGGCCUGGGUAACUUUGCAAUGGUCACACCAUGUAUGUUUGCCAGGCCUGAAAGUGCUGGCUCAUUCCUACAUGCCAGGUGAUUGCUAAUUAGCUAACGAACGUUGUGAUCCCUGCUGCCAUGGCAGUGUUGCCCCAACAGCUUUGAGGGGGCAGUUUUACAGGGCAGUCACUGUGGAGUUAUGUAAGUCACCGGUUACCGGUCGUAAGUUACCGGUUGCACUUAUGAAGCCAUACAAACUUGUACUCUUGUAUGCAAAACUCCCAGAGUUCAAACCCUGGUAUGUAGGGCUGGAAAUGUCCCUGACCUGAAACCAUUGAGAUCCUCUGCCUGCCAGUGUUGACAGCAGUGAGCUAGAUGAAGUAGUGACCUGGCUUGAUUUAAGUCAGCACCCUCUCUUCCUGUUUAAAUCAGCCCCUUUAUUUGGAAACCAUGAGGACUGGAUCUUAGCUUUACUGAAAACUCAGGGUCUGGGAUGCUCUUGAUCUGGCAACAGUGGUUCGUAACACAAGGGAAACAAAUGAGCUAGAUGAGUGGUUCCCAAACAUUUUCGGGCCACCGCUGUCUUGGUUCCAUCUCUAGUGCCCCCUAUUCCACCCUAUAAAAAGCAAUAUUCAGAAUAGUAGUUUGCAUGACCCACUAAGGAAGAUAACACGUUAACGUUCAAAACAGUAACUAUUAAUUGCACAUUUAUUCAUAAUCCAAUUGAAACUAAUUUAAUUAUUUCAACAAAGUUGAUUAACUUGAUCUAGUGAUACCAGCUUUUCAAAGUCUGAUAGUCACCUAGGGAAGAUAUGCAUCAGGUACAAGGGGGGAAAGAAAGAUGGAUCUGCUGCCCAGGUGGAUUCUGCCACCCGAGGCUGUCACCUCACCUUGCCUCGUGGGUGGGCUGGCCCUGCUCUUGGCACCUCCCUAGACAAUCCCACUGCCCACUUUGGGAACCACUGAACUAGAUGGACUCAGUAUAAGACGCCUUCCAACAUUCAUAAUGAUCUGUUUCUCUCUCUGUUUUGUAAUGGGGCUGGUGUGUUGGCUUUGUUUCCAAUCCAAAGCAUCAAACCUUGUUCCCCGAAGGAAGCAAUGGACCAUUUUCUUGCUGGUUGAUGGGCACCCUUUGUGUUCUGUGUCACGGAUGCAGCUGUCGGCCCAGUUCCUAUUUCUUCCUGAGGCCUUUUCUGCCUGUGCUUGUUCAAGGAAGCAGGAGUGUGUGUGUGUGUGUGUGUGUGUGUGUGUGUGUGUGUGUGUGUGUGUUGCGGGGGGGGGGGAGAGCUCAGCUUGGAUUCUGCCAAACCAGGCCAAGUUUUGUGUGCGGUGUGCCGGAUGUUGGCACCGGGGGGGAGGGGAGUGCGAGAGAGUUCAUCUUUGCUUUGACUUGCAAAAAUUAUAGAAGAAUAGGCACAGGCGUCUGGAGGGGAACAACUGGAGGAGACUUAAUCCGGAAUGCCGGCUCCUCCUUUUAUUUUUAGAGUUCGAGUGUUGACUACAUUUUAAUACCUAGCAGCUGAACAAAGUCGGAGACUCUUUAAUGGGAAGGGAGAGGUCUUCGUUUGUAACUUCUUUCAUUCUGUUUGUGAAGUUGAAAAUAUCAGCGUUGAAGCAAAAGGCACGCACACACAUAUAUAAAAUAUCACAAACACACACACUUGUUUUCUUCCCCACUCCCCACCCGCUUUGGAUCUCUUUCAGCCUUGCUAAACAAGAAGGAGAAAGGAUGAAUGAAGCAUUGUGCUUGCUGGGUGCUAUCAUGAGGACCAGGAACUUGUCUUAAACGGGAGCUGGAUUUCUGUAAACCUUUCCCAGUUCUGCCUCCUGGGCAGUGAGAUUGAUGGGAUGGUCCUUCAUGGUCAUAGUUUCUGGAACAGGCUUUGUCAACGCAGCACCUUACAGAGAUUGUUGGACUACAACCUCUGGAAGGUGCCAGCUUGCCGAAGGCUGUUCUGGACUAGCAGGAGCUCAGUCAUCUCACUUAUGCCCACCCCCUAUGCCCGCCGGAGUGAGGAAUUCCUCUUUCAGAGAAGCAGCCGGACAGGUUUCUGGGUGGUGGCACCACCGCUUCCAUGCCCCUAGCAACAGACUUAUGCUUCCUUAUUGAAUUCUUGUCUCUUGUGGUAAACUAUGUACCUUUUGUUAGAUUGUUUGCUGUGAACUGGUAACUUAACAGGCCCUUUUGAGAGCUUUUGACAAACAUUUGCCAUACUGAUCAGCAGCUAGCAGCCUCCAAGGCUGAACCUGACCCCCCUGAGUAGUCCCUUGCGGUCCCUUCAGGCAACCAGCUUUGGAGGUAAAAGAGCAAGGAAGAGGGCAACCAUCCACAGCAGUGAGGUUUUUGCAGCUGCCUUGGGGGGGGGAUAGUGCAGCCCUUAAUUCCCCCUUUCCCUCCUUUUGUCUCCCCUGCACACCUGUGUACACACAAUCGCUUUUGGAGUCCCAGAUGGCACUCAAAGCCCUUCAUGCCUAGAAAGCUAGCAUGUCAGGAAGAAGGCUUUAAGCCUCACUGCCUCCUUGAUGCACUAACCUUCCAUGGGCAGGGAAUACUGCAUGAGCCCUGCAGCCCAAAUAUUUUUGCGUGGCUGGAAAUGUGUCCUUAAACUCUGACAAAUGUCUCUUCCUUGCCUGGAUGGAGGAUGCAGAGUGGGGUGGGGGGUCGGUGUAAACAUGUGUAUUUACCUAGAAAACAUGUAAAAAAAAAAGGCAUUCAUUUCCCUGCCCUCUGUUUUCCCUGGCCCUUCCCACAGCUGGCAUUUGGCCCUCUGAAGUUUGUCCGGAAGGGAAAGUGGCCCCUGGCUGCAAGCUAAGGUUCCCAAUCCCUUGUCUAAAGUUGCUUGGUUUUAUUUAUUUUGGGUGCAGAAAAAUAUUUCGUAUUGGUUUGCCCAGUACGGUAUAAAGAUGUUGGAAUGUGGAUGGCAGAUAUUGGCUACGUGUCCAGCAUAUUUGAAAGAAAAUUUAUUGGGAAUGUUUCACCCUGGAAUUCAAAGGGGGGGGGUGCUCUUAGGGUCUGGAGAGGGGAGGGGGCGCGAAAGAAUUUUGGAAAAAAGCAAGCAAGCUUUGUCCCUGCUGGAGAAGGGACCUCACGUCAGCUGUGGCCGCUGUGGGUGGCUGUGUGGGUGGAGGAGAGAUUGAACGUAGCCAGCAAACAAAAGCUCCCCUCUUAUUCCCCUUGGUCUUUUCCAAACAGCUUCAUGCUGGGUGCCUCAAUCUAUUCCUUUCAAUGGAGACUGUUCUUGUGUGUUUCCUGCUUCAGCUGUUUACUGGGUCACCGUACUAGGGGACGACGACGAAGAGAGCGAAAUCCCUUCCUCUUUUUCUGAUUGGCCAGUCCAUCUGCACAAUGAGCUGCUUCUCCCAUAAACGGAGGAUUCGAACAGAGGAAACAUUGAACAGGGUUACCGCCGUUCACUGACCCGUCUCUGCUGCACGGAUGUCGGGACCUAGGUGUGGAAAAGAGACUUGGAAGAACUGACCCCAAAUGACACCCGUCUGCUCCAAAUGAAGGAGUACAUUCCAGAGAAUAACGCAUACCCACAUUCUUGGGAGCAGUGACCCAGUGGGGAUGUCCCUGGGGCCAACCACCAGUUUGAGAAGGCCUUGGCCCAAGAACCCCUCCAUCGGUGGGCCCUGGCAGGCUUAGCUGCUUGUGUGACCCACCCACCCAGCUCCUUGACCCCAAUGUGGUCAGCUGAGCCUAGCUACCCUUCUAAUACCCUGCAGUGACCCAUCAAGACAUUUAAACUGUAGCCUUGGGUUGGUAUUUACGUUUAUUAUAAUUAUUACUAGUUCCGUUUAUGGGUCACUUGACACAUAAGCUUGGGAGAGCCAGUGUGGUGUAGUGGUUACGGUGUUAGAGCAGGGUUUAAAUCAGCCAUAAAGCUCACUGGGUGACCUUGGGGCCAGUCACUGCCUCCCUCAGCCUAUCCUACCUCACUGGGUUGUGGGGAUUAAAUGAGGCUGGGGGAUGGGGGGGGGAGAACAUUGCAUGCCACCUUGAGAUUCUUGGAGAGAAAGGUAGGAUAUACCGUAUUUUUCGCCCCAUAGGACGCACUUUUUCCCCUCCAAAAAUGAAGGGGAAAUGUGUGUGCAUCCUAUGGGGCGAAUGCAGGCUUUCGCUGAAGCCUGGAGAGCGAGAGGCAUCGGUGCGCACCGACCCUCUCACUCUCCAGGCUUCAGGAAGCUAUCCGCAAGCCUUGCAAGCCCGGUGGGAGUUCCCGCGGGCUCACAAGGCUUGUGGGCAGCAGCCUGCAGCCCCGGCGAGUGUCCGCAAGCCUUGCGCGCCCAGCAGGAGGUCCUGCCGAGCGCGCGAGGCUUCGGGCGGCAGCCUGUCGCCCGAAGCACGGGGAGCCCUCCGGAGGGUGCCCCGUGCUUCAGGCAGGUGUGCACAAGGCUUGGGGCGGCAGCCGCGGCGGGGGGGGGAAUAUAUUUUUUUUAUUCAUUUUCCCCCCCCAAAAAAGAGGUGCGUCCUAUGGGCCGGUGCGCCCUAUAGGACGAAAAAUACGAUAAGUCUUAAUACAAGUCUUAGCUCCCUUAACAAACUACAGUUCCCAGGAUUCUUUGUAGGGGUGAGUAGAGCCAUGACGCUUAAAGUAAAGAACAAGAGUGUUUCACACCAUACAUUUCUGGCUUUCUGCAAAGAAUCCUGGGGGCUUUACUUGGGUUUAGGGUGCUGGGAAUUGUAGUUCUGCAGCAGAGAAACUCUACUUUCCCAUUAUUCUUUUGGUGGGAGCAGCAUGCUUUAAAUAUGUGAUGUGGAUUCUAUUAGGUCAGCUUGAUUGCCUUGCUUCACACUACCUGAGCCACCAUCCGCAGUGGGAUUGAGGGAACCUUUUUCAGCCUGAGGGCCACGUUACUUUCUGGGCAAUCUUCUGGGGGCCACAUGCCAGUAGUGGGCGGGGCCAGAGGCUAAAGUGAGCCGAGCAACAAAUGAAAACAUUGCUUUUCUAGAGUGUUCCAGUUUCUAUACCCACCAACUCACACCCCUCUCUCUUCUCCAUCCUUUGUGGUCACAUCCACCCCCUACAUUUUAAGCACUCUAGUGCCACUUUUAAACAGCCACGGCUCCUCCUCAAAGAAUCCUGAGAACUGUAGUUCGUUCAGGGUGCUGGGAAAGGUGGCCUCCUACCAACUUUCGGCACCCUUGGAAACUGUCGGUUGUCAUAAUACUUAUUAUCUCCCUCUUUUGGCCAGUGCCUUGGGCUGGUGGGGUGGUCCCAGGUGAGACAGUGCCCAUUUGAUGCCCACGCCCUGCUUCUGCCAGGAAGACUAUGAAUGGCUCUGUGCUUUGAAAGAGGAUGAUCUGUUGGUGCUGUUGUAAAAGUGCUUUGCUGGCAGCAGCGGGGGAGAAACUCAAGCUUGCUGCACUGAGUGCUUCCUCUGAAUUUCAUCACCGCAGGCAGGGAGCGGUUUCUCAGAACGUGUGUCCUUUAAGCUGGAAGUGUGACAGAAGGCUGUUCUUCCAAAAAGCGACUUGCGUUGGGGAGGUAUUGGGAGGGGGUUCACCCCCCCAGUACCCAUGGGUUCAGCCUGGAUGGCUAGAAUAACCCAGUCCCCAGUUUUCAAUCAAACAGGACAUUUUUAUUAAAAACAUUGCAGCGGAUGCCACUUACUUCCUCACAUCCUUUAGGCAGAUAGGAGAGUGCCUUCCAGGUGAAAGGCAAAGCAAUACAUAUUUAUACAUUUGUAGACAACAACUAUUCUGUCUGGCUAAGUCAUGUGGUGCAGCAGUGGUCUUCUGACAUAGUAAUGGCCGCCACCCUUCUUCCUUCAGCCUUUGUGCUUUUUCCUCCAGCACUUUCUCCCACUUAGGUGCUACUUUGCCUGUCUGUCACGAUCCCCUUGCAAACACAGCCCACCUGCUGUACCCUUCUCACACACAUUUCAGUUUCUGUUCUAUAAUUUCUGUAGUGUUCAGUAAUUCUGCAGCACACGCCGAGAUCUGUGCAGCUGAGUGAGCUUCACUCCCUUGCCUUUAUUAUCUCUGUCUCUCUCUGAUGGGAUUCCAGCUUUAAAUUAAAUGGAGCGCAAUUGAUGUCUCGCUUAGUCAGCGCGUGUGAAUUGAAGGUCACAGGCGGGGGAGUCAAGGAAUUUGCUUCUCUGUGGCUUACCCUCUGCGUGCCUGGGCUGAAUUUGGGGGCAGACUCCCAUGCAGUUGCUGGGUUCUGAACGGUGUAUGUGUAAAUUUAAAAUGCCAAUAUUAUAGACCUUAGGAGUUGUAGAGGUAGGACCUGGAUAACAUAAGCUGCUUCUCAGAAAUAAGUUCUGGAUCCUGAUACAGUUUUCUGCCCACUGUCCCCUUAGUUGCCUUGAUCUUCAUUCUGGAAAAAAGUGCCCUUAUUUUGAGCCUGUCUGCUCCAUCUACCUCAGUGUUGUCUACACUGACUGGCAACAACUCUCCUUGGUUUCAGGCAGGGGGCAUUCCCAGCUCUACCUGGGAUUGACCCUCGUAACUUUGCCACUGAGCUCUGGUUGAUUCCUUGCACAGUUGCCUGGAACAUCAUGUGCAGAGAGUCAUGAUUAGAAGCAAAGAGGAGCCAACAGGGUCCUCUCAAGCUUAUAAGCUGGCUAAUGUGUAAAUGUGCUGAUAAGGCCUGUAAUUUCCCCUUUUCAGAAUGAUAGUGCUGGGAUCACUUUUUUUUACAACUAAAGCAUAGUUGUGAAAUACAAAGUUGGUGCUCAAAAUCUGGCCUUGAGCUUGCCACCUCACUUUGUCUCGUGAUACCAAAACUGAACUUAAGUUGUCCCAAUUCCCCAAAAGUCAUGACAUGUAAGGAAAAAUGGGUAGGGAGGGAAAAGAAAAAUGUGAACCUAGGCACUAGUUCUUUAAAGUUACAGUUCUUACUAAAACCAUGUAGCCUAACAUGUUUUAACUGUUUUGAAUUCUGAAUUUUACAUUGUUGUAAGCUGCCCUGGGAUCUGCUGGUGAAGGGUGGGCGCUUUAAUAAAUUAAAACGAACUGGAAUUUUCAGGGUGCAUAGGAGACUGAGCAUCUUUUAAAAGUAAUUGCCCUCAGGUAUGUUGAUGGAGGGCUCCUUUUGGCGGGUUUCAUUUCUUUCAUGCUAUGCCAUUGCUUACCCUCUUGAACGGGCCUUUAAAACUGAACCUGACCAAGCUCCCUUAAAAAUCCAGUUUUAUUUUCCUCCAGUUUGCACCUGCAGGGAGGAGAUUUAGCUCCUAAUCCCUCUCUUCACUCAAUGACUCAUUUGAUGUAAGAUCACACGACUGCUUUUUUUUUUUUAAUAAUCUGGUUUUUAAAAGGCCCUUCAGCUGCUGAAUUUUCGCCCACCAAAAUGAGAAGGGAUGAAAGCAUUGUGGGGGGGAUGUUUGGUUUCUUGUAUACAUCCGUGUGUGUGUGUUUGUGGUUGUUAUAAAGUGUGGGGACAGGUCCAAAUCAGCCUGCUGAUAUCACUCAUAACAUCAUCUGACGUUGUGGGAGGGCAGAGUUAAAUCCUGCAUGUGGCUAUCUCCCUGCUGGGAACUGGGGUGCACACAAAAGCAGGAUUAAACCCACCUGCUCAUCAACUGAUGGGCAAGGGUUGAAUCCUGUUCAGUUCAGCAGGAUUGCAUGCAGACCCCUUCCAGAUGCAGAAAGGGGGUUGCAUUGGAAACCCUGCUAAAGCUAGGGGGGAACCCCUUUGCUUUAGCAAUGUUUUGUGAGGUGCUUUGAGACCCCAAGGUUCAGCAAUGGCACAUCCAGGUAAAACUGGGAGAGAGACUCCCUGCCUGAAACCAUGGAGAGCCACUGCCAGCCCGUGUAGACAAUACUGAGAUUGAUGGACCCAGUGGUCUGCCUCGGAAUAAGGCAGAUUCCUGUAGGGAAGGAGAGGUCAAGUUUAGCAGAAGGUGAAUGGCAGAUCUUGGCUCCCACAGGAUCCCUUCCCAACCCCGAAACAUGUCUUGAAAGAAGUGAUCUAUUGUGGUGCAGUAGUUUCUCCAGUUAGCUACUGUGCUCAGGGGCCCCCAAAACAUUGGUGACCCCCCCCCGCCAGCUCAUCACACCCUUGGAUGAGCAAGCCAGCUGCACUGCGUUUGCAACUGACCUCUCAAAUAUGCUAGCUGACCCCCCCCCCCUUUAUUCUGACUUCUAAGCUAAAACAUUUUAAUAGGCCUUUUGGACUCUUUUUUCUUGGCUCCGAGGGCAGGAAGGAAGGCAGAACUGAAAGAAUUUCCUGCUCCUAUUUUGUUUAAAAAUAUGAAAGCCUUUUAUGACAAUACCCCCCGCUUACCUUUCUGUAACUCAUUGCAAAUAAUGUGGAUAACCAGCUUUACCGUAUUUUCUUGUCACGGUAACAACAUCACAUGCCAGCCUUGAUCUGGUUUGGUUUAGCUUUUAUGUGUUUGUUCCAAGAAGUUCUAUUUUGCUAUAUAGAUAAAGUUCAAUAAAAAUCCACUGUCUGUCUCUCGUUCCCUUUCCCUCUGAAGGCUAUUAGCUCGGGGUGGGGGGGUGGAAGAGAGGGGCUGCCAAGAUGGAACCAUGUAUAAUUGUGCAACGUUUUGGGUGGUGAUAUGGGUUUUGCCCCCACACUCUCUUCUUGCAUGUGCAACCAGUGUUUGCCCAUAAUUCUGGGUCUAGCUGGGGCUCCUUAAUGGAUAUGCAGGUGAUUUUCCAGAGACCUCCCCCUCAUUUGCCAAGUCCUUUGGUGCUUAUUGUGGCUUUUGUGCUAGCAUUGAUAUGCUGCUGCUGUUGAAAUAUAAAUGGUGGCUGCUUUUUGCCAAAACCCACCACAAACACAAAGAAUAGCAUCUUCCUUGCAUGUGGAAGGCCCCGGGUCUGAUCCCUGGCAUCUCCAGGUAGGGCUGGGAGACAUCCCUACCUGAGACCCAGGGAAGAUUGCUCCUCAAACUACAAAGGCCUGGAGCAAGAGCAGCAAACCAAACCUUGGAGAAAUGAACUUCGUUUGAUAGUCUUGGGGAACGACUCAUGGUUUCUGUAUCAGACUAGACUGUAGUUUGUAUGGAAAAAUGUGGGUGGUUUUCUUUUUCAUUUUUGUCAACAUUGCAGGCUUGUUCCUAUUUUGAAAAAGGAAACUUAGCAAAUAGUUCUCUUUUUCUCUUUUCUCUUUAAAUUUCUGUCCGAGAGAAAACAGACUGUUUUUUGUAAAUUGAGUAUACAUUGUGUGGGUAUUUUUGAAGCUAUAAAUUGAGUCAUGUCACAGCUUAUGUAAGAGCUGUUGCUGCUCACUGAAGUUUUCUAUCUCUGUGUUGAGUGAAAACUGAAUCAGAGCUGAAGGAAUUAGGGAUGUGUGUAUAUCUUCCUAUAUACAUAGAAAUAUAUGGUGUUGACACGCUUUGCAGCAUGGGGAAUAGCAAGCAGGCCCAGAUGAACUGUUCAGUGGAAGGGAGGAGGGAUUUGUGAAUUUGCAGCCCCGGAGGAUUUUAAAUGUGUGGGUUUUUUUAAUGGCUUUUCAGUGGCUCCGAUCAUUGUUACAGUUGGCAUCACUAACUCCCUGCACAGAGUGAUGUGUCAUCCUAAAAAUACUGUCGCCGUAGUAACAGUCACUGCAGCCUGCAGCCAUAGAGUAACAGCGGAUGAAAGGUGCUAAUCACAGUGAUGGAAGCUUGAUGGAACGUGCGACUCAUCCAAGAUGGCUAAGCCUUCUUUUCAGGGGUUUUUUCCCUCAGUGUCAAGGUGUUAGGAAAACAGAAACCAUACACACACAGUCUCGCAGGGGUAGUUCUGUCUCAAUCCAAACAGGUGUGCGUGUGUGAUUUGAAUCUUCCCGCCUGGAAAAAGCUAUCCCUCUUGGUAUGUGUGUUUGAAACUACUAGCUUUCCACAUGCAGGGAGGUUUCGACACACAGAUCCACCCCUUCCACAUGUGUGUCUAAAACAGUACAGUGGUACCUCGGGUUACAUACGCUUCAGGUUACAGACUCUGCUAACCCAGAAACAUUGUUCAGGUUAAGAACUUUGCUUCAAGAUGAGAACAGAAAUUGUGCUUCAGCGGCGCGGCAGCAGCAGGAGGCCCCAUUAGCUAAAGUGGUGCUUCAGGUUAAGUACAGUUUCAGGUUAAGUACGGACCUCCGGAACGAAUUAAGUACUUAGCCUGAGGUACCACUGUACACAUACACCUUUUACAUUUGAUUUGGCCUGUAUUGACUUCAGGGCGGAAGGAGCAAACCUAACUGCAGCAAGAUUUCUGUCUGGGUUGCUGCUCCACUUAAAAAUAACCUCCCUAAGCACCUCUGUUGCCUGCAGGGUAAUAAUAUUUCAUUAUUUGUUUUGGUGACUAAUGGGCACUUAAGCAGAGCUCCAGCAAGGCCCACAAUUGUCCCUUUAAUAGCUUGCUUUCAAUACACUGAGAUUCUGGACAGAAUCCACUUUAAAACCGCAGCUACCGCACCUGUAUUACCUAGCCCCAUUCCAAGCUCUCUCUUCAACAUCAGCCACGUAGCCAAAAUCGAUGGUAAUUAUUUAUACGGCCCCAUCAAAGUACAGGCCCAUUGGAAAAAUCUGGAUAUCUUUGCAUUGUAGAUCUAAGCGUUUAGGUCAGACUUCAAAAUGUCUUCUAAACUCUAAAACUCUGUGAUAAUCCUUUUAUGAGUUUCUGGUUUUGGAAGCAGAAUUCUCUUAAGUCGCAUUCACUUAGAGAAGAGGGGGAACCUCGGCCCUGGGGACCAAUAUAUCUGGCCUUAGCCUUGGUGGGAUAUGUCCUUGUUCUAAUCAUGCAGCUUGCUUGCCUGGAUGCAGAAUAGAGGGUGUGUGUUCACUAUUUUUGCUCUCCCCGCAUCUGCCUCUGGCCUUGCACACCACUGGUACGUGUCCUCCAGAAUGCUGCCCGGAAUGUGGCCCUAGGGUUGAAAAAGGCUCCCGUAUCCUUGACAUACACACCCACAGCCUUCUGAAACGCAUGGCCUGUCAGCUGCAGUUCUUGGCUGAGACGUGUUGCCCUCUCUUUGUGAAAUGGGCCUUGUGCUCAACAUGCAAAGAGCUUUGUGUGGUUUAUGCUGUUCACACCUAGCAAAACCCCAUGGUGAACUUCUCGCCUCUUCUCAUCCCCAUUGAAGCUCUCCGGGAGAGAUUGGGCAGCCACAAAGUGGCUAAUGCCUUUUUUGCUAAAAACACUCUUGUCCUUCUGCUGCGCUGUGAAAAAUUGAGGGAAUCCUUGGCUGAGGCAGAAGAGACUUUAACUGGGCCAAGACUUUUAAUCUUCCACCUGAUGUUUUCUAUGUGGUAUUAAAAAAAAAAGAUUUUAUUUUUAGGAUAGACACUUUUCUCCAGCAGCGGUGAAUUCAAACUGUCAAGGGGCUGAAUUCAGAGUGAUCCUGAAGUCCUCUUAAGGUUAACAUGCCACCUGUUGGUUGUGACUAACUUACCAUAUAGGAAGUGCUAGGAGUUGGCUAAAUGGGUGGGUAAUUUACCCUGUGAAUUUGGAGCCUGACACCCAUCCCCUAAGUGAUGUCCCUGAGGGCAUGGCUUCAAUAAUAUAAGCAUUAUAAAGCAAAUUCUGGUUGUCUUACCUUAAAAAAAAAAAGGAUAUAGAGUUGGAAAGGUUUCAGAAAAGGACAACAAAAAUAAUCAAGAGGAUGGCGCAACUCCCUUAUAAGGAGUGGUUGCAGCGUUUGGGAUUUUUUAGUUUAGAGAAAAGGUGACCAAAAGGUUACACGAAGGAAGUUUAUAGAAUUGCAUGUGGUAUGGAGAAAGUAGAUAGAGAAAAGUUUCUCUCCUCUUACAACAUUAGAACUCGUGGGCAUCCAAGGAAGAUGAAUGUUGGAAGAGUCAGAACAGAUAAAAGAAAGGACUUUUUCAUGCAGCACAUUGUUAAGCUGUGGAACUGACUCCCACAGGAGGCAUCGAUGGCCACCAACAUGGAAGGCUUUAAAAGAGGAUUAGACAAAUUCAUGGAGGAGAGGGCUAUUGAUUGCCAUUGCCCAUGAUAUCUGUGUUGUGGCUCCAUGGUUGGAGGUGAUAAUGCUUCUGAAUAGCAGUUGCUGGAGGUACAGGAAGGGAGAAUAUUAUUAAUGUGCUCAGAUUCUGUUUGUGGGCUUCCUAUUGGGGCAUCCAGGUGGUCACUGUGAGAAAAGGAUGCUGGACCAGAUGGGCCAUUAGCCUGAUCCAGAAAUCUCUUCUUAAGUUCUCAAGUGCGUAGGAUUCACCAUUAUGAAUAUGAGCAGGACCUCUCACCCCUGUUGGCACAAAACCAUCACAAGGCGACAAUAAGGGCAGAAAAUAGUUCCUUUAUGGGCAGUCCCAGAUCAGAAAUGUUAUCUCAGAAUUGCAACUCAAUGGAAAGCUGCCCAAAAUCUUACACUGGACACUUGGUGCCACUGACUCUGAAAUAUAGCUUAUAAUGGAGAAAAUUAGACAUAAUUUGAGGUUUUGACAAGGACUAGAACCUCCAAGCACUUCCUUCUAUAUCAUUUGGCAUUCCUUUAUUACAUAGACAGCGGAAGGAUAAUUUUCAAGAUGGCCUUCAUCAUCAGCCAAGCGAAUCUGUAACUACACUUGAUAAUCCAAUAGCACUAAUAUUCUUUAUAUGCGGAUAACAUGCAUCGUCACUUUUUCUCUCUCAUGACUUGGAUAUUGUUAUUUUAACCCCAUGCCAGUUUUAUAGUUGUUUUUCAUCUUUUAAUUUUCAUCCAUAGCUAUAACUUCUAUUUGUUUUAUGUAAGUUAAAAAAUGACUUAAGGGGGGGGGGGAUCUUUACCCAGAAAUAUUAUCUCAGGUGCCAAGCUGAGACUUCCAGCUGUUCCUGUUUCUGCUUUGUUUUGAUUUCCCCGUUUCUGGGAAGGAAUCAAAGAACAAACGUGCUCAGCAAAAGAGUUUUUGCUUGGAACAGCCUCCCAGAAAAUGAAGAGGAAAACCCCCAAGGCAAGCAGUGAGUUUUGCCAGUAUUGCGUGAUGCUUGGCUUUCUUAUUUUUCUAUUGCUCUGUUCAUUAACUUCUGUUUCCCCCUCCCUCUCUCUCUCUAUAUAUGAAUGGGCUGUGCAAAUUUUGCAAAAGGGGAAGGAAACGGAGUGAGCACUUUUUCCAUUCUGGGGCUUUUCCUCGCAGCCGGGGACCUCGUGAGGUUGAGCCUGCAUCAUAAUUGCCGAGUCAACUUUCCAUUCUUGCUUUCAAGUUCCUUGAUAACGGCCUUUGCCAACUAAGCAUUUGCCACUUCAGAGUGGCUGUAUUAAUAAGAACCUCCUUUUUAAUUUCAAUUUUUGCAACUCUAUCAAGAAAAGGAAGAAGCGUUGUCAGUGGACACUUGACAAUAAAAAAAUACCUAGUUGAUUCUGAUUUAUGCGUGUAAGUUAACACAGGCAGUCUGUAUGCCCAAAUAGGUGUCUAAAUGAGAUGGACAUUGUGUGUUCAAAUGUACAAAGGGCCACAGGAUCUUCAUAGCUCUAAUAGGUGGUGGGUGUUUAUCCUUCCAAACUUUAAAUAACUGUGAUCCUGAGCAUUGCGGGGGGGGGGGGGUUGGACUAGAUUAUUCUAAAUAUAAGUCUCUUUGAAACCAAUGGGGUUCAUAGAACUUUAUAAUUGGAAAGGACCCAAAGGGUCAUGUAGUCCAACCCCCUAAAGUGUACAAAUCUCAACUAAAGCAUCCAUGACAGAUGGCCAUCCAACUUCUGCUUAAAAACCUCCAUUGAAGGAGAGCCCAGAACCCUCCAAGGGAGGUUCCACUGUCAAACAGCUCUUACUGCCAGAAAGUUCUUCCUGAUGUUUAGUCAGAAUCUCUUUUCUUGUAACUUAAAGCCAUUGAUUCGAGUCCUACCCUCCAGAGCAGGAGAAAACAAGCGUGCUCCACCUUCCAUGUGACAACUCUUGAUAUCUGAUGGUGACUAUCAUAUCUCCUCUCAGUCUCCUCUUAUCCAGGCAAGACCCAACUGUUCCCCAUAAGGCUUGGUUUCCAGACCCUUGAUCAUCUUGGUCACCCUCCUCUGCAAACAUUCCUGCUUGUCAAUAUCCUUAAAUUGAGGUGCCCAGAACUGGACACAGUAUACCAGGUUUGGUCUGAGCAAGGCAGAAUCAAGUGCCUUCGCUUGAUCUAGACGCCUAGAAUAGCAUUUGCUCUAUUUGCUGCUGCUGCUGUUGACUCAGGUUCAGCUUGUGGUCCACCAAGACCCCAUAGAUCCUUCUCUCAUGUGCUGCUUCAAGACAGGUGUCCCUCCCCCCAUCCAGGUGUCAUGGGGUCCACUUUCAUUGUCCAUCUGUUGGUCCUCACACCACAAGUAUAAUUUAAGAAUGCUUGAACCUCCACAAAUAUCAAGGUUUUUUCCAAAAGUAAGUUAAUGUGAACGCUAAUUUCUGACCAGAAAGAAGAUACCACAGGACACAGGGACUAAUUGCCAGGGCUGUUGUUGAAAUAGGAACAUAAUAAGCUGUCCUCUACUGAGCCAUUGGUAUCCAUGUAACUCAGUGUUGUCUACACUGACUGGCAGCAGCUCUCCUGGGUUUCAGGCAGGGGUCUCUCUCAGUCCUAACUGGAGAUGCUGGGGAUUGAACCUGGGACCAUCUGCAUAUAAAAAACAGACACUCCACCUUUAAGUCAAAAUGGAGACAGCGACUUAAUGGGGAGCAUGUUCCUAUCUCAGACCUCUGGUGUGUACUGUAUUGUGAAGUCAUGGGUGAUUUGAAUCCAUAACUUUUGGAAUGCAGUCAGUUUAGACCAAUGUGAUUUGUUUACACAGUGUGGCUAUACAGGAAGCUUAUUCAGAUUUUGUUCUGGAACAUGUAAAACCAUUCAGAGAUAUUCAAGCUGUAUCACAAAACCUUAGUUGUCUUUUUCCCCUCUACAGUCUGUAUUGGAGAGAGGGAGGGAGAGGGUCGAUAAACACAAUGAGCUUCCCUUAGUGACGACUUCAUUUUGGUAACUGGGACCUGGCCCAAAGGGACUGGCAUUUGUCCAGAGGGUGGGGCCUGGCUUGUUGAUUCAGCUUGACACCCACCCACCCCAGAUGUCUGAUCACGUGUCUGUUUGUUUUUCCCUUUCCUGAACAUACAAAGGCAGAUUGCUGAUCUGAGUUAGAAAAACAAGAAGCAAGAUGGUCUAAGGGUUAGAGCAGAGCUUUCCAAACUGUGUGUCGCGACAAUGUUAGUGUUUUGGCUUCAGUGUGUAGGUGUGUCACAUGAAUGCUCCCCACGCUGCUCCCGGGGUUGGAAAGGGAUUAGUUUCAACCUCCGGUUUGCUAGUAAAACUGAAUUACUGUGUCACGAAAUGAUGCAUGUCUAAAAAGUAUGCCACCAACAUGAAAAGUUUGAAAAGCUCUGGGUUAGAGGUUCAGACCUGGAUGUGGGAAAGCUGGGUUCAGAUCUGCCCUGCUUAGCUGUGAAGUUCACUGAGUGACCUUGGACUGGUUACCAUCUCUCUCUCUCUCUCUCUCUCUCUCUCUCUCUCUCUCUCUCUCCCCCCCCCUCACACACAUACACACACACACACACACACACACACACACACCCUAACCUACCUCACAGUGUUUUUGUGGGGGUAGAAAUGGAGAACCAUGGAUGCCACCUGACUGUUUAGAGGAAAGGUGGGAUACAAAUGGAAUACAGUGGUACCUCGAAUUAUAGACACUUCAGGUUACAGACUCUGCUAACCCAGAAAUAGCUCGGGUUAAGAACUUUGCUUCAGGAUGAGAACAGAAAUCGUGCAGUGGCUGCAACAGCAGCGGGAGGCCCCAUUAGCUAAAGUGGUACCUCAGGUUAAGAACAGCUUCAGGUUAAGAACAGACCUCCGGAACGAAUUAAGUUCUUAACCCAAGGUACUACUGUAAUAAACUAGAAGUCCCCCAUGACAGUUUUUGAAGCCAGCAAGAAUUCCCUUUUGUCUCCUUCAUGUCUGUGACCCAUGGAGAUUUACGGCCUCCACGAUGGACAUUCACAGUUGGUGAAAUGAGGGUUGCACAAGCAGCCUGCAAAUUCCUUCCUUCCUUCCUUCCUUCCUUCCUUCCUUCCUUCCUUCCUUCCUUCCUUCCUUGUAUUUAUAGACCACCUUUCUUUCAAGGUUCUCAAAGUGGUGCACAUAGUUCUCCUCCUGCUCUUUUAAUCCUUAUAACAACCCUGUGAGGUAGGUCAGCCUGAGAGUGAGUGACUGGGCCAAGGUGAGCUGCCUGGCCGAGUGGGGAUUUGAACCCUGGUCUCCAGGUCCUAGUCACACACACUUAACCACUGUACCAAACUGUUGACGCCAGUGAUGAACCCGUGAGAUGCUCUGAUUUAUUGUACCUGCAGCCUUGAGAUAUUGGCUUAUGCUGGGCACUUUUACCACCCUUGACAGCGGGCAAAUCCUGGGUUUCUGAUGUCAAGAGGGGGAAGUGAUUGAGGCAAGAGCAGGUUUCAUUUUCAGGAGUAAAAGAUUAUGUCGUGGUGAGUUGGUUUGAGAGAGAUAGAGACCAUUUCCCAUCUGCCAACUCAUCUGCGUUCUGCAGCUUGUGAGUCAGAUUUUGUGUGGUCUCUUGUUUCUCUCGGUUACUCAUACUGUAUUCCAAAUCUCUCGGUUACUCAUACUGUAUUCCAAAUCUUCAGUUCACUCCUCCAGAUUUCCACAUCAAUUUGCGGUAUUAUUUUUAAAAGUCCUCAUUAAAACCCAGCAGCGUUUUUAUGAAAAUCACUUCUACCGUACACAUUUUUGUAUGCAAUUUUCUUCUGAUUACAGACAAUUUUGCAAAGCUUCAUUUCUUUCUUUCUUUCUUUCUUUCUUUCUUUCUUUCUUUCUUUGCAUUUAUAUUCCACAACUCCCCCCCGCCGCCGCCCCCAGGAGCGCAAGGUGGUUUACACAGUUCUUCACAUCUCCAUUUUACCCUCACAACAACUUUGUGAGGUAGGUUAGGCUCAUAGUGAGUAACUGGCCCAAGGUCAUAGGAUCAUAGAAUUGUAACCCUGAGAAUAAUCAUUCUAGACCAACUCCUUGCAAUGCAGGAAUAUGCAGCUGUCCCAUACAGGGACUGAACUUGCAACCUUGGUGUUAUCAGCACCACACUCUAGGCAUAGGCAACCUUUGGCCCUCCAGAUGUUUUGGACUACAAUUCCCAUCAUCCCUGACAUCUGGUCCUAUUAGCUAGGGAUCAUGGGAGUUGUAGGCCAAAACAUCUCUAACCAACUGGGCUAUAUUCACCCAAUGAAGAUCAGACUUUACAUUUCAAUUUUUACCUGUUUGGGAUUUGUAAUUAAGUAUCUUUGACUUUUAAAAUAUAUAUAAAGUGACUCCACAAACGCUGCUGUGUAUCUGUCAUAUUGUCAUUUGAUAAGGAUAUGGUCCGGACCCGGCUCAAGCUGACACCUGCUUUUGUGCCUUCUCUAGAGGAUAAGGGUUUUGUUUUUGUUUUUUGUUUGCCUUAAAUGAAAGGUUUGUAUGUUUUCUGUCUUGGCUUUCCAGGAAACUGCCCACCAUUCCCGUGGUUUUGGCUUCCUUCAACCUUCCUCCUGCUCCUCUGUCAAACAGCACUCAGGGAACAGUUUUGUAACUUUCCCUGCUGUGGGGCUGAUUCUUUUGCUAUAGAUGCAUACUCAGUUCCUCCUGAUGAGGUCUCCACCCCUCCUGUCAAGGGGUCAUUUUUACUUCACCUCACCACUACCACCUUCCAGGACCUAGUUGAGCUCAUACAGUCCUUUCCUGUCCAAGUCAUGAAUGUUUAUGUUGUUUGAGAGAUGCUGGCACCUGGGGCACUUCUGAGCAUGGGCAGAGUUCCUCCCUUAGGGAAACAUUUGCUUACUCCCACCUCUAAAGACAUGAGGGCGGAGUGUGCAUACACUGAGUUCAUUAUUAGGGAACAAACAUUUUUUAGUAAUUAAGUGGCCCUGUGGGGUCUCUCCCACUCUCAAGGCUGUAGCUCAGUGGUACAGCAUCAGCUUUGCAAACUUUUCAUGUUGGGUUCAGGUAGGUAGCCAUGUUGGUCUGUUUUAGUUGGGGAGGGGGGCGGAAUGUCCAGUAGCACCUUAGAGACCAACUAAGUUUCUUCUGGGUAUAAGCUUUUGUGUGCAUGCACACAAAAGCUUAUACCCAGAACAAACUUAGUUGGUCUCUAAGGUGCUACUGGACAUUUUUUUAUUUUUCAUGGUGGGGACACACUUUUUAGACAUGCUUCAUUUCGCGACACAGUAAUUCAGUUUUACUAGCAAACUGGAGGUUAAACUAACCCCUUCCCAGCCCCGGGGGUAGCGCAGGGAGCGUUCCUAUGACACACCUACACAGUGCAGCCGACACACUAACAUGCCGUGACACACAGUUUGGAGAGCUCUGCCGUAGAGAGCCGCUGCCAGUCAAUACUGAAGUGGACCAGGUGGUCUGAGUCGGUUGAAGGCAGUUUCCAAUUUCCCACUCCCCAAAAUCGCAUCAUUAUAAACUGGAGAGGUAACACUGGAAAAGUCCAUACACACAUACUUUCCCAGUUUUAUGUUCUGUUGAGGCAUGCAUGUAAUUCAUGCAGGAGGAGGGAAAGAAUGGAGCAUCCUGGAAGAGGGUGCGCUGUCUGGCUGGCACCCUGAACGUGAGCUCUCAAUGCUGCAACUAUUUGUUGCAGAUUCCACUUCUGUGCUGUGAUUUCUUCUUCUUCUAAAUUUACAAAAACUAAGCACAACACUUACGUUUGUAUGAAUACAUCAAAUAUAAAGACAGAGUGGGAGUGACAGUUUGAUUACAUUUAAUGGCAUUCAUAUAAGAAAGGAUAUUGUUUGAUAUAUUUGACAUAACCAUUAAGAUAUUUAUUCAAAAAGUUUGCUGAUUAUCUGUUAAAGAGUGAGGUUUUAUAAUGGAAAGAGAACAAAUUUAUUGUGGGGGGAGUCAUAUAGUUCUCAUAAUAAACAGCUAUAACUAUAUGUCUAUAAACAAAGCGCUGAAAAAAAUAUAACAAUCUUAUCAUUCCACUAAUUUAUAAAUAAAGUCACUUUUUCCAGUGCACUUAAUAUCUCAUGUGUUUUGCUGCUUUCUAAAAUGUUAUGUAAACUUUGUAAGAUGUGCAGCUUCCUGUUGUUGUUGUCGUUGUUGUUUUAAAAAUGCUAUUUGAUUGUUUUCCAGUUAUUUUGCAGUGAUUUUUGCAGGCAUAAUCUUGUGGUGAUUGGUAAACUUAGAUCAAGUUGUAGAUUAAGUUCUUAAUAACAAUAGCAAGCUCUGAUGCCGAAUUGUGACAGCUCUGUUUCCAAAAUGGAGCAAGGAAGAAAUAUGAGGAAGGUGUGUGGCAUGCUCCUGGGAAAUCUCAAGGCUUGCAGAAGUACAAUAACAUACCUUGAGGGAAACCCCCUCACACACAAAAACAGCCCAAUGAGAACUGAGUAUUCUCAGUAACCACAAAAUGCUGUUUGUCCGAGGGGAAGGGGACACAGAGAAAAUUGAGUGGUGAGUAAAGGUAGAACAAGGUAUCCAGGAAAAGGGCAUGGUUGAUUAGUUAGAAAUCUAUCUGAACAAUUCACACAGCAACAGUUUAUUGUAACCCUUGCUUUUGUGACAUGUAACCCCAACCCCUGUUAAGUGGCAGUACACCAUUCGCAACCAGCUUCCACAAAUGAAAAGCCUCCAUGCGAAACUUCUUCGCAACCUGGCACAUUGAGAACAUGCAAAUGAUUUUUUAAUUUUUAUUUUUUUAAUUGUAAUGAAAUUUAUACACUGCUUGAUGGUAAAAAAAUAAUAAUCAUCGUCACUGCAACAGUUUACCAAAAAAAGAUAGAACAAUAAAAUUACCAAUUAGCAACAAUAAUGUAAGACUUCUUAAACAUUAAAAUAACAAUAACCUAAAACAGUAUCCGAAGAAGUGUGUAUACACACGAAAGCUCAUACCUAGAAGGCUUUUACUUAGUUCGUCUUUAAGGUGCUACUGGAACAUAUAUAUAUAUAUAUAUAUAUAUAUAUAUAUAUAUAUAUAUAUAUAUAAUAUGUGGAUAGGCUCAUAUAAACAAAGGUGUUUUAAGCAGCUGCCAGAAAGAGUACAGUGAAGGCACUUGCCUGAUGUCAAUAGGCAGGGAGUUCCAAAGUGUAUUUUUUCCCCCAGUGCAUGAACCCAGACACUUAUCUGUUAAAAGAGCAUUUAGUGGUGCCUACCACAGUUUUCUUAUAUUUCCAAACGUUCUCCCAAUCCCUGAAUGUUGCCCCCAGCUCUGUUCUGGUUUGAGAUUCAAUGGCAGCGAAUAGAUGUAAAACAUUAAAAAAUGUGGGCAUGUCAAAAGCUGUAGCCCCUGUACCGCAGGAUUUUUUGGGCUCUUGCGAUCUGGACGUUCUCUUGAAAUAUGGCCGCCUUUUGGCUGGGGAGCCUUGAGAUGAAGAAAACAGCUAAUCCAGGCAUAGGCAAACUCCUGCCCUCCAGAUGUUUGGGACUACAAUUCCCAUAAUCCCUAGCUAAUAAGACUAGUGGUCAGGGAUGAUGGAAAUUGUAGUCCCAAACAUCUGGAGGGCCGGAGUUUGCCUCUGCCUGAGCUAAUCCCUUUUGGGCUGCCAUUUUGUACCCAUGAAGCUGAUGAAAACAGUGCAUACGUUUUAUUUGCUAGGCCCAUUUGCCCAUCUCUUUGUGUUUCUUCGAUCCCUUUGCAGAGCUCCACUCAGGAGAUCGGAGAAGAGGUGGAAGAUGGCGUGAUCUAUAGCAUUUCGCUCCGGAAAGUCCAGCUCCACCACACAGCCAACAAGGGGCAGCGAUGGCUGGGGGUAAGUGAAGGCUUCCAACCUUUCGUAAGAACAGACAGGGCACUGUGGCCGAAAGUGACUUUUUAAUGAGCUUGCAGGUCGCUAGUUCUGAUGUCACCUCAGAACCUGUGCAACUUCCUGUCUCUGGUGUGGAGGCAACUAAAGUCGCCAGCCUUACAGGGCUGUUCUGAGUGUUGGACCAGUGGAACAGGACUGUCCUUUGCUAGAGGCAUGUAAGCAGAGGCCUUGCCUCUCAGAUAAUACAUGGAAGUUGGACCUGAGAUGCACUUAUCCCUGUGCAACAUCUGGAGGGGUUAUGUCUCUCCCCCCCACCUUCACAGCUCAAUAAUAAUAAUAAUAAUAAUAAUAAUAAUAAUAUAUUUUUUAAUUUAUACCCCGCCCUCCCCAGCCAAGACCGGGCUCAGGGCGGCUAACAACCAAUAAUAAAAACAAGUUGAUUAAAAUACAAUUUAAAAAGAUUAAAAUACAACAUUAAAACAUUAGGAUGCAGCCUCUUCACAGGAGGAGAAAGGAAAAAGAAAGAGGGGAAGGGAAUCAAACUGAUUCUAAGCCAAAGGCCAGGUGGAACAACUCUGUCUUACAGCCCCUGUGGAAAGAAAUCAGAUCCCGCAGGGCCCUGGUCUCAUGAGUCAGAGCGUUCCACCAGGCCGGAGCCAGAGUUGAAAAGCCCUGGCUCUGGUUGAGGAUAAUCUAACUUCCUUAAGGCCCAGGACCUCUAGGGUGUUGCUAUAUAUGGACCUUAGGGUCCUCCGUGGGGCAUACCGGGAGAGGCGGUCCCGUAGGUACGAGGGUCCUAGGCCAUGAAGGGCUUUAAAGGUCAAAAGCAGCACCUUAAAUCUGACCCUGUAUUCCACCGGGAGCCAGUGCAGCUGGAAAAGCACUAGAACGGCAUCCACAACUCCCCUUGAAGCAGCGGCUCAUGUAAUUCUCUGUCCCUUUCACAGUUUGAGAACGAGUCGGCCUUAAACCUGUACGAGACUUGUAAGGUGCGGACCAUCAAAGCCGGGACCCUGGAGAAGCUGGUGCAAUACCUCGUCUCUGCAUUCAAAGGCAAUGAUUCCACCUACGUCACCAUCUUCCUCUGUACAUACCGUGCCUUUGCCACGACCAAGCAGGUCCUGGACCUCCUUCUGAACAGGUAAUCUUCUGCCUUCUCUCUCCUUGUGGGGCUCUGUGGGGUAAGACACCAGUUCCUGAGUCCAAGCUGCUGUCGGGAAGAGCAGUCAGUGGUGUAGCAUGGUAGUCGCUGUGGACUCCUCCAGAUACCUAAAACAUCUCCUCCUCUACUACAGUGUGGCAUAGUGGUUAGAAUGUCAGCCUAGGACCUUGGGGGAGCCAGAGUCCAAAUUCCUAUGGAGUCAUGAAGCUCAAUGGAGUGGCCUUGGGCCAGUCACUCACUCUCAGCCCAACCUACCUCACAGGGUUGUUGUGAGGGUAAAAUAGGAAGGUGAGAGUACCAUGUACACCACCUUGUGCUUCUGGGAGGAAAAAGUGAGUUAUAAAUGCAAUAAUAGUAAUAGUCAGCCAAUCACUGCAUUCUGCAAGAGAAGGCAUUCUGUAGACACCAUCCUACCAGAAGGCCUGUCCAUCAAAAUUAGGCCAUUAGUGGGGUGACACUGAGCCUUUGGAACCCCAUUUCAUUGCAUAUCAGACAAGUGCCUUUCCUACUGCCUUUUCGGCACCUGCUGACGAUGAAAGCCUUCCAAAAUCUUGAACCCCACUGGAUUGAUUUUUAUGGAUGAGCCAUGGUUUUAAACCAUUUUUAUAUUCAUAAUUGCUUUUUUGGUAAAUCACUUCUGAAGGAGGAGGAGCAAUUCAUUGGUGAAAUAAACAGUGAUUGAUAAAAAUGGCAGUUAUUGCCUCAAAAAGGUUAUUCUGAAAGCCCUGUACAAAAUCCACCACGGAUGAGGAUGAGAAUCUUUAUUCUUUUUUUACCCAAUACAAUGUUGUUUUAUUCUAAAUUCCUUUGUGAGACAGCUCAUGGGGUGUGAUUCAUAAAUGAAAUGAAACAAUUAUACAAUUUCCAUCAUGCCUGACCAUGCUGGUAGUCAGAACUGUUUUGGGGGCAAGUGGGCUUCCAGUAAUCCCUGAAACGCAUAUGUGUGCAUUGCAAAGAUUUGAUUGGCUUUCCCUGGUCCUCUAGAUAUGGCAAACUGCACCUCCAGGUCAACGGAGACCACCCCAGACAUGCAGUGGACGAGAGGCUGGAGCUGAAAAAGUAAGUGUCUGGCCUGUGAGUGAUGGCACAGGGGGUAGUCAAGGUAGUACUCCCCAGACGUCCUUGGACCUCAAUUCCCAUCAUUCCCUCCCCGUUGAACAAACCAGUAGGGGCUGAUGGGAGUUGUAGUCCAACAACACCUGGAGGCCACCAUCUUGGAUACCUUAGCAGGGAUGGAGUGCUGGGCAACUUCCUCAGAUUUCUAACCAGCAUGGCAAUAUUUUGUGUGCAUGCGAGAGAGACACAGUAAAAGAUUCAGAAGUGGUUUACCCCAGAACAGGGGUGAAGAACCCUUCUUCAGCCUGGAUUCUGGGCAUGGAAGUGGGGAUGAAGAUUGGAUCCAGCCAGAGGGCCACAGAUCCUCAACUUCCCAUCCCCCCUCCCCCCGCUGGGGCUGCCCACCUGUCAGUCACCUGAUAUCACCCCGAUGUCAGAUGCCCAUGUGGACAAUCAGCGACCAUUGCCUCCUUUGGCUCAGCUGCAGAGUUAUCUGCCCCCGUACCUGGGGUGUCACAUACAUAGGGAAUGGGACUUAGUCAAAAGGGGUGGAGCAAUUAGGUCCAUGGGCCGAAGGAUCCCCACCCCUCAAGGCUAAAGGUCAACCCCCCCCCCCUUUGGGUGCAAUGCAACCCUCUGAAACGCCCAUUGGCCUGGCUUGUGGAGGAAGCCCAACUUCUUAUUCUUCCUCCUCCUCCUCAGCACCAUCUCGUCCAUCCUGGGUGCCUGGCUGGAUCAGUACUCCGAAGACUUCCGCAAGCCUCCGGACUACGCCUGCCUGAAGCAGCUGAUAAUUUAUGUGCGGCUCAACAUCCCAGGCUCAGACCUGGAGCGGAGAGCCCGCAUCCUCUUCACGCAGUUCCAGCAGCAGGAGCGGGCCGAGGUGGAGGCGGAAGGUGAGCAGGGCUUCUCUCUCUCUCUCUUUCUCUCUCUCAGCUUAGCCUACCUCACAGGGUUGUUGUGGAGAUAAGAUAGCAAGCAGGAGUGGGUGGGGCAGCCUGCCUGAGCUCCAUAGGCAAGAAAGGCCAGAUUAAGAUUAAGCAGCUGCAUUCCAGUGCAUUGGCCGGUCAUUCCACAUACCCCAGGGCUGCUAACUCUGACUGGCAGCAGCUCUGUAAGGUCACAGGCAGGCAGAGAGGAUUCUCCCCCACCACCCCAAUUCCGUUUAUCUGGAUAUCCCGAGGACUGGACUUGGAGCGUUGCAGAUGCAAGACUUUUGCCCUACAGUUGAGCGAUGGUCCCCUUCCAUCAUACAGGCCAAACUUCACCAACCUGGUGCCCUCCAGAGAUUUUGGACUACAGCUAUAGUCCAAAAUGGCUAUUGGUGGUUGGGGUGGGUGGGACAUGUGCAGGCAACCCUUGAUUUGUUCAGGGGUUGCAUUCCAGGACAUCAUGGAGCACACAUAAGCUCAUUACACCCCUGUUGUGGCUGGUCCAAAAAUGGGCCAUGCAUACAUAGUCACACAUUCUUUGAACACAUGCAAAAUCAGGGGUGCCUAUAGUCUCUAGUUUGACUGGCAGCAGCUGCCUCCAGGCCUUCAGCUUUGAAGAUGGUCUCAGCCUGACUCCACGAGACCCUUUUAGCUGGAGAUGCCAAUGAUUGAAUUCUUCCUGUAAAGGGUGUUCUCUGCCACUUCCUUUUAUAGCCCCUCUGAUCUGUGCUUAGAUUGGGCUGGGGGUCGGGGAGUGAUGGAAGAUGCCCUGUCCUCUGCUGGCCUUCCAGCCAGUUGCUCCAUGCCUUGACUCUGUCCCCUUGUCUCUCCCAGCUGUGGACCAUGCCAGCUGCACCCUGCGGCUAGAAGAGGAGAAUGGGCUAGGAGAAGGCAAGCUAGAUUUCCUCUCUUUCUCGCCGGAGAUGGUGGCCGAACAAUUCACACUAAUGGAUGCCGUGAGUGUCUGAUUCAGCCCGGGCGUGCUUUCUGUGACAAUCCGCACCCACCCUCUCUCUUACAUAAGAUUUUAGGUAAAGGUAAAGGGACCCCCUGACCAUUAGGUCCAGACGUAGCCAACUCUGGGGUUGCGGCGCUCAUCUCGCCUUAUUGGCCGAGGGAGCCGGCGUGCAGCUUCCGGGUCAUGUGGCCAGCAUGACUAAGCCGCUUCUGGCGAACCAGAGCAGCGCACGGAAACGCCGUUUACCUUCCCGCUGGAGCGGUACCUAUUUACCUACUCACACUUUGACGUGCUUUCGAACUGCUAGGUUGGCAGGAGCAGGGGCCGAGCAACGGGAGCUCACCCUGUCGCAGGGAUUCGAACUUCCAACUUUCUGAUCAGCAAGUCCUAGGCUCUGUGGUUUAACCCACAGCGCCACCCGCGUCCCCACAUAAGAUAUUACUCUGAGUUAGAUUGCUGCAUGGGGCUGGCCUUGAAGACUUUUUUUGGAAACUGCAACUAACGCAGAGUUCAGCAGCCAGAUUUCCCACUAGGACUAGAUGGAAUGAGCAUAUGACAUGGAUGCCGACCUGGCUGCACUGGCUAUCAGUUUCUUCCAGUUUCAAUUCAGUUUUGGCUCAUAAAGCCUUAGGCAGCUUAGCCAUGCCUCUGGGUACCAGUCUCUGGAAACCGCAGGAGAGGAGAAUGCUGUUGUGCUCAGGUCACCCUUGUGGACAUCUGGCUAGUCGCUGUGUGAAAAAGAUGCUGGACAAGAUGCAUCCAGUAGGAUGUUCUAAUGUGCUUAUGUUCCUCCUCCUCCAAAACCCUUGGAAAUGACAUUAAAUUUCCAAAUACAGUCAUACCUCAGGUUGCAGACGCUUCAGGUUGUGCGUUUUUUGGUUGCGCACCAUGCCGAACCUGGAAGUACCGGAACGGGUUACUGCCGGGUUUUGGCGCAUGCGCAGACGCACUAAAUCACGCUUUGUGCAUGCACAGAAGCGCCAAAUCGCAACCCACACGUGCGCAGAUGCGGCGCUGCAGGUUGCGAACGUGCCUCCUGCACGGAUCACAUUCGCAACCCGAGCGUCCACUGUAAAUGAAUGACAUCUUGCCCUCUUCAAGCCACCAUCCUUUCUUUUCCUGAUCCUUGUCUUAAUGCCUCUCUGUUGCAGGAGCUUUUCAAAAAGGUGGUUCCCUAUCACUGCCUUGGCUGCAUCUGGUCCCAGCGGGACAAGAAAGGCAAGGAGCACUUGGCCCCCACCAUCCGGGCGACCGUCUCCCAGUUUAACCGUGUCACCAACUGCAUCAUUUCAACUUGCCUUGGGGACCGGGCCCUGAAGCCACAGCAAAGAGCCAAGGUGGUGGACCACUGGAUUCAAGUAGCUCGGGUAGGUUGCUUGGCUGUAGACCCCUCCAAAAAUAUAAAUAAAUAGUAUUGUGGUUUGAGAUGGGACUCAAUCCAAAGUAUGUUUUGGAAUGAGGCAUUUCAAGAACAUGGGUGGUUGUUGUUGUUUUUUUUGGGGGGGGGGUUCCUUUCAAUCAAGUUUCUAGCCCUCACCACAGUAGACAGUGACUGCCACCAACUUGGGUGGCUUUAAAAGAGGAUUAGGCAGAUUCGUGGAGGAGAAGGGCUACCAACAGCUACUAGCCACAAUGGCUGUGCUCUGCUUCCACUGCCAAGAGGCAGGAUGCCUCUGAACUCCAGUUGCUGAGCAUCACAAGCAAGUCCUGCUCUUAGGCUUCUCAACAGGGUACCUAGUUGGCCAGUGUGAGAACAGGAUGCUGGACCACUGGCCUGAUCCAGAAAGCUCUUCUUACAUUUUUACGUUCUUCGCUACUAACACUGCUAUUAAGAGCAGCAAAACUCAACAUAGGCAACAAGUUUUUAGUUUGUUGCUUACCUAUAACCGGGGAGUUUUAAUUUGCAUUUCCUUUUGACUGCAACAUUUGGGUCACCUAAAUGCAAAUCUCUUUCUCUUUCUCUUUCUCUCUCUCUCUCUCUCUCUCUCUCUCUCUCACACACACACACACACACACACACACACACACAUAUAUAUAUGUAUAUGCCACAGAACUUAAUCCAUUCCAGGAAAUUAAGAUAGCAGUUCAAAUGCUGGGCAGAGGAUCCAGGAAACAACUGCCUAAUCCUUAACCCACAAUAAGGGGUUUUUUAACCUCUGCGUGUGUAUCGCCUCUUUCUAGCUCCUUCUAACGCCCACUGUUUUUCCUUGUGCUCCUCCAGGAAUGCCGGAUCCUAAAGAAUUUCUCUUCCCUCCGGGCCAUUCUCUCUGCCCUGCAAUGCAACGCUGUUCACAGGUUGAAGAAGACAUGGGAUGAGGUCUCCCGGUGAGUAGGGUAUGAAGGAAGAAUUUGGGUGCAGGGGGAGAAAGUGCAUGCAAGGCAGAUCCCUCUUGGGUGUCAGCACCACCAAGUCUUCCAUCUCAGAUCUUGCCUCUGCUACACAUUCACUGGGCGGUUGCAGGCAAGGCAACUGUUAUUUCAAACUCAUACCUGCAGCAAAGGGAUAAUAGCAUCGGCUUGCUUCACAAUGGGAUGGCUGUUGUAAGGAUUUCUGAAAUCCAUGCAUAUCGAAGUGCUUCCUGUGAAGCAUCUUGAAGCAAAUCCACAAUACGGUGGUGUCUAUAAAAAACAGUGACAUGGAAAAUGUAGGAAGCUGUCUGAUACUGAGUUGGAACAGAUCCAUCUAGUUCAGUGUUGUCUACACUGACUGGCAGCAGCUCACUGGAGUGUCGCAUUAGGGUUCUUUCCCAGCCCUACCUGGAGAUGCCAUUGGGGGUUGAACCUGGGACUUGCUGCAUGCAGAGCAGGUGCUCUGUAACCGAGCUUCCUGUAAUUGACUAGAGCAAUCAUGGACUUGUGAAAUUGUGGAGUUGGAAGGGAUCCCAAGGGUCAUUUAGACGAACCCGCUGCAAUGCAGUACUGUAUUGUGUUAUGUAAAAGUGAUUUAAAACAUUACGUAUAUAAAAUACAGUUAAAGCAAUGGCAUAUGUAAAAAUGUUUUCGAAACCAAUAUAGAUACUAAAUGGGAUAGAAAUCUCCAGUUGAGAAGACUUGUUGAAAGCAGAAGUACCUUGUUUUAGUGAUACCCUUGUUCCCUCUUGACAGAGAAAGCUUCCGCACUUUCCACGAGCUGUCAGAAAUCUUCUCAGAUGAGAACAACCAUUCCUUGAGUCGGGAGCUUCUCAUUAAGGUAAGAUGCCUGCUUUUAAAAUACAGUGGUACCUCUGGUUACAGACGCUUCAGGUUACAGACUCCGCUAACCCAGGAAUAGUACCUCGGGUUGAGAACUUUACCUCAGGAUGAGAACAGAAAUCAUGUGGUGGCAGCGGGAGGCCCCAUUAGCUAAAGUGGUGCCUCAGGUUAAGAACAGUUUCAGGUUAAGAACGGACCUCCAGAACGAAUUAAGUUCUUAACCCGAGGUACCACUGUACCUGCUAAUAAUAAAAAGUAAAGAAAUCUGCAAGACACAUGUGCUUGAUCGGUUUGGUCCCACUGAUGCCUGAAAGCUUUCUUUCAUUUGCCCUGGGCAGGAAUGUUGUGAAGUGGCUGAUCGAUGAGAACUGUUACCCGUUUUGGGGUGAAGUCAGGUGGAAGAUUUUAUUGGGUGACAGGCAUUCAUUUGGAAUAUGCUUUUCUUUGCUGGGGCUGUGCAAGAAAUGAUGUCUACAGCUUCACCCUAGAAUCCUCCUAUGUGCAGCACUGAUUGGUCAGUGUCUGUGCUGUUGGCAUUUGACUGUUUGCUUUAUACAUCCGUUGUCAUGGAAGUUGCUAAGUGAGACUCCCACCCUCUUUCUAUUACUCCUUUCCUCACCUUUGGAGAUGUUUUACUUUGGCAACCACUCCUCAGGGGUUUUCCCCCUCUACCAAUUAAUGGAUUCUGCAGCUGGAUUCUGCAAAGACACAGCAAAGUUGUCUCUUAGAGGAUCUGAAAGGAUUUUUCUAAAGAGGUAGGCCGAAAAUCACCACUCAGUUCUGUGGUCCAUUUAGCCUCCGUGAAAGUGGAGUGGUUGUGUGAUUUCUCCUCUCUCUCUGGCCAGCUUGGAGAUAGAUCACAAGUAAUGGCGUAACUAGCCGCUUGGGUGCCCAGGGUGGCACACAUGCCCUGCCCUGGGGGCAGAGCGAGCUGCCCAUGGGGCUGGGCGAGCCAGGGCAGAGCGCACUGCGCAAAGCCUCUCCGCCGCCUCCCCCUCAGCUGUAGGGCGGCUAGGGGAGAGGCAGUGGGCAAACGCAAGCCCCACACUACUGUUUCAGGCAGCGCAGAACCUGCAGGCACCCAAGCCGUCAUGUCACUCCCGGGAGAGACGCAUGGCUCAGGCAUGCUUUAGGCCCCGCGGUAAGUGCCGGCCCCCGCAGUGUGGCGCCCAGUGCCAGCUACAUUUAGUUGCGUUUGUUGACUGAACUAAAAAGUUUCGUGAGCCCAAUUUUUAUUUGUUUAUUUUAAAAACUCAUAUUUUUGCCAUUUUGUCAAACCCACCCCCCUCAGUGAUGACACCCGGAGCGGCCUGCACCCACUGCACCCCUCUUCCUACGCCACUGGUCACAAGGUAGAUGAGGAUUUCUUGGGAGAAAUCCCUGGGUUGUUUGAAGUAGAUUAGCAAAGAUAUCAGAUAAAAAGACAGUUGUAUAAAAAGAUUAGCAAAGAUAUCUGAGUGUCUCAGAUUAGGGCCUGGGAGACCAGGGUUCAAAUCCUCCCCACUCAGUCACGAAGCAACCUGAGUGUGACCUUGGGCAAGCUUCAAGGAAUAACUCUCAGUAAAUAAUGGAUGGCUUUUAACUCCCCAGCAUAAUGCUCAGCAAAACAGUUAUCUUUAAAACUCACAAUAACUUGGUGCAAACAAAUCAGGAUGAAGGCUUAAGAAACAGGAUGUCUGGAAGUGACCUGAGAACCAGAAACCUUUUGUUGAUCUACUGUAAAUCCAGAGAGAGAUCUUCCCAUCCCCCUCUUCUGCUAGGGAAUGGGUUGUGCAGCAAACCGGGCAGAGGCAGCUGUUUUUAGAUUCUUCUCUGCUUGGCUUGGGCACCUCCUGGGCUCAGCUGCUAAGGAGUCCCCUUGUGAGGAUGAUGAGGGUGAGAGAUAAGUACCAGGGAGGAGAAAAUCAUAGAAUCGUAAAGUUGGGAGGGACCACGAGAGUCAUCUAGUCCAACCCCCUGCAAUGCAGGAAUCUUUUGCGCAAUGUGCAGCUCAAACCCAUGAUCCUGAGUUAUCAUCUGGUUCUGGACUGAUUGAGUCAUCCCAGAGGGAUUCCCUUUUCUUAUCAGCAGACUUGCAAUCAAAGCUUUCCCAGAAUUACUGCUCAUCCAUCUAAGCGAUGGGCGGGGUUUGCGACCCGGAGCCUGGGUGACACCCCACCUUGUAGUCAGUUUUUAAAUGCUCUCUUGCUUCCAUGAUUCUAUUAACCCAGGAUUCCUGCAGACGAUCAGUUGAUUCUGGCUUUUCUUGAACAGAGUUUCUUCAGAGCGUAGAUCAUAAUCUGGCCUCUACUGACCAUUUGCUCUGAUUUAAUGGUGGUGUUCUUACACGAAAGUGAGCAUUAAUCUGCUUGCACUGUGUGACUACGCAUCUUAGAAUCAUAGAAUUUUAGAGCUUAAAGGGUCAUCUAGUCAUACCCCCUUUAAUCAGUCAUCCACAUUUUUCAAAGCAUUUCCCCAUCACUUCCCUAACUGCAGAAAGCCUGAUUCUUCAAGCCUACUUUAAACGUGCAUGAACAAUACAAUUGCACAUAUAAAAACUGUUGCAUAGGAAAUAUAGGAGGCUGCUUGAUACUGGUUGUAAGUCGGACCGUUGAUCUGUCAAGCUCAGUAUUUCCUAGGCUGACCGUCAGCAGCUCCCCAGGGGUUAAAGCAGGAAGCCUUUCUACCAGGACUGUCCAACUUUUCAUACUGGGUGGGCGGCAAUACUAUUUUGACAUGGGGGUACCUAGGCCAAAAUUUGAUGCCCCCAGCCCUUGCGCUGCCUUCUCCAAACCAGCACCUUGCUUACCUAGCUUUGGGAAGGCAGCGCAAGGAGGGUUUUUUUGGGGGGGGGAGUGUUAAAUGUUGCCAAGAGCUUCCAGAAAAGGUUUUGAGGUCCACCUGUGGCCCUUGGCUGUGCAUUGGGCCGCACUAGCACUACCUGGAGAUACCAUUGGGGACUGAACCUAAUGCACCCACAGCAUAUGCUGUAGCACUGAGGUAUGGCUCUUCCCCUAAAAAUGAACUAAGAUUCUAGUCCUCGUGUUUCUGAAUAAGAGGUUGAAAUAAAUAAGAAGCUGUCUUCUACUGAGUCAGAUCCUCAUUAUACGGAGUUAAAUGCUCAGUCCAUCUUGCUCAGUAUUGUCUACACUGACUGGCAGCAGUUCUCCUGGGUUUCAUGCAGGGGGGCAUGGUCUUUUCCAGGCCUACCUGGAGAUGCCACCAGGGACUGAGCUUUGGCCCUCCUGCCACUCUGGUUUAUUGAUGAUUACUGCAGUCAUCUCAAAAGAAAGCUGUACACCCAGACUCUCAUAUUAAUGGUUCCCUGUCUCUCUUUCCUUGGCAAUGCAGGAGGGGACGUCCAAGUUCGCCACCCUAGAGAUUAACCCAAAGAGGGCUCAGAAACGGCAGCAGCAGCAGCGGGAGAUGGUGAGUCAAAUAUGGUGUUUUAUAGGACACUGCUUUCUACCAGAGAGGCUGUGUGUUGUAGUGGUUAAGGUGCUAGACUAGGACUUGGGAGGUCAGGAUUCAAAUCCUCACUGGAAUCUCACUGCGUAGCCUCAGGCCAGCCUAACCCACCUCACAUGGUUGUUGUGUGGGUAGAACAGGAAGAGAACUAUGUAUGCCACCUUGAGCUACUUGGAGGAAAGUUGGGAUAUAAAUGCAAUAAAGAAAUACCAAGCCAGAUUCAUCAGUCUGGGCUAUUUGGAGAUAGCAGCAGACUUUCAGAUUCUUGGUUAGAGAAAUAGGUUUUUCAUUUCACCUUCUCGCUUGAUCCUUCUAAGCCAGGGGUAAGGAACCUCUGUGGUCCUCCAGGACUCAAACUCCCAUCAGCCCUUGCUGCUAGCACUGGCCAAUAAUCAAGGAUGAUGGGAGUUGUAGUCCAGCAAUGUCUGGAGGGCUAGGGGCCUGCUGAUCUAAAUUGCAGCAUUCCUUUAUGCUAGCAAGAGAUGGAAGGCUGCCCCUAUAAUGAGAGUGGAGGGAAUACCUCUUCCUAGAUCAAGCCCAGGGGACCUUGGUGCACUCCAUAUUUUGUGGAACCUUUGGUCCUGGUGUGUCUCAGCGAUCUUAACCCCUGGGCUCCUGUUACAGGGCGUGAUGCAAGGCACCAUCCCUUACCUGGGCACCUUCCUCACUGACUUAGUGAUGCUGGACACAGCCAUGAAGGACUACGUGGAUGUAAGUAUCACCAAGCCUUCCCCCCCCCCACUCUCUCUUUCAAGCAAACUAAUCUUUCCUUUGCCACAUUCCCUGUUGCGCUCAUUUUUUUCCUGUAAAGAAAUAGCACACCACUGCUUAAUGUUUCCAUGAUGGAACCUUAUAAGGUCUCCCUAAGAGUCUCAGAUGAGCAGAUAUUUUUACCUGUAGUCACAUUGCCCCCUGGUGGACAUUUGUUGCUUCCUACAGCUUUUAAAAGGGUGCCUAAAUGCAUUUUUUUGUUAUUGGGAAACCAUUUCAACUGCAAGCCUAAACAGCAACACCAAAACGAGAGCAGUCCCUGCUCAUGAGGGGUGUAUAGUUGAAAAUCUGAAAUGCAAGUGCCAUUGAGAAAUGAGUCUUGUGGUUUUCUCCAUCACCUCUGACCAUUACACAAUGCUGCCUGGGCCUGAUGGGACUCCAGCAACAUUUGGAGGGCCAUAGGUUCCUCACCUCUGUUAAACAUAGUACAGCAAAGGCUUGUGGCUCAUUGGUAGGGCAUCUGCUUUGCAUGCAGAAGGUUCUGGGUUCAAAUCUCUGGCAUCUCCAGGUUCAUUUCAUAAUCCUUUUUUACGAAUCACAUCAUGCUUAGAACACACUCUACUCUCCCUUUUAAAAAGCAACAAUCCAAUGAUGGUUGCAGAAAAGUACAGUUUUCUGAUUAGGUCCUUGAAUUUGUUGUUUUUUCUGCAAACGUACCUAUUCUUAAAGCUUUCCCAUAUUUUGGAUACUCAGAAAUUGAACCGGUGGGCAGCUGGGGAUGGGGGGUGGGACAGUCACUGGGUUUUAACGACCUGCUUUUCUUUUCAUCCAGGCUGGCCUGAUCAACUUUGAGAAAAGGAGGAAGGUGAGAACUGCUGUUGUUUUUAACCAACUUCAUGAUGAAUAGCAAACGUUUUAUAGGUGGCUUUAAAUUCUCAAUGAAGUGCAGCAGCCGUAAACAAGGGAGAGAAUAAAACCAGCAUACCAAACUGAGGCUUCCAAGCACUGAGCAUUCUCAAUGGCCAUAGAAUUUCUCUAUAGCUCAGUGGGGUUGGGGAACUAGAAAUUGGAGGUGGGUGGGGGGAUGGAAUGGAGUAUACUGGGAAGAGGGCAUGGCUGGCUGGGGGGAUGGAAUGGAGUAUACUGGGAAGAGGGCAAGGCUGGCUGGGAGAUGGAAUGGAGUAUGAUGGGAAAGUGGCUGGCAGGCACCCUAAACGACAGCACUCUGCCCUGUUUCAUUAAUACUUUUUAUACGCUUUGUGACUUAUCAGCCAGGGCUGAUAGGAGUUGUAGUCCAGAAACUUUGGAAGGCUACAGGUCAGGGAAGGGUGCCGUAGGACCCCUUACAAUGAUAUUUCUGGGCUAGCAAGGAAGUGUAUGGAGAGCCAAGCUUAACCCUGCUUCCCCCCACUCUCCACCUGCAGGAGUUUGAAGUCAUCGCCCAGAUCAAACUGCUCCAGUCAGCCUGCAACAACUACAACUUCACGCAGGAAGAUCGCUUUGUGGUCUGGUUCCAUAGCAUCGAGCGGCUCAGUGAGGCAGAGAGGUGAGCCCUCUCCUUCCCCCCUCAUCUCAAAUAUUAAAUCACGUGGGGCUGCCCCCAAUGUGCUUCUCCAGUCCAAGCAAGUUAUUUUGCUGAACACUAAAGAUCACAGGUGGGGAGAGGGCUCUUGUGCCCUGCUUGCAGGCUUCCCAUUGGGACAUCUGGUUGGCCACUGUGAGAAUGGGAUGUUGGACUAGAUAGGCCAUUGGCUCUGAUCCAGCAGGACUCUUGUGCCCUACCUCCACUGUCAGAGGUAAUACCAGUUACUGCAAAUCACAAGUGGGGAGAGUGGCCAUUGUGCUCAGUUCCUGGGGCUUCACAUUGAGGCCACUGUUUGGCCUGAUCCAGCACCAGUCUCUUCUUACAUCCUGCUUAGUUGGGGUGCUUUCGAUAGUAGGCUCCAAUUACAGCUUCAUCGCUGUUCCUCUUGAGGACCAGAAACUUGUCCUUUUUUUAAAAAAGGAUUACGUAUCAGGUAGGGUAGGGGUGAGGGACGCGGGUGGCGCUGUGGGUUAAACCACAGAGCCUAGGACUUGCUGAUCAGAAGGUUGGUCCCUGCCCCUGCCCACCUAGCAGUUCAAAAGCAUGUCAAAGUGCAAGUAGAUAAAUAGGUACCACUCCGGCGGGAAGGUAAACGGCAUUUCCGUGUGCUGCUCUGGUUCACCAGAAGCGACUUAGUCAUGCUGGCCACAUGACCCGGAAGCUGUAUGCCGGCUCCCUCGGCCAGUAAAGCGAGAUGAGCACCACAACCCCAGAGUCGGCCACAACUGGACCUAAUGGUCAGGGGUUCCUUUACCUUUACCUUUAGGGUAGGGGUGAGGAACCUUUUCCAGUCAAGUGUUGUGUAUGAUCAUUAUCAACCUCCCAGGGAUAGCAGGUCAGUGGUGGGCAAGGCCAGAGGUGAAAGUGAGUGGAGCAACAGAUACCACUCUCACCUUUUACACUGUAGGCUAUGCCCACCCCCACAUCUCUCCAUGUAGGCAGGCAAGAGGCAUUGCCCCCUUUCCAAGAGCAGGGCUGGUGAAAGGGUGUGGCCUGUGAAUGGGAGGGCAGAGCCCAGGAAGAGAGUCUGGAGGGCCGGACAGAGAAGCCUGGGAGGCCACUUUGGAACCCCUGGGCCUGAAGUCUCCCCCAUCCUGCAGGAGGGUGAAGAGAACAGCUCUUGAGGCAAGAAGCUCAGAGUUGAUGCAAACACCAACCAGUGUCCUUUCCCUCUGUUGCUUCCAGCUAUGGCCUCUCCUGUGAGAUUGAGCCCCUGUCGGAGUCAGCCAGUAACACCCUGAAGGCGAAGAAAAACACAGGGAUCAUCAAGCGCUGGAGCGAGUGAGUCCUUGUGGAUCGAUCCCAAAGUGCAGUGUUGCUCCAGGGGCGUCUCUGAGCCCUCAUUUUAAGAGCCAGCUUAAAACAAGUUGGGGCUAGAAAACAGCUUUGAGAGACACCCUGGCUGCAGAAAUUGUUUAUUAUUUAUGUCUUUAUUUAGAACACUCGUACCCUGCUCUUCAGCCAAAAUGGCUCCCGGAGCAGCUUAUAAUACAAUGAAAACAAGACAGUCCCUGCCCACAGGUUUCCAAUCUUCUUGAAAAACAAACAAAAAACAGCCCUCCACAACACAUAAGGAAAAAGGGACAAGGAGGGAAGAGGAAAAUAAAAAUCUAAACUCAGGCAUAGACAUUCCUAUAAUGACCAUCUGGCACAGUUCAGGGGCAGGAGGUGCCCAGUGGAGCUGGCAUCUUACACCAGAGUGUACCACUGCUGCAGUGGCUGCCUUCAGGUGAAAGAGGAGGAGUCGUCAAGAACCUGAGGAGACAGGAAGAAGCUGCCUUUAUACUGAGGCUAGCAGAAGUCUCUCUCGCUCUCGCUCUCUUUUGCUGCAUGAGGCACAAGCCAAGAAUGCACCUUGGCCCCUUCCAGAAGUCAACUAGACUGGAGUUGAAUUUUUCCUCCAACUUUGGGGAUGGGCUAGCUUAGAGGGGUUACUUGUAACAGUGGGUUGUCAGGCGUUGUUGGACUACAACGCCCAUCAUCCCCAGCCAGCUUGGUCAUGGAUGAUGGGAGUUGCAGUCCAACCACAUCUGGGGACCCAAGGCUAGUUAAUGCAAUUUUAAUUAACAUCCUACUGGCUUGAGUACCCUUAUUUUAUUUUAAGCCCAAGGCCAGUAGGGAUUGAACCUGGGACCCUCUGAAGGGGGAAUAUAAACCUUGGUCUCCCAGGUCCUUGUCCAACACUCCAACCACUACAUCACCAUGGCUCUAGCCAAUAUUAUCUACACUGACUGGCAGCAGUCUCUGCCAAGCCUAUCUGGAGAUGCUGGUGAUUGAGCAUGCAAUUUUCUGCUUGCAAAGUUCUGCAUUCUAGAGCUCUUCCUUUAAAAACAAUGUAAGAUCCUAGUCCUCAUGGUUCUGAACUGAAGCCUCAUUUUAAUAGACCACUGGCCUAGCUUAGAAUGUUCCUGUCUCGCACAAUACUGUCUACACUCACCGGCAGCAGCUCUCCAGGGUUUGAGGCAGGGAACAUAGAUGUCACUGGGGAGUGAGCCUGGGGCCUUCUGCCUACCCUUGAGCCACCUGGGCCCCUUCCUGAAAGGUGCUUAUUUGCUUUCCUUGUUCUUCCCAGCCGGCAGGCCCCCAGCACUGAAUCUUCCUGUGCCAGCGGCAGCUCCCACUCCAAGUCCUUUGACCAGCUGAAGUGCGGUCCCUACCUGUGCAGUGGGGACAUGGCUGACUCUGUCAGUGUCACGUCAGCCGGCUCCAGCAGCUCCGACGUGGAGGAGAUCAACAUCAGCUUCAUCCCCGACUCUCCCGAGGGUCAAGAGAAGAAGGUACAACACAGCGUCCCACUAGGCCCCGCUUGUGCCCAGAGGGGCAGGUGGCAGGUGCGCCCCAUUGUCGGGGGAGAGGCCUACUUUCGCUUUGGGGGCGGGGGGCAGGUUUUGGAACAGACAGGCCUGGAAAUCCUUCUGUCCCAAGGCAAACGCCUGUAGGGAGCAGGCUUCAGAGGCUGUUGGCGGUGGGUGGGGUGGGUGGGUGGAGCUGAUAUGAGCCCCUCCCCCUCCUGCGCUCGAGGUGGGAGGGGCCUGUGUCUUGCGAGACGCCGCGUGUUUCUGAAAUGUAAUUUAUCCCGCCCCAUUAGUGUUACCUUCCCGCCCUGGACGCCCAGACGUUCAACUCCGCUUCUGGCCAGGAGGGGGUGCCCCUGAGCACUGCCUGUAGUAGAAAGGUGAUUUUUCUCAAUAAGGAAUACCUGGGGAGGCAGAAAAGGAAACACCCGCUGUGUUGCAGGAGGCUUAAAUAAAGCCCUUUAAUUCUCUCCCCUCUUUCUCUCCUCCCUCCGCAGUUCUGGGAAUCCACCUCGCUUUCCUCCCUGGACACCUCUGGAAUCGGCUCAAGUUCGAGUAGCGCAUCCUCCUCCUCUGUCUCUUCCACGCCGGUGACGGCCUCUCGCACCCACAAGCGCUCUGUCUCAGGCAUCUCCAGCUACUCCUCUCUCUCCUUGCCCCUCUAUAACCAGCAAAUUGACGACUGUUGCAUCAUCCGGGUCAGCUUGGCCGUGGAGAAUGGAAACAUGUACAAGAGCAUUCUGGUGAGGGUCUCUUGACGAGGAGGGGUCUUUGUUUUUCUGUGAGGUGGGUAGUUGGGUGCAGUUAGAAAUCCGGACGGUUUUUCCAGGAAGCCUUUUGGGUGCAAAUGUAAAGAGCCAGCCAAGGAUAUCCGUUCAACAAAUGUUCUGUGCUAGUCCUUAGGAAGCUGCUUUAAACCAAGUCAGACCAUCGGCUCAUCUGCCUUUGUACUUCCUACACUGACCGGCAGAGGCUCUCCAGGAUUUCAGGCAGGGAGUCCUAUCUCACCCCUACCAGGGGACACCAGGGAUUGAACUGGGACCUUCUGCAUGCAAAGCAGAUCCUCUGCCCACUGAACUCUAGAUGCUCCUGAUGAACGUGGGAAGCCUUAUACUGAGCCAGACCAUGGGCCCAUUUAGCUCAGUACUGUCAACACUGACAGGCAGUAGCUUUCCAAAGUUUCAAGGAAGGUUACCUCCAAGCCCCUCGGGGAAGUGAACCUGGGGCCUUCUGCAUUCAAGAGUAGGUGCUUGCCUAAAUGUGGGUUUUUGUUUUUACAUUAAUAUUUUCCAGGUAACCAGCCAGGACAAGACCCCGGUUGUGAUCCGUAAAGCCAUGGCCAAACACAAUCUGGAUGGGGACCGGCCAGAGGACUAUGAGCUCAUUCAGAUCAUCUCAGAAGAGAGAGGUGAGGUGCUGUGGUUACUUAGCCACGAUUACGGCUAUGUUUUCCCUCCACUGUCAGAGGCAGUGGGCCUCUGAACGCCAGUUGCUGGGAAUCGCAAGUCCGAAGAAGUGCCACUGCAGCUAAGAGUUCUGCUCAUGGCUUCCAAUUUGGGUACCUGGUUGGCCAUGCUGACCGUUGGCCAUGCUGGCUGGGGCUGGUGGGAAUUGGAGCUGUUCCCCUCUCUGUAAAGGUAAAGGGACCCCUGACCAUUAGGUCCAGUCAUGGCCGACUCUGGGGUUGCGGCGCUCAUCUCGCUUUAUUGGCCGAGGGAGCCAGCGUACAGCUUCCAGGUCAUAUAGCCAGCAUGACUAAGCCGCUUCUGGUGAACCAGAGCAGCACACGGAAACACCGUUUACCUUCCCGCUGGAGCGGUACCUAUUUAUCUACUUGCACUUUGACGCGCUUUCAAACUGCUAGGUUGGUAAGAGCAGGGACCGAGCAACGGGAGCUCACCGUGUUGCAGGGAUUCGAACCGCCAACCUUUUGAUCAGCACGUCCUAGGCUCUGUGGUUUAACACACAGUGCCACCAGCGUCCCCUCUCCAUAGCAUCUCCUUAAAAGCCCAGUCCUUGAACCUGACUCUCCCUCUCUCUCGCUUCCCCUCCCCUUAUCCUCCUAGAACUGAAAAUCCCGGACAACGCCAAUGUCUUCUACGCCAUGAACUCUGCUGCCAACUACGACUUUGUGCUCAAGAAGAGAGGCUUCUCCAAGGCCGUCAAGAUCAAGCAUGGAUCGAGCUCCACGCUGCCACGGAUGAAGCAGAAAGGCCUCAAAAUUGCCAAAGGCAUCUUCUAACCCCUGGGGCAGAGGGUCGCCUGCCCCACCCACGGGCUUUGCCCCCUCACCAACUCAGUGCUGUUCCACUCUUGGCUACCAGUCUGUCUUAAACGCCAUGGGGUUGGGGGCAGGUGUGUGAGAGAUGAUGUGAUUGAUCUCCCCAGCCCGGCAGCCUUGACCCUUUUCUCCAUCUUGCCAAGGAGGUGCCCCAGCCGAAACCCUGGAAAUUGGAAGCGGGAUCCCUUAGCAGCAACGCCGCUCCUGCACGUUGCUCUUCGCGCUUUCUCUCUCUCUGCGUUGGCAGCAGCUGGCCCCCCUUGCCUUUAAAUCAGGUCUGCAUCUCGUCUUUUUUAAAAACAACAACAACGAGGAGGACAUUUUUAUUUUCCAUUUAAAAAAAACACAAACCACCUUUCCAUGGUGCAAGCCAAGCUUAUGUGGCUGCCUGAAGCCGUAGCCUGCCUUAGGUGUCUACACCGAUCAGCGUGGUGCUGCUAAGGGGGUCUUGCUUUCUCCGUUCUCUGCUAAGAUGCACCCGAGCAGAGGCUGGGGACUGGGAGUUCAGGAGAUUGGGGCGAGCCCAUGUGUGGGACAGUGACUGUCUUCAUCUUCCAUGCUCCUGGAUACAGUUCCUUCUUGGUUGUCCUGGUCAAGCGAACUCACUGCCUGGAAUUGGUCCAGAAAUGCACUUUUUUGUCCUCAACAGGAGUCUGAAACUUUCCCCCACCGCUGCCUGUCCACAUGGAGGGCCCUGUGGAUUCCUCGUGUGGAUUUAAGGCCACCAGCGAAGGUGGAUCCUGUGCCAGAAUAGGGUCAACCCACUCAAGACUUUUUUGAACUUUUCCAAACUCCUUCCCCCUCCCCUUUCUAUUAAGAGCCUCCACCAAAGAUCAAAAAUGGCAAGCGUGUUUCUAUGACAAAACGCCUCCGCUGGCCAACAGAGGCAGGAGUUGAAGGAAGUUGGUUUCUGUACAAAACACACUGUAAAUAAGGACCUUGGGUGGAGAGAAGGAUGAGGUGGGAGGAGGGCUAAGUGAUUUGCUCUAAAGGGUUGCAAGGAAACUGCCCCCCUCCCUCUUGGGAAGUGCCACUCCAGUUUUUUUCUUGUGUGUGUUUUAAUGGACUAAGAACCUUUGACAGUGAAGUAGGGUCUGUGGACUAUUGUCUGAUGUGAUCAGAUUUUUUUUUUUUGUAAAGAGAAUCUCAAAAUGAAUUUACUAAUGUUCCACCCCACCCCACCCCCAAUAUUUAUUGCUUGUGUAAAUAGACUGGUUGGAUUUGUACAUUUUACUAACACUGUUUAAAUAUCCGUUAGCGUGGUCAGUUUUAUGUUUUUGAAUUGUGUGAGACCUUUUGAGUGUAUGAAUGGGGGAAUAUGCUACAUACUCCUUUGUUGAAACUUACAGGACAUUUCAGACAGGGUUUCUUGGGUGGAGUCAAAAGUGCUUUAGCACAAGGAGGGUGAACCUUUGCCUUCCCCACCCCCCAAAGUUGCUGGACUCUUAACUCACAUCGUUCCUGACCACUGCCUAUUUUAUCUGCAGGUGUCCCCCAAACCACCUUCGCCCCCUCCCCCACAUGGCAAGGGAAAAUGUCUUCUGAUUUUAUCUUUACCACUAAAAUACUGCCACGAGCUUUUCACUAAACACUACGAAGAGGCCAUGCAGAUCCUCUCCAAGCUCCAAAAUUCUGCUGCCUCCUUUGCGCUCUGUGUGAGCUUGCGUCUGUCUGUGUCACUGUGGUUAUAGGGCUGGAGGGAGCAAACAGACCCACAGCACACUCAUAAUCAUAAAAGUGACUAAGCUAGAGUCCUCAGGACUUCCAUUGGAGCAGCCUUAGUGAUACACUUGGUACAAGCGACUAACGGGAAAGUUGUUUGUUUUAAAAAGAACCACAAUGAGCACAGCUAGAAACAUGGGAGUGGAUGAGGUGUAAGUAACUGAGAAUCUGCAACACCUUUGUCUGUGCAGGCUUUGCAAUUUCUGGCUCUAGAGCUGGCCUAUCUAAGGUGGUGCCAUUCAUCUGAAGGUAGGGAGCCAAGCAUCAGCUAAAGGGCACCUUCUUGGCUUAGCCUUAUGAGAACUGCUCUUAACCUAAUCCUCAGAAGUCAUCUGCUUUCUUGCUCAGGAUCUCAUAGAAAAGAGGGCUGUUAAUUUUCCAGUUGCCAGACCUGUUUUUAUAAGCCCAGGGUUUUUGGGAUUCUUUUAAAACAUCCCACCCCCACCCUACACCAAAACAGCAUUAUCUGAAAGGCAAUCGGCUUUGCUCUGCCUAUGAAGGGAGCGAAUAGUCUCCUUGAAGGCAGCAGUGGGCUGUCUUAUCUUUAUCCCACAUUUACUGUCCAAUCUGCUUCUGGUGUUGAUCCUGUAAAUAAGGUUUUAUUUCUUCUUGUUUAGACAAACGCUGGAAGAUACUCCCCCAUCCGUUUUGUAGAACAGCGGCUUCCUUGCGUUUUCGCUCUUGGUGGCUUUAAGCAACAGAAUAGCUUCCUUUUUGUCUCCAUCCCCUUUUGCUGCCAGCUGGGAGGAUGGGGAUCUGUGGCCUUUGUUGCCAGCCAUUGUCAAGGACUCUCUCUGUGGAUCAGCCAGUGCAGAACUUUUUGCUAGACCUGCACCAGGUUUCCUGUUCACCCACAAAAUCCUUGUGCACACAAAAAAAGGCCUCAGGCCUGGAGUUGUGACACUGCUUCCCUGUUAGGCUUCCACUAAAUCCUUUUUAUACAUGUACCUUUUCCAGAAACUUCCUCCCCACACCCAGUUCUUCCUCACUGCACAAACACUUCUUCCUGAAGCUUUUUUCCUUAACAGCUGCUGCUUCUCCCUACUUUUCAUUGGAGUGUGACAACAGAGUCCACAGCUGCUAGGGUGUGUGUGUGUGUGUGUGUGUGUACGUGAGUGUGUGGUCCAUGUUGGUGACUGUACAUGAGGUAUAUUUUGUACCAAUUUCCUUGAAGUAGCACACUACCUGGUGUGAUUGUAUACAGCAAUGCAAUUAGCCUUUUUCAAUAAAAAUGCUGAUUUUGAGGCAAAGGACCAA